GAAGCGAGAUCGAGGAACUGAUGACGGACCCAUCGCUCACCCCCCCUUCGAUGCAUCAAAAGAACCUCCAGGGCCGGGAAAGGUUGGCCUCGAAAUUCUCCAGGAAAUACUUGGGGCUGCUUUUGGUGUUGUAUGAAACUGGUGAUUAAAGGGGGGGAGCCUGGAAAGGAGGAGAGGAGACGAACCCUCCCCCCCCCACUUCACUUUCUCGAGCCUAGUGGCUCCUGCCGGUGGUGGACUGCGAUCUCUGGAAGUGGAGCUUGUGCGUCGAGGGCUCUUGCUCUCCCUUCCCCGCCUUGCCCUUCUCGGCCAGUUAUGCAGACUCCCUGUGGUGGUUGCUGCUGCUCCUGCUGCUGCUGCUGCUAGGAUCCGAUGCUGGCCGCUCCGGAGCCAGGGGAUGGAGAUGGGGGGCUGAUCAUCGCCAGACGACGGUGAGAGGGGAAAGGAGAGAAAGAGCUGGAGAGACGGGGGCGCUGAUCCACUUGGGUUCAGCGCGAAGCGCGCGUGGGCUUCAGGCUGCUGCUCGGGUCUCCCUCCUCUUCCCACCGCAGGAAGCCCUCUCGUCUCUAAAUGGAAUUAGUGGAGAUCGAAGCCCCUUGUGUAAGGAACAGACAUGAUCCAUGGGCGCAGCUUGUUUCACAGUAAGUAGAUCUCCGCCGGAUCCCUCAGGGCCAACCGUGCCCUGUGCUGCCCGCUGCCCACAGUGGUCGCCGCCACCACCUUCUUGGGCAGAGAGCAUUGUGUGUGACCCAACUAGUAGAGGAAUCAGGUGCGGAAAGCUUAAUGGCGUAGGUGUAAAUACUCCCCUCCUUUUCUUCCUCCGCCCCCCCAUUAAAAAAAUAUAAAUAAAUUUUAAAAAUGUAGCUACUGAAGAUUUGUUUGUUUUGACUAGGAUGGAGUUCAGGAGGUUCCAAUCCUAGAGCUUGUAGCUUUCAAAGUCAUGCGUAAAAGAAAGAGGUGGGGGGGGGGAGAGAAAGAAGGAUGCCCUGCAAAACUCUCUUUACCUGCCCCCACCCCUCCUUGAGCUAUUGAGGUUUCAGGCCGCGGUAAGCUCCCUUACGGUAGAAGUCAGCAGCACUGGAAUCGAUGGGACUCAACCACGUAAUUAUGUAGGGGCAGAGAUUAGACGUUUACCAGUCUGGCUGCAGUCCUAAAUCAUUAACUUGGAAAUAAGUCUCAUUGAAAUCAGUGGAGCUUACUUCCAUGUAAAUGGGUCCAGAGCCCUCUACAUUUUCUAACUCUUCAGCCCCAUUUCAGGUUUGAUGCUGCGAUUUUGACCAAACCAAAAUGACACAUCCAUCUUCUGUGCCAGUUCUAGGACAUCAGCAUUAAUCCGAAGUAUAAACUCAUUGAUUACUGUAAUUACUAGGGAUUAGUGCCAGUACUGAAUUCGGACAGUAGUUGUUGUAGUCAUCAUAACGGAAGGAUGAAAUCCAAGUAUUUGGACUCAAGUUGGUGAUUGUUGAUUCACCCAGUUUUGGAGCAGCAAUCUUUCUUGGACUUAUUUCACUAACUGGAUUUUUUUUUUUUAAAAAAGUUGUUAUUGUGUGCGCAUUGUGUUAAGCACAUUGCAGUUAAGCAAAAGUUACAGUAAUGGAAGGGAGAUGAGUGGUUCCACACACAUACACACAAUUCAUUAAUAGUGGACAGUUUUUGUUUUUUUAAAGAGAGAAUAGUACAAAAGUGGAGGGCAUGCACGUAUUGACAUACAGAGGACACGCAGUUGAGACCAACUACUAGGAUUUAAGCCAAUUUAAUCUUUUGUGAGUGUGCCCACAAACAUUGUGUAAAAUGCCUCUGAUAUCUGUUUUCUUUCCAAAAUAGUUUGGAACAUUAGUAAUGGCCAGGGAACUUUCCUUUAUCUUCUGCUUAUUUGCCCUGUUCGUGUCUUAAAUUGACUUAAAUUGUAUCUAAAUAAUGAGCAGGAAGGCACGGAGUCUACACAAACUGCACACACAAAAUCUAAGCUUCCUGAGCAGUGUGGAAUGUGGGGAAAUAGUGACAAGGAUGACCCAAUGAGAACAACUCUUGUUUUACCUCUUUUAAAGCUCAGUGAAUGGGACUUCUGUGUCAAGAUAGCAGACUGUCCCUUUCCCCAUUUGCUGCACAGCUUGCCUUUUUGAUGGAGGCCAUAGAAAAAGUAAUCAAAAUAAGGGAAGAUAGAUUUUGUAUUAGUACAUUUCUAACCAUGUGAAUGGAAUUAAUUUAAAAAAUCAGUUAUGUAUAACCACAGCCAAGUUGUUAGCGUUCAGUUGCCUAGUAGCUAAUAGGAAUGCAUAACAUCUACAGUACUUUUUAAUGUGCAAAUGGGUUUGUGCUAUCUAGCUCCAUUUGAUUAGAAUCAAAGAAAAUUCUGCCAUUAAAUUUAAUAGGAUGUGAGUGUUCCUUUUAUUGUGCCUGCAACAGUAAAUCACCAUUAUGCCCAUUUUUCAGAUGUGGGUGGAAAUAACUGUAUGAUACCCUUCAGUUUUAUAAUUUUCAGGAGUUGACUUCCAGAACUAACCGAGGUUGUGAUUCCAUGCAGACUUAAUGACCAAGUUCAUGAGUUUUUGGAUCAGGGUGCAAGGCCACAACAUCUGAUGUAGUUAAACUCAGGACUCAGUCAUUGGUAUUUUAUGUGGAAGUCUAUUAAAAUGAAUGGUGACUAACUGCAAUUAGAAUUGAGGUAUCCAUCCCAAUUCACGUUAAUGAAUGGUGUUAAGCAUGCAUGAGAGGGCACAGGACAUAAUGCAUUUGUAUUAUAUGGCUUUGCACACACUCUCUCUCUGUUAACAUUGACUUUAAAGCCACCAAUUCACAAUGCAUUCUUCCAAAUAUUUUCUUCCAAGAACAGCACUGUUCCUUACUUUUCUGGAAUUUCUGAAACAUCACUGGCUGCACAUGACCAAAAAGUGUUGCUUAGGGAAAUGAAAAUGUUUUGCACACUGCUAAGAAUUAUGCCUUCAUUUUCCUAUAUUAUUAGAAAUCAUGUAAAACUUUUUGAGUAACUUGGCAUAUGCAUUCCAUUCUGACCUCUUUGGAGUUAUGUCAGGCAUGAUGGAACAAAUGUUUUCGGCUAUUAGAACAAUGCAACUGGAAUAUAGUCCCUAUUUUACCCCUCCCCUUGUUCCGUGGCCUCCAGCUGGUCACAUAAGUUUUAUGAGUCCCAGUCUCUGCAUUUCUAAAAUGCCAUGAAGCAAUUCCUAUGCCACAGAAUUUCUAAAAAGUGUUUUGGGACUCCAAGGCAGCAAAAGAUAUGUGCUUGAAAUUACACAUCGGCUAAAUGAAGAGUUUUGCCCAUGUCUUACAGAGUUAUGAAUUGGCCUUGCUGCUAGGUUGUCCUAGAGUGCUAACUAACCUUUGUGGCAUAGAAUCCAGCUAUGCCACCUGAAGGCAGUGCUUCUCUUUCAAGGAUGCCACACAUUAUAUCAAAAGGCAAACUAGAUAUAUAUAUAGAGAGAGAGAGCACUACUAAAUGAGCACAGUCUUCGCCAUCUAGCAGGACCACUGCAAUUCGGAGUGACAUCAUGGCUACAUAGUCCCCUGACAUCCUUCUCACCUCUGCAGCCAUUUAGGAUGCAGUUUCAAGGCAUAGUCUGAAGUUGGUUGGACGAGGUAUGUGAAACUGCCAAGCUGUUAAUAUUUAUUAAUUACAUUUUUUAUCCUGCCCUGCCUCCAAGGAACUCAGGUCCAAGAUCACCAAGUGAGCUUUGUGAAUGAACAGAGGCCUGAGUUCAGGUCUCCUUGUAGCCAGUGCACUGACUGUUUCUUUAGUGUGACAUCUCCAAAUGUUGUCUUGAAACUAUGUAUAAGGUUUCAACUCCUGUGUGAGACUUUUCCAGGCUGAGCAUUCCUCUGUCAAACACUAUAAGUAUUUUUUUUGGGGGGGGGACGGGGGGACAGGGACGGACAUGCUCAUCUGUGUAUGUGUGUGAGAGACAGACAGACAGACAGACAGAGAAUAUAUAUAAGCUCUCUUGUUUCUGCUGAAUCGUUAUGAAAAUCACAGUACUGCUUUUAAAUUGGCACCCGUAGGACAACCCCACACUGCGUAAAAUGAGGUGUGACUAUAUUUUGAACUGCUGAUAUAGCUGAUGCCCCAAUAUUAUUCAGAAAGGGCCCCCAACCCUGCAGAGAGGGGUUUUUUAUGGGGAGUGGAUUGCAGGUGGCUGCAGGGGAGAAGAGGCAACGAAAAACUUUCUUUCUGUGAUGUUCAGUAAGUUAAUUUAUCUUAAGAUCGAAGCCAUCAUUGUUAGUGGCAUCCAUGUGACAAAUGUGAAAUGUAGUUUCUCUGGUCUAAGAUAUGUGUAUCUUAAGAUAAAGGUUUUGGGCUCUAGCAGGGUAUGGGCACACAUGCAUCUUGACUGGAACAGUGCAGAGAUGGAAGAAAGGAUGGAAAGGUGCUCCAUCAAGACUCAGCACUUCAAGACUCUAGAAACUAGUGUGUCUGUAUGAGCAGGGCAGGUACAAUUAAUAUUUUAUCUGAUUUAUUUAAACCCAAGUUUGAUUCUUCCUAAAGCAUGUCUAGCAAUGUUUCUUGGUACCCACAAAGGAUGAAUGAGUGCUCAGGAUAAUGUGUAUCUUCAGUAGUUUCUUCUCAUUUUAUCCAAAUGUCCACUAGCUUGGAGACAGUAGAAUUGAUAUGGCCUGACUGAUGGAGGCUUUGUUAAAUUUGCUCAUUGGAUGACCUUGAAGAAACAAGUACAUCUCCUAGUCUUUGUUCAUCAAAUAUAACAACAAUUAACUACGCCAUCACAUGAUUACCACCUUGCUUGUAAUAGGGAUUGUGGAGAACUAAAUGUGCUAAAUGCACCGUAGAGUGACCAAUUUUUCAAGCCCUCAAACUGCAGCUGCACUGAUUCACAAAUAUGUGAACCCUUAUCUAGAAAAGACAUACUGUGUAGUGCCUUCAAUAAGCACAGAAUCAAUUUAUUAUUUCUUUGCACAUAAAAUACACAUGAGUAAAUGGGUAACUUCAUUGUGCUCAUGUUUCAAAUGGUAACAGUUCUGAAGGCUUACUGAGCCUCAUGCAUUGCAGCAAUCCAUCUCUGAAGAAAAAGUAUGUUGACAAUCAUGCAGGAUUUAUAUAAGAAACAAAAACUUCCAAGUAUCAUUUGCAAAUUGCUCAUGCAAAUGAUAUUCAGUAAACUGAAUGUAUGGAGUAACAGCAGCAGAUGCUGCGGCCUACAGAAAUGGUGGUUAUGCUCUUCCUUCUUAUUAAGUCCUCAUUAUCUCAAAGUAUUUUCUCUGCUGAGUCAGCUUCUGAUCCCAAAGUGCUCUGCCAGUACAAACCCCACUAAACAGGAUUUCUGCUGGAGGCAUGCUUUGAGGACUGGAUGGAAACCAGCUUGGCCUUAUUCACACGUCUAAGCUCACAAUACCGCAAGUUAAGCAGGCUUCUAACAAUAUUUAAUUAACAGAAAACAACUGAUUUCCUGUGGUCCGUGUUUUAGUCUAGUCAGUUAUAUUACUGGCACGCUCCACAAAUGAUCUCUUGCUUAUUAGCCGAGGUACAAGGCGAGCUACCAAAAUAGUUCCAACGGCACUUACAAAACACCAGACGCAACACAACAAACUUUUUGAGAACUGAGCAGUAGUAGAGUUAGCUACUGAACCUUGUGGAGCAUGUUGGGGCCAAGGAGCUCAUGUAGGUGGGGCCAAUACGGUCACAUGAGCGAGACAAAGGAGGUCACAUGGGCAGAGACAAGUUGUUCUGGUUUUCUUCCCAUCCUCCUACCUUGCAAAGGUGUAGACACAAAAGGAUUGCAGUUGUAUAAGUCCUUAAUACCUAACUAAACUGAAAAGUGUUUAACACUUGUUUUAGAAGGGUUUCCUGCUGUCACAAUUUCUAGUGUGGGUUAAUGUCACAAUAACCACACACUACUCAGAAGUCAGCAGCACUAAAUUAUCUGGGGAUGGCUACCAGAUAGGGCUGAAUCCUCAGGUUAGUCUUACAGGGGCCACAUAGAACUGUUAACAAGGUCCUUUCUAAAUUUUCAGCAUUAUGGAAAAAGGUUCCCCCUUCUCCAAUUUUUUUCACUUCUAUGCCUUCUUUCCAGAUUAUGGAGGGCUUUUAAAUGGACUAAGGGUGCAGGAGACCAGGGUUAAAGUCAUCCCUCAUCUAUGAAGCUCCCUGGGUGAACUUGGGCUAUUCACUGUCAGCCUAUGUCUCAGGUUUGUGAGGAUAGAAUAUGUAAGAGGAGAAUAAUGAAUUGGUUCAACCCAGAAAAGUUGGUCAUGGGCAGGUAGCAACAUGAACAAGUCAGUUCUAUGGGUUUUGGUGGCUGCCUUGGGGUGCAAUCCUAACCAUGUUUACUCUGAAAUAAGUCCUGUUACAUUCAAUCGAGUUUACUCCAAGGUAAACAGAGUUGAUUUAUUGACUGUGUUUACAUCACCUCCCCAAACAGGAGUUCUCUGGAUUUCUCACAAGCAAAACACAACAGCUAAAAAUGUGCAUUAAAAUCAAAACAUCAUUAAUGUGCAAUUUAAAACAUUGUUAAAAGUAGACGUCAGGUUAAUACUUUCCCAAGAAUAUACAUGUCAACAUACAGACGCUAUACAUAACACAGGACAACAUGAAAAGAGUCUGAAAUGCGCUUUUCAGCUUUAACUGAUUUUUGAGUCAGGAUGGGAGUGAAAAGGCUGUGGGGAGGAAAGAUUGAAAGAAAGGAGUGGGCUGGGAGGGACAGGGCCUGAGCACUCAUAGGAAAUAAGGCAGGAAUACAAUCCACCAUCCUACCCAAGCCAUUUCUUUGGGACAGAAUUGCUUGUUACAGGGGUGUGACCAGCUAGUAGUGAUUGCCUAAGCAGAGAAGAAGCAUUUAAGAAGCAUGUAAGAAGCCCCUCAGUCAGUGGAAAUGUAUUAAUAAUGACUGUGGGUGACAAGAGAAAGACUGGACUAUGGCUCUGGAGAUUUUGGGGGGGCUCUUGGAAGGGUUAUGUGCCACUUUGCCCAACAGAGGAGCCUCCCCUGUGGACAGGCCAAUUACAAAAAAGACCAAGAAUAGACCAUGUUGACAAAACCAUAUUAUUUAUUAAAUUAUAAUGAAAGACAGAGGUCACUGGAGAAUUUACUGUAGUAUACCAGUUCACCAGUUCACCUGUUUGUGAACCAAACAGAUGCUAAUAACUUGGUUUGGCUUAAGUAGGCCAAAUAAGAUACUGUAUUUUUUGCUCUAUAAGACUCACCUUUUCCCUCCUAAAAAGUAUGGGGAAAUGUGUGUGCGUCUUAUAGAGCAAAUGCAGGCUGCGCAGCUAUCACAGAAGCCAGAACAGCAAGAGGGAUUGCUGCUUUCACUGUGCAGUGAUCCCUCUUGGUGUUCUGGCUUCUGAGAUUCAGAAUAAUUUUUUUCUUGUUUUCCUCCUCCAAAAACUAGGUGCGUCUUGUGGUCAGGUGCGUCUUAUAGAGCGAAAAAUACGGUAAUUCAGUCAAUUAUUAAGUGUCCUUGUAGCAAGUGGAAUGUCAGAUCUAAUAGUAAUGGUUUCUAGUGUGCAUACAACUAUGUGGAACUUCUAUCUAAAUUAAUACCCAGUUCAAUCAAAGAGUAUUAAAUUGUGUUCCUGUCACCAAUGUGCCUUUUGAUCUUAAACACGGUUCAUAUCCAAAAAUCAGAUUACAUAGCCAAGCACAACUACAAGAUAGAUAUACAGAAAUUGCUCCUUCUUUGUUUAUUAUUUGUGAAAUGCUGUAGCUCUUUUGAUUGCUGUUACAAAUCUAUUAUUAUAACUAAUAUAUUUCUUUAUUUUUUCAGUUGUAGCAAGUUUUAUCAUCCUACACUGGGCUGGGGCAACAAAAAAAGGAGCAGGUAUGUUUUUUAUGGAGAAUAUUUCCAUUAUCUAGAGUAUUUUAAAUUAUUCAAGCCUUUAAGGCAUAAACUGGGUUUAUGUUUAUGUUUUUAUUCAGCUUAGUGAUUUUCUUUUAAUAUUUGCAUCCUUGACAACUAAAAAUGAUUAUGGAACUUCAAAACAAAAACAAAAAAACUUAGGCCUACUUAAGGCUUAAAUAAUAAUUAAAAACAUAGUAAACAAGAUUCAUUAUUUACAGAUAGUAUGGAUAGUGGCCAUACUGAUCAGAUUAUUUAAUGCUGGUCUGAAGUAAGGAAAGCCCAGGACACAGGAAGAAACAAGAGCACCUUUUAAGAAAGGAAAGGAAAAGGAAAUGAUUAGCUGAUAGCCAUAAAAUACCUGGGCAAAGUAAACUUGUGGUGGCUACAUUUAUAAAAUCAGUGAAUCACAGAUCUGGAAAAUGCAGAAAGCAACGGAGCCCUGUCCCCAAGUACAAGGUACAGCUUAUGAUGUCACUAAAAUUCAUGUUUCCUGGCUUGUAACCUGGAAGGCUUGUAUUGUCCACCUCAAAUAUAAAGUGAGUAUUACAUCCAUGAGAGUUCUUGUCUGACUUGGAAAUACAAAUUCAGCAUUUCCACAAGAACAGAGAGUGUUCUUUAAAUUUAAAUCUAUUCAUAGUCAAGUAUAAUAAAAAAAUAACAGUCCAUUGUAGUCCAAUCUUAUAUCAAUCUAAUAUAGUGUAUCCAACACUGUUUGCCCAUUUAGAAUUUUCAGGUGGUGGUAGGGAAUGCGGGAGAUUUUUCUGAGAGCUCUCUAAAAAUACUUGUAAUUAGUGAUUAUUCUUAAAUUAUUACUGUUGUUAUUUGUUUCAUUUCUAUAGUGCUUUAUACUUUUAAGAAGAAGAAAAAUCUCAAAGCAGUUUACAACACAUUAAAACAUCAAAUAAAACAAUCCAGAACAAAACAUUACUGAAGAAAGUUAAAUAUAAAGUAUACAUGCAAAGUAACAUAAUCAACAGGAAACUAAAAUGUUAUCUUAAUUUUUUCAAACUAAAACACUACCCUUUCAUCUCCACUCUCCCAUUUUAUUCAUUUGUAUCCCACUUCGCUUGAAAAAACAAUGGUGGUAUUUGCGGGUCUCCCUUUCCCCAUUUUAUCUUCACAAUGCUUCUGUGAGGUAGGAUAGGCUGAGAGGCAAUGAUUGGCCCAUGGUCACCCAAAUGAGUUUCUUGUCUGAGUGGGAAUCUGAAUCCUAGUUUCUCAGGCCCUAGUCUAACGGUUGUACGAUACAGAAAUGUUCCUGUCUAACAGGAUUUCUACCCAAUGUGAGCAGUUGCAAGGAUGCACAAAGCCCCAAGUCUAACCAAAACUCUUUUACUUACUUAUGCAUCUACUUAUUGCAGCAUUCCAAUAUAACUCUUUCACAAGUACCAUUACACACAAACAUAUCGUGCUACCAUCAUCCUGUGCCUUUUAGAUGUGGUAGUCCCUGUUGCCCUGAAGGGAUAAACUGAGUUACGUAGAGAGAGAGAGUGAAGUACACAGCGAUAACAGCAAGAACCGUUAUCGAACUAACAGAACUGAACCACAGGGGCAAAGCAACUGCUUGUAUACAUUUCUGAAGGCCUGGGCCACGUGAUUGGCUGUCUAAACUCCCAAGCUGCGAAUCAUGACUCACAGUUUAAGGGCCAAUGCAGAGGCAUAUCAUGUAUUCAGGGGCUCUGAAUCCUUAGUCCAGGCUCAGGCUCAGGCAAACACAGGCCACUGAAUACAUAACAGAGAGGAAAAAGCAACUCAGGACAGAUUAAUAGAAGAUCUUAUUCAUAAAUGUAGCCAUCUGCCUAUGCAGCUUGAAAAUCAGUAAGUCUCACAGUCCCUCCCAAUCCAGCCUAAGAAAUUGGGGCACAAUUACUUUUGCACAAUUACUUCUUCUUUUUUUAAACACAAUGAUUUUAAUUUUUAAUUUUAUAUUUUUGUAAACUUAGAGGCUUUUUUUUUUUACAAUCAAACAGUAAUUACAUUUUGUUAAACACAAAGAAAAAUGAAUGAAUAGUUGAAAUACUCUGUUAUUCCAGUAUCCAUUGCUGUCUAUGGAAAAGUCUCCCUGUCUAUCUAAUGAGUUCAUUUUCACCAUUAUAGGCAGCAACUCUGGAGCAUGGCUUCUAUGCAAAGGAUGUAUUUUGUGAGAUGGAAUAUAGGAAAGGGAGUAAGAAUCUCCAUGCAAUUCUUUCCCUCUUCUUUAAAUGUACUGUUAUGAUUUUUUUUGGGGGGGGGGGGCAUUAUGCUUAGACCCUUCUAACCCCUGGAUCCAAUAAGUAUUAAAAUAUAAGCCAGGCUAGCUUCCUGACGAGGUGUUUGGUAUGGUUGAUGGGCCAUUAAGAGGAACAGAGGAAAGGGCUUGUGUGCCAGAUGACAAAUGAAUGGGUAGGGGGCCCACUCUCAACUCACGAAUACUUAGAAAGACAAGGCUAGAGCUGAAGGCAGAGGGUUUGGAGUGAUGUGGGCUAGAAGCAAAGCAGCAAGCUGAAUAAAGAGUCAGAGAAUUGUUUGAAUCCAAAGCUAUGGCUAUGGGAGAAGCAAGACCCUUUUGGGGUGUUAAUGCUGUGAAGCCCUCCAUCAUAGGUUCAGAUUGUAUAUAUGUAUAUAAACCAUAUAUUAUAAAGACACCACAGUCUCCACUGUGACUCAUUCUGAAGGAAACACAAAUUCUGGGUAAGCACCUGGAACCCCUGGAAUCUUGCACUGCUCGGAGAUUGGGGCAGCAUGCAACAAUAUUGUGCCCAUUGUAACCUUCACCAGAGCCUUGGGUUCUAGAAUGCUUCCUCUCCCACCUGCCUGUGUAAUUCUUGUGAAGGGAGAUCCUAUGGCACAUAUAUUUGACAGAUGAGUUUCUAAGCAUAUGCAUCUGCGGCUGUGGUGGAAAACUGCCAUGGACUAAAAAAUGAACAAGAUGGUAAUAGGACCCAUGGUAUUUUUAUAUAUAUAUAUAAAACCAGAACUAAGGUGUAAGCUACAUCUGCUAUCAUUGUUGUAAUCUUUUCCCCCCCAGAAAAGCAAACCACGUCAGAAGGACAAAAGACAGUACAGUGUGGAACGUGGACAAAAUACCCAGAAGGAGGCAUCUUCACUUCUCCCAAUUACCCCAACAAAUAUCCUCCUGAGAGAGAGUGUGUCUACAUUAUAGAAGGUGAUUACCCAAGUCCUUCAUUCUUAAAUUACCCUUUUUUCAUAAUUAAUGUAUCUUCUUCUGUAAUAUCUACCUUUGGAUAAUGACAGUUUGGUCAAAUGUGGCUGCAAUCCUAUACAUACCCAGGAGCAGGUCCCAUUGAAUGCAAUUAGGUUUACUUCUGAGUACACACACACACAGUACUCUGAGUACACAGACACUUCUGAGAUACACACAGGCCUGUGUUGCAAAAAGAGCAGUGCUUUGGUUGUAUUUAUUUUUAAUUAAAGACUUAAUAAAGCAGGAGGGGGUUUAUUGGUAGAGGAAAAUAGCCAUCUUCUUGGGCCUUGGUCAUUACUAUGCUUUCACAGCCAAUUAUAAAAGAAAAGAAAAGCUAUAUUAUGGCAACUGUUGGCUUUGUCUCAGCCUCGUCUUUCUUUCUCUGCCUGAAGAUAGAAAGAGAGCACUGGAAACUGCCAUAUUCAAAUAAUUUACACAGUCAAGGACAUAUAUAGUACCAUGCAAUGGCAGCUUCCAAUCUGUUACUCACUCUCUUUUGGCCAACAGAGAGUACUGCUAAAAUAAAAAGAUUAAACACUGAGAGUAACAGCCAGUAGGUGAAACAUGGCAUGGCAAUAUACUUACUAGUCUUUUCCAUCUCUCUUGUUGCCUUAUUGACAGAUAUAUAAAAAAAGAGUCUAAAAUGCUAGUUUAUCAAUAUAAAUUGCUUUUUAAAAAGAAAAGAAAGAGUAUCACUGUUUGUAAGAAGAGUAUUUCUUAUUUCCUGGGGCCAAUCUGGAAAUGACUGAUUAUAGUGAUCUACAAAUAGAUGAACAGAACUAGGUGUAUUGGGAAAACAGAAGUAUUAACAAAUGUUAGAAUGAAUUCUGAGAACACAGAUCAUUCCUGAUGCCUAUUGUCCAAGUCCCCACAUUGUUCAAAAAUUUUAAAAAUCCUGUAGACUAAAUGAAACAACUGCUAAUUCAGUUUUCCUAUGUUAUAAUUCUUUCUUUAAGGUAAGCCACCAUUUAUGGCCCUCAUAAGAUGGUUUCCAAAAAAGAAGCCAUACAAUUCAAAUCAAACAACAUAAAUAAGUCAACCAUCAUUAAAUUAAUGACAUGUAUUUAAACUUAAAUCUAAGAAAACGUAUCAUGAAUAGCUCAAUAAUAAACUGUCUGCAUGAGAUAUGAUGUAGAUUUGUAUGCUUUACAUGUCAUCAGGAAAGCUGAGGCAAUAUGUUAGUUGUAAUAUCUUUCUAUAUAAUAAACAUGAGUGACUGCCAGGGUUUUAAGUUUCAGAAUAUAAGAAACUAAUCAGUAGGCCCUCAGGCUGAGACAGUUUUAAAAGAAGAGUCUGAAAGCCUUCAGCUUGCUUCAGUGGAGAUGAAGAUCAUAUGAUUACCUAGAUAUUUAUGCCUGGAGGAAGUAAAGUUUUAUAAACAGACACAAAAAAAAUACCAAGUAGUGAUUAAUCUACAUUUCUUCUGUAAUGGGAGUCUUGGGUAUAGGGAAAUACAUAGAAAUUGUAUACAGUACAAUAAUUGCAGUGCUACAUAAGACCAGUUGUCCAUCUGGCACCGCCUUUUGUUUAUCCAGAGUGGCCUGAAAGAGAUUUCAGGUCACAUGAAGGGACUAAAAGUUCUAUCUAAGAUUUGCUGUUAAUCUGUAGUUAGGGGUAGGCUGUUGUUCUAAACAUAGAGGUCGCAGUUUUACCUUCUGUGGCCAAAAGGCACUGACAGCCUUGUCCACCAUGACAUUCCAAAAUUCCAUUUUGGCAUUCACAGCAUCUCCAGUCACCCUUGAGCUGUGAUUGGGAGAGAUCAGUUUCCACAUCUAAAGUCCAUGUACCAUGAUAUGACGAGUACCUUAUUUUACCCUUUGACUUUGCCAAGCCCAAUAAUCAAGGACCGUUUUUUUUCCAUUCCGAAAGUUACCAUUCACACACUAUAGAACUUGAACCUAUAAUAGACAGACUAGAGAGCAUGAACAAUUUAGAAACCAUAUCUCAUACCCCUGCUUCAACUCUAGUAAUUAUCAUCAUUAUUAUCAUUAUUUACCCCUUCCUUUGGUUAAAUAGUGCACUUGACAUUUUACUUCUUUUAAUGCAGAUUUUUGAGUACACUAUGUUUUGAACAUUCCUCAGAUGAUUAGGGUAAAUUAGGAUAUAUAAUUUCAUAUUCAUCUUAUAUAAAGCCCAAUGGACAGCAUUGCAUUGAUCUUAUUAGAUGAAGGUCUGGUGGUGUGUGUGUGUGUGUGUGUGUGUGUGUGUGUGUAUGUGUGUUUAGAAAUAUUCCUGAAAGAAAAACUGUUCAAUACACAAAAUUGCAAGAUAGUAAUUGAAUGGAAGUUAUCAUUUCCCAUAAAUAGUGUGGUAUUAAGGCCAAUACUGAAUGCUGAAUGUGGCUGGGUUUUUAUGUUGCAAUAACAGUGAAUGUGUCUUCUGUGAAAGUCAUAAUAUGCCUAGACUCAGGGCAAUUUUACACAGUUCUUGGCAGCAUAUUCAGGUUUGCCACCAAGUGUACCAACAGGGAGCUGCAGCCACAUGAGUCUGUGUGAUACAGGCCUUUGAUGCUUCUAGACAGAAAGCAUCUUAGUUAUACUAGGAAAAAUAUGUAACAUGUGUAGUGGACCUUUUCCCUACAAAAAAAGGGGAAAGAAAUGUAGGGUUGUAUCUUUCAGAAUAUUUUAUGUAUGCUUGGUCAUUCUUUUCCACUUAAAUUCUUGUUUGUUAUCAUAAACAGUGAAUGCUUUAAAACUGCAGUAGCAGCCACAAAUUAAACCUUCCACUCUGCACAUUUCUAUAAUGUGGAUGAACUUGAUGUAUUGGGCUUGAUGUACUAUAAGCCAUGCAAAAUUAGCAGCAGCAUUCCAUUGAAGACCAUCUCCAUUUUUGUAAAGCUAAUAACAUUUUUCUUCUUCCUUUGUAACACUAUCUGUGUUGAAGAGCAAUGAUAUUUUGCUGUUCCAAAGCACAUCUAUAUAAUUAUCUGCUUGAGUGAUAAUAUUCACUAAUUCCAUUCACAUUCCUUGUAUUCAUAAUGCAUUCUUCAAAGCCAGCAGAGAAUAUCCGUUUGAAAGAAAAAUGACCCUAGCUUCCUCUGUUCAAUUGCUGAGCAACUGGAGAUAUCAAGGAUUAUUCCAAUCCAUUAGUAGGGAACCAGCUCACAUUUAUGAAGGGGAGAUUUUUAGAUCAAUCUCUCCUUUCCAGACAUUCUGUUAAACUGAAACAGAUUUUUUGCUUAGCUUCAGCUGUCAGCUACAUGAAAUUACAGGCUGGUAAGAAUUAAAGCCUUAAUUGUAUGGGGCUAUUUCACUGCAACUGUUCCUCUGCUUCUAGUUAGAACCCAAAGCCUUUUUAAGCAGAUGUAAAACCUCAAGAUGGCACUUGUAUAAGAUAAUUAGAUGAAAAAGAUGACAAGACAUGCAAGCAUUAAGCAGUCUUUCCCAUGUUAUUAGGAGUCUUUGAAGAAAGGUAAUUAGAACCUAAAUUAAAAAGAUUGCUAAGAGUUCAAGUAGUAAAAGCUCAUCACAGAAUGGCUGCACUAUAUAGCCUUUAAAUUUUGUAGCAACAUUUCCUUGCAUCUUAGGCUUUUACUUUUGGUACAGAACUCAGCCCCCUGACCCCUAAAAAAAAUAAUGGAACUUAAAUAGACUUUCUCAGCCACAGCAAACUAUAUCAGCCAAUAAUAUGUCUGUUUGAGGCCAUGCAGCUCUUACUUUUUUCCUUUUCUCUCACCAAAGUUAUGGAGAAACAACAAUAAGAUACAAUGCAAGUAAGGUGCAAUUACAAUUGGUUCUUUUGUAACCUCUGUGGUUGUUAGCACAUGAACAGCUCAAUAUCAUCCUGGAGUGCAAGUGUUGUAUUACAAGCAGAGACAUCCACUGCAGUAGCAACUGCAGGAUCCUAUGAGAGACAAGCUAGGGAAAGUUGGACAGCUCUUUCAACUACUGCUUAAAUAAAGAAAAGAAAACUGCUUGCUUAAGCUUUCAGCUAGAGCAGCCAACUUGUGAUUUUAAAAGUGCCUGGUCUCUGAGUGCAGCCAUGGCCCGAGUUAGAAAGUGCUUGAUCUGUGACAGAUCAGGCAGCAGAGUCUGGUGGGUUUUGUAAGGCCAGGAGAGAAGCAUCAGAAGUCCAAGACCAAGUGCCACCCCCACUUAUAAAAGCUACAGAUAGUUAAAGGCCAAAAGCCUGGUUACAGAGGAAAGGUUUUGCCCCCUAAAGAUAUAGAGUGAUGGCACUGGUGAGCCCCUUUGGGAAAAGCAUUCUGCAAAGGGAGUCGCAACAGAAAAUGGCUCAUUCUUGUGUUGCCACUGUCCAGAAUUCUCAUGGAAGGGGGCACAUGAAGAACAGCCUCAGAUGAUGAGUGCAGGGUCAAAGUUGGUUCAUAUGUUGGUAGUCCUCUCACACCUGAGGGUGUAUACACUGUGGUAUUUUCUGUUUUAUUAAAUAAGCUGCCACUGUAAACUUGAAGUUAAUGUUUUAGACAUCUUGAGUAGCCAUCCACUGAGUUGUGUUGUGUUGUCAAGGCGAAAUGCAAUCUUUCAUGCUGUACCUGCUCACUUUAAAUGGAGUAAAAAAUAAAUACAGUCAUACCUCGGGAUAAAUACGCUUCAGGUUGAGCGCUUUCGGGUUUUGCUCUGCGGCGACCCGGAAGUAACAGAGCAUAUUACUUCCGGGUUUCGCUGCUUGCGCAUGCGCAGGUGGUCAAAAUGACAUCAUGUGUAGAAGCGGCGAAACGCAACCCAUGCAUGCACAGUCGCACCGUCAUGUCUUACGUUCCAUUCAGGAUGCAAACGGGGCUCUGGAACGGAUCCCGUUUGCAUCCCGAGGUACCACUGUAAAUUGUUUGUGUAUUUUGUGCCCAGGGUCUCCAAUUCAGUGAAGGUGAAGUGCUAGAAUUCUAAUGCUGUUGCCAUCAAUGCAACAUAAUUCUAGUCCAUUGCACUGAUGGCAACAGGAUUAGAAUCAACUGUGAUUUUUGUGUUUGUGUCUACUGUAGAAUACCACACAUGUAUUUUGCACUCCAAGAUCUUUAAAAAGUGACCACUUUUUGGCAUAUGACAACUUACAGAUCAUUUGUGCAAAAUCCAUGCUGUGUUAGAAUUUUCCUGAUGGGACCUCAAAUAAGUCUGCUUCCGAGCCUGAACUAAAAACAACAAAACCUGAAGUAUUGUCUUGUGGAUUCACCUGCAUGCACACCAGAAGAUUGAAACAGAAGUAAAAAUGAAGACCAGGAAACAAACAGUCAAAAAUCAUCUGAAAAGAAAAGGAUACUUAGCUCAAUCACAUUUUGUUGGAAAAGAGACUUUGGCUGGAUUUUCUGGCAAGAUAACUUUUAUUUUAGAUUUAGGCGAUGAAGAGAUAAAGUUUUCUAAAACAGGGAAUUUAAUUCUGUUUCUUGUUUUUAAUUUGUCAUGUGACCCCAUUCUCUGGCAAAGGGCAUAGGAAGCUCUUAAAUAAUCCUUUGAGCCAUCACAUAGUGCUUCUCCGGAGCUCAAUCUAUUUUGUUAAUCCAAAGCAUGGCUAUGAGGUGAAUGGCUGUAUAGUUUAAACAUUCCUACAGGGUAAACCAUAAAAUGCAGGGGUUAAAAUCUGUAAUAUAUUAAUUUUUUAAUAAUAUUAAUCUUUUUUUUUUUUAAGCCUCGUGGGCUGUAGUCCAACUCACACUUUGGAUUCACUUAACAGGGCUUACUUCUGAGAGGACAUGUGUAGGGUUCUGGUGUUAAUGUAGUUGUUACAGCUAGAAGAAGAUGAAACCUGAACAGCUCUAGGAGUUAAAGUGAAACAUUUACAUAAUGUGUAUAAUUUACAUAAUGUGUAUAAUGCGCUUCAGUAUCUUAAUUCAUUCUGCUAUUGUCAGUACCAUUUACCACGAAGGAGUUGGUGGUAUGCCCCCUGAUCAGGAAGACCUCCCUGGAUCCAGAAGUGUUAAACAUCUGUUGCCCAGUGGACAAGGUAGCAGUCCAGCUUCAGACAAGUUUAGCUUCAAUCAUGGCACUGAAACUGCCUUGGAGAUUUGGGAGGGGGGGAGUGUGACCCUGCUCAUUCUCCUCAUUGAUUUUUGAUACUGUUGACCAUGGUAUCCUUUUGGAGCACCUCAGGGGGUUGUAGGUCAGUGGUUCCCCUCCUACCUCCAGGGCUGUUUCCAUAAAGUAGCUAUAGAAUGCUAGUGUUCAGUGCCAUUGGAGUUGUCCUGUGGUGUCCCCCAUGCUAUUUAACAUCUAUAGGAAGCCUCUGGGAGCUGUCACUAUGAGAUUUGGAGUGAAGUGUCAUCAAUAUGCAGAUGAUCCCCAGCUCUGUCUCUCUGCUUCAAAUGAAUCAGGAGAACCAGCUGAGGUGUUGGACCAGCGCUUGGAAGCAGGGAUGGGUUGGAUGUAGACCAAUAAACUGAAUCCUGAAAAGACAUAGGUGUUAUGUGUCCCAAAUUCUCAUGUCUAGGAAGCGGAGCAAGGGCCUGCCUGGGAUGGGAUUGCAUUCACCUGGAAGGGGCAGAAUCACAGUUUUGGAGGGUUGUUGGAUUCAACAGUCACUGGAGACUCAGGUAGCCUCAGUGGCUAGGAAUGAAUUUUUUUCAGCUCCAGAAGGUUGGUCAGCAGUGGCCCCUGCUGGACAGAGAUGACCUGGGCAAUGUAUUCCAUGCUCUGGCAACUUUCAAAUUGGAUUAGUCACAGGGGUCAGCAAACUUUUUCAGCAGGGGGCUGGUCCACUAUCCCUCAGACCUUGUGGGGGGCCAGACUAUAUUUUGAAGGGAAAAAAAUGAAUGAAUUCCUAUGCCCCACAAAUAACCCAGAGAUGCAUUUUAAAUAUAAGGACACAUUCUACACAUGUAAAAACACACUGAUUCCUGGACCAUCCAUGGGCCAGAUUUAGAAGGCGAUUGGGUCAGAUCCGGCCCCUGGGCCUUAGUUUGCCUACCCAUGGAUUAGUGUAAUACAUACUACACGGGGCUGUCCUUAGAGAUGACUUAGGACCUUCAGCAGCCAGAUUGGUGUCUGGGGUUCCCUUCAGAUUUCAUAUAACCCCUGUUUUAAAACAGCUGCACUGGGUGCCAGUUGAUUUCUGGGCCCAAUUCAUGUGCUCACAUUAAAGCCCUAAAUGAUUCAGGCUGCAAAUACCUGAAAGAUACCCUGAGAAGACAUCCUUGGAGCUUUUUCUUUUUGUAUUACAUCUGUCUUUAACUUUCUGGAGUGAAAUUCCAAUUCUUCAUUAUUUAGGAAGUCAGAACAGAUGCUGAAAAUUAUAAUUGAUUCAGAAAUUUCUGCACCAAAGCAGUGCUGUGCUUUGGUGACCAUGUGCAUAGGGCAAGAUACAGCUAAAUUGUUGCAUGUGUGGAACGAGAUCUGCUUGUGCAAUGGGACUUUCCCUCCUUCUCCUUCCCCUGUGCCCUCUAAACCCAGAACAGGUUUAGAGUAUGUGUAGAAGGAGCUGGUAUUCCUGUUGAACAAGUAGACCUUGUUCCCUGCAUGCAUGGCAUGUCCCACAACAGAGACAGGUACAACUUGCCACUUUCUGAGGCAGUUACUACUAGAUUUGGGCAGGCAGGUGGGUGGCAGAUUACAAAACAGAUUUGGAAAUUGCUUUGUUUGUACAUGUCUGUUUUAUGGUAGCAUUUUCUUUCAUUCAUAAGUAUCAGCAUGUCUGUUGCUAAAUAGAAUGAAGGACUAGGCCUUCAUAUAUGAGCAUUGCCCUUGUUCUUUAUUAGGAGCGCUACUAUAGAGGCAGAUGGGACUCAGCCUGAGAUGGUAGCCCAUCUAGAAGAAAGAAAACUCUGGUCCUAAACCUCCACUGCCUUGCAGGAUAUCUUUGAGAGAAGAAAGUCUAGGGAGUAAACCCUACACAAAUCCAGAAUGGAGUCCCUAAGACAGUUGGAUGGUGCCUUGUACAUCUCCUUAUCACAACUUCUGCAGCCAAGCUGGUGCCAAUUGUAUUACUCUACUUUCCUUUGGACCACAUCAGCAAGGCCAAGAGGUGGGCCUCAUCAUCUGGGGAGCUCAAGACCUACAUACACACUGCCCAGGCUUGAGUCCUGGGGGUGUCACUUCAGUGCUGGAAAUGCAGCAGUUUGACAUCAUCCCCAGAGGCAUACUCCAUUGUCUCUUGAGACAGGUGGAUGCCAACAACUGUAGAAUCAUUGCCCAGGGUUAUGCUUAGAGUUCCAUUCACCUUUACCAGGAAUUCCGAGGACCACUUCCUAUAGCAGGUGCCUCUCCUCUGCUUUGUCAAAGCUUGCUAGAAAAGUUGCUCUGCUGUUAUGAGAAGAGCUCAAGCAAGCACAGGGUCAUGAACAGAAAGCUUUGGGUACACAAAGAUUUAGGUUCUUAGUUUCCUGAUGGUUGUAUUAUAAGAUGCUAAGUGUUGUCCCAGAACAUAAAAUCCAGUAGGGUUUAAAAACCAAAACAAACAAAAACAAAAUAGAGUUUCAUAGGAAAAUCAACAGUUCCUGCAAAUUAAUAAUGUGAAAUGUAUUUUGUCUACUCCAAACAUUGUAGCUUCUGAACAUAAACUAAGUUACUUUUCCUUAAAAACCAAACAAACCCUAAGAAUAUAUUGUGUCAGAUAGUUGACAGACAGACUCUGCACUUGAAAGCAAACAUAGACUAUAAAACUAAUGAUUUUGUUUUAAUUUUAAAUUUCAGCUGCCCCAAGACAGUGUAUUGAGUUACACUUUGAUGAAAAAUAUUCCAUAGAGCCUUCGUGGGAGUGUAAAUUUGAUCAUAUUGAAGUGCGGGAUGGACCUUUUGGAUUUUCCCCAAUAAUUGGUCGUUUCUGUGGACAACAAAACCCACCCAAAAUAAAAUCCAGUGGUAGAUUCCUGUGGAUUAAAUUUUUUGCUGAUGGUGAACUUGAAUCUUUGGGAUUUUCUGCACGAUACAAUUUUACACCUGGUGAGUAUAACCUCUAAUUAUUUUGGAGGAAAUAUUUUGGUAUUUAUACUGAGUGGAAUUUGGUGAUAUAAUGACAUAACAUGGUUUUAAUAUUAAGGCAGUGGCUGUAUUCAGACUUAACAUAAAGCCAUGGUUUGCUCAGCAAACUGUGAACUAUCUCACAAACAAGCAAACAAGCCAUGGGUUGUGUCUCCAAAGCUUAGUUUGUUUUCCAGUUGAUCUUGCCUUGUACUUUUGUACCUUGGCAAGUGUCUGGGGUGCGGUGGCCAAACCAUGAUUGAAAAAGGCUGUUGUGUUUAUGCAUAAUGCCAAACCAUAGUUAAAAACAAGUGAUGAUUCAUAAACUAAUAAGAAACCAUGACCUCACUUGUAGCUUGUUUGUAAAAAAGAGACUGUAGUCACUUUAUUGGGUGCACUUUCAAACAAACCACACUUGGACUAACAGUGUGUGUAUUGGCCAACCAAUUGGGCAAAGUAGAGAGAUAAAACUUAAACAGAUAGUUUUAAUGGAAAUAGAAAUGUGUGUGUUCUCCUUUCCUUUUUAAAAAACAGAAAACAGCACUUUUUCUGAAUUUAUUCUUGGCUUUCUACAGUGCAUUUUUUAAUACACACCAUUUCUGUUUAUUGCUAUAGAGUGGCUUAUAAUGGUUGAAAAAGCUGUAAUCAUCUUCCUUUUAUGAUGAAAAUGUUGGAUAAUGUAACUAUAUUUUUCAUGCAGGGAAUAUUAUGAUCACACAAUAGCCAAGUUGGUUCAAACUUUUCACCACAUGUUGGCUUUCUCCAUUAUAGCAUCUUUAUUGUGUGCAAGAAGGAUGGAAGUUGCACACAAUAAGCUUAGUCACUUGGUGAACAGAUUAUUGGUAGGCUUAUUAGAGUUUACCUAAUGCCUUUAUGCUGUUGAUAGUAGAAUAAGUGCACUAAUGCACUCCAUACAACAAAAGUGGAAAUAUGUCAUUAGUUUGUUUUAAAAUGAUUUCAACAGAAUAGCAUUUGAACAUUACUAGUAAAAAUAUUUUGGAUUGCUACUUAUGCUGUUCCUAUUUCCUUUGAACAUUGCCUUUUAUAAAGGCAGAAUCUGCUGGAGUAAUUCCCCCCUUUCUGUCUAUUAAAGCAAAAUGUUUUGCCAAAGGAUUCUGAGAUCCAAAGAAUAGCAUGCAUUCAAUUAAGUGCCUCCAUGAAAGAUUUUCCUAAUCUUAAUUGCUGUGGACCAAUUAUGCCUUUUGUCAAAUCAUCUGGUUUAAUUUGUGAGGCUAAAAUGGAGAUUUGCAGUCAAGUUUAGUAUUGAAGUAUUUCCCCAUCUCAUUAUAUAUAUAUUAAAGUUUAUUUUAAUUUGUGCACUGCAAUCAGACUGCAGUGCAGCAACUUUCAAAGGAUUGAAUGGCAUUCAGUAGGUUUUGUAGAUUUAUGGAGGAAUAAGUGGGAAUUUAUGGAGGUUUUGUAGAUUUAUGGAGGAAUAUUGUUUGUUCUGAGAGGGAUAUGCUUUUGAUCAUUUAUGCUAUUUUAUAAGUUCUUUUAGUUAUUUAAUCUAUAGCACCUGCCCCAAAUACCAGGUCUGCACUUAGGUAUUUUUCAACUGUCCACACAUGACUAGGAUGUUUAAGGGUACCUAAUUUAUUAGGGUGUUAAAAGGUACCUAAUCUUAAUUAUGUAUCAUUACUUGACUGAGCAUCAGUCAUUUAGACCUUUCAAGUACCUUUCUUAUUAAUAAGUCCAACAACCUGCAUCUCAGCAGGGAUUGAAAAGGACCUCAUAGCAAUAGUAAAUAGUGGCAAUUGAACGUGCCUCUGCAUUGGCACUACAGGUUGCCAAAUCCAGCUGCAUCUAAGACAACUCUGUUUAGCACUCCAGUCUAGCAGCCUCCAUCAAAAAGGUGUGUCCAGUUUUUGUGCACAAGUGAAUUCAGAGUCGAGAAAUUCAUAAGAGGAACUAGAAAGCUUCCCCACGUUAUGAGUUGGGUCCAUAUCAUUCUGAAAUUGGAUGCAGUUCAUAAUGUGGCUUGUCCACACUGCUAGCCGACUCUGCCCCAUAGGGUUGCCAUAUUUUGAAAAGCAAAAAAGAGGACACAUUUGCCGACUUCUACUUUUAACUAUGGGUCACUGUGGCAACUCUCAUUUUACAUACCCAUGAAAAAGAGGACAUGUCUUGGAAAAAAGAGGGCAUAUGGCAACCCUGUGGGGAAUUAUCACUGAGAAGGGUGAGGGGUUAUUGGUGGUAAGGAAGAGUUGAUAGAGACUCUAUCUCUAUAGAGAUAGAGUUGAUAGAUAGUAGGCCUUGACUGGCAAAGAUGCUUACAACAUACUCAGGAACAUCCUUUCCUUCCAGGGUUCAUCGGACUGUAUAGUACAAAUCCCAUUUCCCUGACUUAUUUCUCACCAGGAAGAACUCUGUUAUAUCUAGCAAACACUCCCUACACCUUCAGUUACCACCACCUUCUCCUUCUCAAGGGCAACUGUUCCCCCACUCACCUUCGGGCAGAGGCCUGAAGUAGGAGGGAUACCUAAUAAUGGUAUGGAUCCAAGAUUGGGUUGAACAGGAGCAGUUCUACACUGUUUUGAAGGCAUGCAUAGCAGCUGUGGUGGAUCAAACUCUUUAUAUGGUGCACAAGAACCAUAGCCACUGAGUAUGGGUGGAAAGUAGAUCUAGCUGUAGUCAGGAACUAGGUGGGACGACACAUUUGUUUUUCUUUGUUUCCAAGUGAGGAAGUUGAAACUAAAAGUCAACUUAUAAGUAGCAGGAGCAUAGAAACAAAAUUAUGGGACUCAUCGUGAUUAUGGGACUCCUCAUGUUUAUAAAGGUGUGUAGUAUGAAUGCACACAGUAAUAUUUGAUUAAAGCAGCCUGAGUCCCAGCAAUAGCAGUUGGAUGCAUCACGGAGCGGAAGAUUAAUUGUAAAUGCUUUAAGUCAGCCUAUGACUUAAACUUCUGCAUUUUGGGCGAGUGUUUUCGUUCAGUCUUUUGCAUUUCCCAUUUCUAGGUUCUGUAUAAGUUUCUCCUUAAAUCCCCAGAUAGUAGUGAUCUGCCUGCAAUUACAAUUUAAAUGCUUAUAUGUCCUUAAAAAUGGUUUCAGGGACUAUCUGCUGAAUUGUCUCUGUGGAUGUGAACUUUAUUUUGGCUUACACAGCACAAGUAAAUGAUCUCUUUAUACAAGUAGUUAGUUCUUCCACGAUAGCUACUUGCCAGCAGUUUAUGUACAAAAAAGGAUAAAGAACUGCAAGAAAGAACUAGUGAUUGAUCCAAAUAUUAUUGGAGCACAGCUCAGAAGGUGCAUAUAGGUAGACUUGCAUGCUCACUUCAAUAUGAAGCAAGCAUUUCAACCCUGAGCGUUCUUUUUCAGCCCUCAUUUAAAUCUGAAACAGAGAGGAAUUUAAACUGUCGCUGCCUUCCUCCUAUACAAUCACACACAACCCCCACUCUUGCUUCUGCUGUUCUGACAGCAGAGAAAGUGAAGGGGAAUCAGUCUCUCUCCUCCUUUCUAAUACAUUGCCAUUCUGUACUGGCUGUGUGCCACAUGCAGAGAGUGCUGAGAAAUCAGUAGUGGUAUGCAGUGGUGUAGAGCUGCCCUCUUGACAUUGGAGUGACAAGGUCAUGAGUACGUGGUUGCACCAAUGGGACCAUUGCCACUCAUGUACCCAGAUGGUGCACCUUUUCCGUCACCUACCCUGUCCAGGUAAGCAGCAGGGACACCAAUGUUGGGAAUGUGGCUGAAUGGCUAUGGAGCUAGUGUGAGAAAUUAUGCAUAUCAAUAACACUCAAAAAACCUUGUUGCCAGGAAUUAAUUGAAUUUGGCAUGCAGCCAUGGGAACGGAGGGAGAGAGACUUCCAGCCUUCCCCUUACCAUUACUACCAAAGCAAAUUAAAGGUCAGUGAAAAUGAGAAAGGACUUGGUAGAAGGCAAGCAAGCAAAUGGGUAGGUGAGCGGGCUGCUGGAUGUUCAGCAGUAGGGAUCACCCCACUGUGUUUAGUUACAUCACUGCGGGCACAACAGGCUCUGAAAUAGACUUGGGAUAUGAUGAGAAACAACUGGUAUAUUUUGGAUGAAGCCAUUUAAUUUUUAAGCCAAAUUCUGUCUUUGAUUAGGGGAAGUUUGUCCAUUACUAGAAAGAACUAAGGAGCUUCACCUAAGGCAGGAGUGGGUAACCUGUGAUUCUCUGGUUGUUCUCCAGUCACCUUUCAGGUUUGGUUUUAGCACUGAAGCAGCCUGGGUCACCCUGAUUAAUGACCUUUGUUGGGGAAGAUAUAGGGUAUAUGGUUCUCCUUGACCUCUCAGCAUGUUUUGAUACCAUUAACCAUGGUAUCCUUCUGGAGUGACUCAGGGACAUUAUAGUAAUUUUGCUCCAACUUGCAGGGUCAGCACCACAAAGUAGUAUGAGCUGGUUGCUCAGUUCCAUGGCUUUCACGCUGUGGGACACCACAAGGCCAAUUCUGUCUGUAUGCUAGUCACCAUCUACAUGAAAUUGUUGGGACCUAUCAUCCAGUAAUUUGGACCAUGGUGUCAUCAAUAUGCUGAUGACACACUUCUCUCUCUCUCUCUCUGAAUCAGGAAAGACUGUGAAAAUAUUGAAUUGGUGUGGAUGGGUGGUUUCUAUAUCUGGGAAUUAGGUGGAUGACAUGUUCUGGGAUGGGUUGUACUCCACCUGACAGAAUAGGUUCAUGGUCUGGGAGUCCUGGAUUCCAAGUUGCCACUUGAAUCUCAAGUGGCUUCUUUGACUAGGGGUGCUUAUGCCCAGCUUAGGCUAAUUUCCCAGCUACAGCAGUUCUGGGCAAGGGUAUCCUAAAAUAGAGCUGGAACAGAUUGAAGGUGUUAGAAUUGAGGUUUGGAGCAAAGCAGAAGCAAUAAGUCAGCAGAAGGCUGGUGAAAGAACACAGGAGCUAAACUGAGGGAUGCAGAUUCAUAGAUAUUUGACUUGGUUAGGGAAACAGUCUUGUUUGGGUUUAGCUGGGGGGAUUUUUCCUUCUUACUUUCAAUUCACCUUUUCUGUACACAUAAUUCCAUUACCACCAUGCAACAGUGCUGUAAGUGAACCAGGUAUACGAACCAGUUUUAUUUACAAUGGCCUGACCUCUGCAGUUUUGCCCUACUUUUUGUAGGAGAAAAGUUGCACAAAUAGUAUCACCAAAUGUUUGGGCCUCCAUAUAUAAAAUUCACAGUUUGUGUGGAGGGGAGAGAAGGGUGGACAGUACCAGUUGGUGGAGUGCUGUUGCUUAUCCGACCUCUUGUCAGCAUUGUCCCUGCAACAUACUGGGAAGGGUGAGUUACUGUGGUGACAAUCCAGGAGUUCUGCUACUGUGUUUGCACUCCACCAUCCUUGCAUUUGAUUCAGCCUUCCCCUUCACCCUUCUGGUAUGUCACAGCAACAAUGGUGACAGACGGUCAGGUAAUCAGUUCUCCACCCAGCUCCACCAAGCACAACAGGGGAAGGGUAUGCUACUGCAAUACAGGCCCAGUAAAUAUGUGAAAUAAUCUAUCUGCCUGUUUGGAAACUGAUAAUUAUUUCUUAUUUUCAUUGAUGCCAGGCUUGUAUGAUGCUGCUAGAUAUUUUAGACUGAUUCUGAUCUGGAUUAGCUUGAUGUCAGACAUCGCACAGUGCAUGCAUUUUAUUUUGCUAAUACUUUAGCAUUUGUCCUGUCUGGAAGUAUUAGAGGAAAUUAUGUUGAUGGGAUAUUUGUUGAAGUUACCUCUACUUUGGGAAGGUGGCCCACUGGUGUGGGCAUUUUGUCUUGUUGCAAUAAUUUCCUCCCAAAUGGCAUGGAAUUCAGUUUUCUUCUGUCUACACAGACAGAUGUUUUGAAGGCAUCUGUUGCUCAGAGCCAUUUUCUGCAGUGAGUCAAUUUUGUAGUGCAGCAGACAGUGGAGAUCCAGACAGAGUGAGGCUGUGCUCUAAGCUGAUCACUCUUAUUCAUCUGGAAUAAUCAGAUUUCUUUUUAUCUUGGUUUCUCCCUCUUGGAAUCUGCAAGGCUGUGGCCUCAGAUGGCACAUUAUUAUUCUCAAUUCUGUCAGCUGGUGGAAACCAUCUGUGUUUCUGUUUGGCUUCAUUGAUGUGAAUGUCAGCAUACUAUAUAGUCACUAUAUUGCCUCUCAUCAGAAAUGAAAAGAUAUGUGGAACAUAUGAACAACAGCAGUCUUAACUGCUGGGAAAUCAUAGGAAUAUAAGCAAACAUGUAUGCUCCCGAGGAUUUGCAGAGCAUUUAGGAAAUUCUAGAGAUUUUGAGCUUUGGACCUUCAAAUUUUACAUCUUAGGAUCGGUGUCAGUAUUGUGAUUCUUUUGGCUCCAAACCCAAAACUUGUAAUGUUUGAACAACAAUGAGAUAAUAUGUAAACUGUAAGAAUGUGAACCAAUAAGUGCACAAAUUAAUUUUGAACUGUAGUUUUGAAAAUAGCUGAGCUCAUCUGAAAUUACAAACAUGCCUGGACAGCAAUAUUUAAGGAAGGAAGGAAGGAAGGAAGGAAGGAAGGAAGGAAGGAAGGUUGAUUUUGUGGCAAGCCAGCCUUUUCCUGUGAUUGCAUUUCCUCCCACUUUUAACACCAGCAAGUUCAAGCCAGGCAUUUGAAGACAGAGAAGUUGUUACAAGGUUUAUUUCUGAAUCUUAGUUUCUUUUCUCAUAACAAAAGAGAGGGGAAAGGUUAUGUUUUUAGCUUUUUAUAAACAGAGCUACUCAGAAGGUGCGGAACUCCCUGAUACAGCUCAACACAUCUUGUUAAUGUUACGAUCUGAUUCAAGAAAGUGGGAGUCUAACUUGAAUCACCCCAAUUUGCAUCAUUAUUCAGGGAACUCACUGGGCCAGUUCACACACUUACUAGUGCCUGGGCUGGCACCAUCCCUAGCCUAAGGCUUCUAUCCCAGGAAGGUCAUGUUGUCACUACCACAUUGCCAUGCCCUGUUGAGGUGUUCCAUGGCCUCUGCUGAAUCAAGGGGAGCAGUGACAUUGUGUGCACCUUUUGUGUAUGCAUGGAGUGCAUUGCAGAAUCUAUUCUAGAUGCCUUAUAGCUUUGGGAGUACAGUGGUACCUCGGGUUAAGUACUUAAUUCGUUCCGGAGGUCAGUACUUAACCUGAAACUGUUCUUAACCUGAAGCACCACUUUAGCUAAUGGGGCCUCCUGCUGCUGCCGUGCCACCGGAGCACGAUUUCUGUUCUCAUCCUGAAGCAAAGUUCUUAACCUGAAGCACUAUUUCUGGGUUAGCGGAGUCUGUAACCUGAAGCGUAUGUAACCUGAAGCGUAUGUAACCCGAGGUACCACUGUACAGAAUAAAUUCAUUUGUCUUUAUCCAAACCCUUUUGGAGUCGAACCUUCAUGGUAAUGUUUCUCUGAGUAAUAAGAAAAGUAAGACUGUGAUGAUAGGACUUUUGUUUUGUUUUGUUAGUCAUCCAUGGAAUAUUCAUUACCUUUGCAAAUGUGUGCUGCAUUUCUAUGGGUCUGAAUUAUUAUAUUCUGAAGGUGAGACAUAUACAUAUUUAGCUAAUAUUUGCCCAUGUAGUAAGGAGCAGCUUGUUCUGAUGUCACAACAUCCAGUGCUUGACACGUGCUGCAGUUAUCCUUUCUGCCAGGUCAUCCUUCCCCUGACUUGGGCACUCGCUACGGAAAAGCUGUCACUGCAUUAUCAGGGCUUAAUGUUAUAGGGCAAAUGGGUGCUGCAUGAUGGGGCACCCAUGUGGUGUAUUAAGGGCAAAUGGCAUCCAUUUAUGCUGUAGAAUGUCUGAGAUGAACCUACCACUGACAAAAUGCCACAAACUGUACUUUUCUACUAGAAUCCUUGUUCUCAUCCGUAGAUGCUCCUGGACCAGAUUGGCUCUAGUAAUAGGAUCAGGACCUUUAAUUUAUGCACACAUACAUACACCUUUAUGUUGUGCCUUGAUUAUUUGAAGCCUUUAGCUUCUUUUGCUGCAUUUUCCUAAUAUUGUCUGUAAGUGGCUUGUGUGAUAACCAAAUUGUGUUUCGAUGCAUAUUUAUUUAUUAAGUUUUUUUUAAAAAAACUAACUAACACAGUGAUUGAUGCAACUACAUACUCUCCGCCCGCCCCCCCGUUUCUUCCAUUACAUUGAAGUUCUUGCUAAAUUUCAGAUUUUAAAAAAUUGGUUUCACAUGAAAGAAGGGGAAAUGGCUUUAGUGGGUCUAAAUGAACUUCAAACCUUACUGAGUUGUUUAUUGGGUGACUAGACACACACAGAGACACACACACAGGCACACACACACACACAACCCAGCAGUGGUUUUCAUCUCCCCUGGCCCUCUCACUCUGGCCAGGUUGUUAUUGUUUUAAUUUGUAAGCAUUAGCAUUAACAGAGGGCUUUUGUGCCAGACUUUGUGCCAGAGGUGCUCAGACCGAACCACAGGAAUUGCUCUACACACUGAAAUGGUACCUGGAACCCAUCCAUGUGCAGGAAAGUUCAUUGAGAAUGCUCAUUGGGUGACAGCUUAUCCAAUUGCACAACAGAUUUCUGUUUGCACAGUGGGACUUCUCUUUCCGUUAUAGCCCCCCAUCCCAUCCCCCAAAAUCUUCUCUUGAGGGCUCCAAGGACCACACAGGAGUAGAAAUGUACAAUAGUGAAUGUCACCCAUGGUGCUUAUAAAAAUGAGCCAAGUUUAUCCCUUUUGUUUCUCAUUUAAAGUAUUUGUAUGCAGGGUCUAUCAAGUUUCCUAAAUCAGAGGUACUUCGGUGUUAACUAUAUUAAAUCUGAAUAUUUGCAGUGCUGAAGUCUGUAUUUUGACACUCCCGCAUUUAGAUUGUAGUCCUAUAGACAGUUAACUGGAAGCAAAUUCCACUGAAAUAAACAGAGCUAUUACAAGCAAGCUUGCCCAGGCUGCGGUAUUAGUUACUGCAGCUGGGUGGUUCCCUCCCCUUCAAAUGUCAUAGGAUUACAGGGAUACUAUUCUUCUCCAUUUUGGGGAGCAUAUUUCAUCUGAUCUUUCAUAUGACAAGGAAUGUAUGAGAUACCACAUAGGGUUGGUUCAAAGGUCACGUGAACUUUUACUUGCCAUUGUAAGUGGCUCCAACUGGUGCAUACGAAUUUCUUUUGAAGAAAUAAAUGAAGUGCAUACAUUGCAAAUUUUGACCCAUGCCAAAGUUGCAAUGUGUGCACUUCAUUUAUUUAUUAAUAAUAUUUGUAUAAUGCUUGAGAUGUAAACUCUCUAAUUUGUUUACAUAAAGCACAAUGAUAUGAUUCAAAAAGAAAAAAAUAUACAUAUAAGCAACAAUACAAUUAAAUACAUCAAUAAAAACAGAGAAUCCACCAAUCAUGAUAAUGAUUAAUAAUGCACAAUAUCCCAAUAAUACUGGACACUGCCUUGAGAUUAAGACUAAUCCUGCUGUUGCAUAAACAAAUGUACUGAAAAUCUGAGAGAAAUGUUGAUAAUGGACUUUCAAAACAGCUGCAGAAUAAAAUCAAAUAAGAAUAAAAUGUGUGCCAGUUUUAGAUUUGUUGCAGACCAAGAGAUCCAACCCAAUAAUUUGAUGAUUAUGGGAUGUUUGGUGAAUGACACCAGAUAAUGAAAAUUGUUAAUAUUUCUGAGAAUGCAAUGUUCACUGUGUCAUAGUGAAGUUCUUCUGUAAGGAUUGGAUGCAACUGUUCCUUAUACUGAGCUAUUUGAUGUUCUUACACAAUUAGGCUAGCUAUUGUACAUCUGUCAUAAUUAAAAUGUUUGCAUUUUUGUCUUCAUUUGCUCUUCUAAAUCUGUCAUUUGUUUUGGAGAGGGGAAUGUAAACAUGUUCAUAUUUCUGCUCAUCUGUUCUGGGAAAAUCUGUUUCUUUUUUUGAUACAUUUCUAGCAUUUUAAUUGACAUGCACAUCUCUCUUUAACACAAUUUUAACACUCUCCGUAUUCUUUUGGCUGUUGCUCUGUGAACACUUUGUUAAGGAAGUGGAUAUCUUUUUCCUUUUGUAGUACUUAGACAAUUUUUAACUUCACACAGGAGAGUAGAGGGCUUUUUAAAAAUAUGUGGCUCUCUUGCCUUAUGAUUUCCCUUGAGAAAAGCAUAGGUUUGUUUUUGCUGCUUGAGUAUUAAAGAUACUUCUAUAUAAAUCAACAACAGCAGUCAAUCAAAAUGAUGGCUUCCAAAACAUGAGAGUUUCCCUAGAUCAGUAACAGCCAACUGCCUGAGUGACAGACCUCUGGCAUCAUUGCAAAUUUCUCUGGGGAAUCUUUCUAUUUCAUGCUUAGAGGGUACUGAUGACUUAGAAGUGAUAUGCAUGUUUCUCACAUAAUGCUUUUAAUCCAGAAGAACAUACGUUUAAAGAAAAUUGGAAAAUGUUUAUUGAAUAUAUGGGGGGGAAAUUGUGUAGGCUUGAAAACAUUGGCAGCAUUAAGAUAAAUUCAACAGUGUAAACAAAUUUUGAUGGAUGUAAUAAUGGAUUACUGAAUGGUUUAGUUCAUGUGAAUUAUGCAGGAAUUUAUGAUAUGCAAAAUGAACCAUGGAAAGAGAAGAAGGGAAGUCACUGACAUUUUAAAGUUGUUUAAACAAAUAUUCUAAAAUGUAAAACAGAAAAUAUAAUUAAAAAAUAUACAAAAAGAAGAAGAAGAGUAUAGCAACAUCUUAAACCAUUUGGGAAAGGCAGUUUAUAGAUACACUUUUCAGAUGUCAUGUAUGACCAUUUGGUGGAAUCAGUAUAAUUAAAAAAAAUGUAGUCCCCUUUCCAGGAAAUAAACAUCAGGUUAAAAGAGGAAGGGGAAUAGAGUUUUGAUGCACAACACUUACACAAGCCCCAGUGCAGCUCAGAAUGGGAUAAUUAACAUAUAAGCAUGGAUGGUGUUCAUCUGCAUUGCAUUGCUCUCAAUGAGAUGCACAUGCUGAGAAAUAUUCCUAUUCCCAAAUAGUCAAUAUGUAUACACUAGUCCACUUCUGCAAUGCAGGCAUGCUUGGUUUUUUUAAGAAUAAAAAGAGUCCUCCAUAUACAGAAUUGUUUCAAAAAAAUAUGAAUAAUCCAGGAGGAUACUCUGAAGACAUUCACAAGAUAGCCAAGAAUAUUUCAAAGCAAGGAAAAAUCUCUGCAGAAAAAAAUGGUCAACUGUGUGACAUUUCAUCUUGGAAUUUAAGGGAGGAUCUUAUUUUUCCUACUAGAUGUUCUACUAACAGAUAGUUCAGUCCAUGCUGUGUCCCAAGUCAUUGAGAAGUAAGUACCAUGUUAAUGAAGCAGUAAUUCCCUCACAGUAUUACUGGGAAGGUUUGGGCAUAUACUACAAAAUAUUGUCUCAUAGUAGGUUAUGAUAUCCCAGAUAGUGAAUCUACUUGCAACCAAACACUGUAGUCUUCUGAGAUAACCUUUACAGGCACUGUGGGAGCAAUCCUGUGUCAACAACCAAAAUGAGUGGGUUAGGAUCCAAUGGCUCUUUGGCUAGAACAUGAGUUUCCCAGAGCAGCCAAACUAUGCUAGUUUAACUCCCUCAUCCUUGGCUGAACCAGAGAUCCACCACCAGAUCUCCCCCACCCUGGCUCAGCAGAAACCUAGCUGUUAGCUAACUCAGCAAAAAUGGUGUUGUAACUCAAAUACAGUUUUAAAGACUUAGAUGUAGCCAGCUGCUGAACAGAGCUUGGAUCUGGUGGAACUUUAUACUGACUUAACUUACACUGGCUUGUUUUAUGCCAGCUUCCACAUGUGCCACCUUGCCCCCACAAUUGAUGGGGCCCAGGGCUGCACGAUGUCAGCACGCCCCAUGACGUCAGCAUGCCCCGUGGCUUACUCAGAGUUUCCAGAAAUUACAGCAUUGGCAGUAGAAAAAAAUAGAAGCAGAAAAAAUAUUCCAAAUGACUUUUUUUAAAAAAAAAGUAUUACAAAAAGGAUCAUACAAUCUUUUGGUUAGCAAAGAUGCAGGCUUUAAAAUCUCAUUUUAGAGAGGUUCAGUUCACUUGCAGGGAGCUGUGCAGCCACACAGUUCCUUCUUCACUUGCUCCAGGAUGCUUGAAGGGGGAAAAAGAAUGGGAAACAAAAGACUGCAGGAAGCCUUCUAAGCCACACCCACAUUUGUAACUUGAGCUCAGGGUUCACCUUAACUCUUUCAUGGAUGCAAGUGUGAGUUAGCAACUGUAUAUUACAAUAAAAAUAAAUGUAACUGGACUGAACUUGUGUAUCAUGGUAUGGAUAUGCAAUAGCCGGUUGUUAUUCCUGCUCCAGGGCAAGCAUUGAUUCCUGUUAACAGACGGGCAUGUAUAUAACAGCUACCCCUGCCACAUCAGUUUUUUAUUCUACCUCCCUGGCCCCAAGCCCGGAGCAAGUACUAAGACAUCUUCCUCCUAGCCUAUCACAUACUAAAAGUACAGAGGACCAGACAGCCUCUAUACCUUCAAGCUGAUGAACUCUGGCCCAUUAACACUGAAUGGUUCCUGUACCAAAUCCCAAGCAAAUGAUCAUCAUGACUCAAUUUGUUCACUUUUGUAAACCCUUAAAAAAAAAAUAUCCUCACAAUACCUGCCAAAUAUAACACCUUUCAGACAUAUUUUUAAAAAGAAAAUAUUAGUAGUCCAUUUUUUGUUUGGGUAGUAAAAAUGUUUGAGUAGUAAAAGUGUUUCCCUGAAUGGUGAGCAACUAGUCCCUUAGUGUACUUGGUUCAAUGUGACAGGAGAAGAGCACAGACAAUCCAUAUGCCAUGUCUACUCAGGAGGACCCACUGAACAUUCCCCACAGUGUGCUGAGACAAAAAGUUUGCUCCUCUUGUCAGCCAUCCUUCCUCCAAUGAGCACAGAUGAAGUGUUAUCAUCAAAUUGGCUGAAAGUGGGGAAGAGGGCUAUAUUGUUUUUCUGCUUCCAAGACCAAUGGUGCAGGUCAGCAACUCAACAGAAGUGGCAGGAAUAUUGUUGUCCUUCUGGAAAAAGAAAUUACAGCUUUCAAGCACUGGCAUAAUAAGCUGAUAAUGAUUCCAACACCAGCAGACAAGCAAGCAGUCCUCUUUUGUUUUAAUUUGUACCAUUUGGCUGCCAUAUGGAAGAAAAAAAUGAAUAAGCAGAUUGUUAAAUCCUUUGCAAGCAAGCUAAAAAUGAUUAAAGUUGACAACUUUGCAGACCAAUUAUUUGAUUAUUUUUGUGACACAGCCCAAGCAAGCACUUAUAAGUGCCAUUGAUUUCAGCAGGGAAGAUAUAAGCACAUACUUAAUUUUACUAGUCAAGUGGGAGCUAGAAAAUCAAUAGCUUUAGAAAUGCUGAACUUUGGGUGGAUUGUGCCCCAUAUUUUCUGAAGAGGUAUUUUUAGAAAUGUGGAUUAUACUGAUUUUAGGAAAUGUAAAGGUAAAAACAUUAGGGGGCAUGCAGUUCUGCAUUUUGUUCUAAACCAUCUGGUACAAAAUCAGCAGAAUUUAUAGAGAGGUUAGAUUAUUCUUUGAUUUUCCAGGCAUCUUUGGAAAUAACGUUUCAAAGCAUUUUGAAAUUCAGAUAAGUCCUAUCCUAAUGCUUUUCUGUUUGGGAAGUUCCAGUUUUGCUGAUUGUCUGUUCUUGCAAGACAGGAGCAUCUGGUCAAUCCUUUGCCCCUUCUGUGGACUUUUGGUUGAUGUUAAUAGUUCUAAGGUGGCAGGAAAUAAGCCAUUACACCACUGCACACAUUGGCCAACCAAGCUUACUGUGAAACUAGUCAUGCUUCAGAGAACAAUACCAUUUAUCUGCACACUUCUUUGCUUUCCACUUGAAACUCCACCAAAGUGGUAAACCAGGGAUGCCCAAAAGGGGCUUAUUUGGAAUUUUGAGAGAUUGCCCUGUACACUGUCACAAAAUGACUAUGAUGGAUGUGUAGCCAGCCACAAAAAUACCCAUUUAACAGAAGGCAAACUCUCAGGGAACGCAAACGCACAUUGAGAGAAGCACAGUACCAACCCCACAUAGAAAAAACAAGGAAGUCUACUUCUUUCCUCCUCCCCCUUAGGUGGCUUCAUCCCUCCUCCCCACUGCAUUGGGUCUAGUUGUUGUUCCUUCCUUACCCUUUUCUGUUUGCCUUUUAAAGCAUUUUUUACUGGGGGCUUUCUAUUAUGGUCUCACUGCUUUCUGAUUGUGUGCUCAGGUGCUGUUGUAAAGUGCUUAGAGAUCUAUGAUUGUAGGUGAUGCAUACAUUUUUAAAUAAAUAAUAGUUCCUGAUGAAAUGAAAACAAAAUCUAAACCCAGUUUAGACUGCAGGCCUAAAUAUACUAGGAGUAAGGAACACUGGAAAAAGGUGGAGUAACUUUACAGUAACCGUGAACAUAUCCUGUUUACACAGUAAUCUGCCUUCCACAUUUAUUAUAUUUCCUGUUAAAAGAUAAUUUAAAUAGCAUUUAUAUAUUUAUGCUACUUGAUAAAGUAGAUAUACAUGUUAUUUGUUUAGCACUUGUGUAUAGCAGCAAUACAGCCUGAACGCAACAAAUGUUGGCUUCAGCUUCCUCACUUCCACAGGGUAGUAAAAUGUGACAUCUUCUAGUCAGGCUCAUGGUACUUUUGAAUAUUUGCUCAUGCACAAGUUUUCAAAGUGGGCAUGCAGUAGUAGCUGUUUUGCUCAACACUCAAAACAUACUUGUAAAUUGCCGCUAGCCUGGUCACCAAAUUACCUCCACAUGACCAAGCUGGAAAGCUUUUAUAAAUUGUAAGAGAAUUACUUAGUUAUCUGGACCACAGAGGAACUACAGUGACUAACACAUAUGCACUGUAUAUGUCCCCAGGUAGACUGCUGAACAUAUUUGUAGGCUAGUGGUAGUUUAUUUAUAGGACUAAUUUGCAUACAUAUGCAAUUAUCUCUUGUGUGAUGCUUUAUGAGUUACAACUCAAACAGAAUGAUUUGUAGACAUUUUCAAUAAUCAAAGCACUGAGUCAUUUCAGGUUUCGUGAAUGGGCCUGUUCAGUCUCUCUGGAAUCAUACAGUCUGACUAACCAACAUGAAUCCAAAAGUUUGUCUAUAUCAGAAAGUACACUCAUUGCUUCCCAUUAAUCCUGCCCUGAUUCCUAUGUAUGGUGGGUUUAAGUGCAUUCAUUUUCCAAGUGUUUUGAUAAUGCUGAAUAUAAAGCAUGUAAGUUAAACCCAUUUAGUGCAACCCUGUGCAUGCCUACUGAGGCGGAAGCCCCACUGAGUUCAGUGGAGUUUUCACCCAAGUAAAUAGGGACGCGGGUGGCACUGUGGGUUAAACAACAGAGCCUAGGACUUGCUGAUCAGAAGGUCGGCAGUUCGAAUCCCCACGAUGGGGUGAGCUCCUGUUGCUCGGUCCCUGCUCCUGCCAACCUAGCAGUUCAAAAACACGUCAAAGUGCAAGUAGAUAAAUAGGUACCGCUCCGUCGGGCAGGUAAAUGGCGUUUCCGUGCGCUGCUCUGGUUCACCAGAAGCAGCUUAGUCAUGCUGGCCACAUGACCCGGAAGCUGUACGUCGGCUCCCUCGGUCAAUAAAGCGAGAUGAGUGCCGCAACCCCAGAGUUGGCCACAACUGGACCUAAUGGUCAGGGGUCCCUUUACCUUUACCUUUAAAUAGGUAUUGCAUUGCUGCCUUAAUUUUAUAACUGUUUCCUAAAUUGUUACAGUACAAAACACGAGGUAAGCAUAGGCAAGUUCUUGCUAGCACUAGUGGGUUAAAUUCCCCUGGGAAAUGUAUCAUUGUAGCCAUGUUUUCCAAUAAUGAAUUUGGCUCAGAUAUAUUAUUUUUUUAAGAGACAAAAAAGCAUACAAAAGAAUAGAAGGCUGAAUGAAAAGACCCUGCAGUGCUUUUUCUUUCUUUCUUCUUACUUUAUCUGCAAGCCCAUUCAUGUGUUAAAUGCUCAUCUAUCCCUGCCUGUCAGAGAUACUUCUAUGUGGGCUGACAAUCUGUACAACACAGUACAAUCCAUAUUGCUUCAUUCAAAAUAUUACAGACGCAUACAAACAAACCCUGUAAUAUUACUGUCAGCAGAAUUAUUCUUGCUCUUGGAAAGCAGAGGCAGCAGAUUUUUGCUGUGCUAUUAAAAUGCCUACCAAUAUCACUUCGACAAAUAUUUGCUCUUGCUUGGAGUCUGGGUUCUUCAAAAUUGUUCAGACUCUGAUGGCUGAGCUCAGUUGCAUUCACAUUUAAAUUGCUUUUCAUGAUGGCAGGACAUGGAAAUUGUUAUGUAGAUCAUUAGUUCUUGCACCCAUUUUCAGUGGGGGGUUGUAACACAAGAUGAAAACAGUAUAUUAUAUUGGAUGCCAUUCACUGUCUAAUUACGUUAAGACACUUAGCCACCAUCAAAUAGUUCACUAAUGUAUCAAAAGCAUUUCCACAACAAGUUUACUGCAGAUGCUUGGCACAAAUAGAAUCCAAGACAGCGUGAUUAUCAGAAAAGUCUGGAAAGGGAACAUUUUUAAUACAUAUUGUAAAUAACUGCUGAUACAUACGAAUUCAUACUAGGAGGUAGCAAGCUACAGUAGGCCUGCUAUACGGAAUCAUAGAGGUUUACUGAGGUAGCAUUAACCCUGAUUAGUUGUGUAGUUCUGAGGGAUUUUUUUCUUCUGUGUGCUUGGUUGAAUGUCUCCUUGCAAUGUAUAAAGCCUGAAGUAAAAAUGACAACACCUCCCUGUUCUUUCUCUUCAAAUUAUAUGCUAUUUUGUUUGGGUUCCUCAGUAAAGUGUUAUCAGGAUUCCCCCCCCCCAACACACUUUCAGAAUCUGUAUUACUUAUAUGACUUUGCUAACAAUCCUCCUCUGUAUGUGCAAAGUCCUAAAUUAUACUUAUCCAGGUUACUUGAAAACCCAUCUUUCCCUCAUUUGCCUAAUAAGAGCCACAAGACCAUUAUAUUUAACCUUGUUGGUUUCGCCAUGAUGGAUGUUUAUCAGCUGGUGGCAACAUGGAGAUUUUUUUCUUUCUCGCUGGUGGCACUAGUUUUACAUAAUGCUUGUCCUGAUGAAAUAUGAGAUGCCCUACUGGGGUUGGCAUUCAGGCAGCCCUUGAAGACCCACCUGUUUAAACACAAUUUCCCUGAUCUUCUGACUUGAACCUCCUGGUGUAACUCCUGGUGUAGCUGCUUUUACUCUUUUAAUUGCUGUGCUCCUUUUAACAGAUGUGUUACACUGUACAUAUUAAUUCUGAAUGUUUUGACAAAAUUAUUGUAUUUUUUUUAAAAAAAUGUGUAUUUUGUAACUAAAUUCAUUUUUAAACCACUUUGAAGCCACCUUCAGACAAUUAGGCUAUACAGUGGUACCUUGGGUUAAGAACUUAAUUCGUUCUGGAGGUCUGUUCUUAACCUGAAACUGUUCUUAACCUGAAGCACCACUUUAGCUAAUGGGGCCUCCCGCUGCCACCACACUGGCGCUGAACGAUUUCUGUUCUUAUCCUGAAGCAAAGUUCUUAACCCGAGGUAAUAUUUCUGGGUUAGUGGUGUCUGUAACCUGAAGCGUAUGUAACCUGAGGUACCAAUGUAUAUACAUUAAUAAUUAAUAAAAUAGUAAUCGAUUUAAAAUGAUGAGAGUUUUGAAUCUACUUCCCUUUUAGCAUUUGUGUGAUUAGAAAGUGUCAUCUUCAAGUUGUUAAGUUUCACCUUUUGUAUUCAAGCAGUCUUUUUAGUGGCUAGAUAGGCACAGGGAAUAUUUGUACUUGCAUAUUUAUGUGGAUGUCUGCAUGUGCUUUGGCGUUUUAUGUCUUCAGAUUAAAAACUGGCCCCACGCUAGAAAUUGAGGAUGUUUAGAAAUGAUUGUUGCAGUAAAUGCAAUCCAAAAGAACUGAGGCAUGUUAAAGUUCAAAUGAAAUCAAUGCAACAUAAAUGCUGCGAUCGUAAUUUAGUUUAGUUGUUUACAACCACUGAUCAUUACAACAGUUUUUUAACCAUUAACAGCCUUAUGCUUCACAGGGACAAAGUAAAUGUGCCUAAGACGGCAACCUUUGUCUCAUUGAUUUCAGCACCUAAUUGGAUUGCAGUACUUGAUGGUGGUGAUGAUAGCAAUGCUAUGUAAUUUGAACAGGGGCAGGAACCAGAAAAAUUGAUCACACUGUCACAUUCACUGUUUAUAAAACGCUAGUGAAGAAAACAGUGUUAACAUAUCUUACUCUUCUCACACAUCAGUCCUUUAGAUAGCACCGGGAAGCCAGAGUUGUUGUGUAACAGGACUUACAGACAUUAUUUGCCAGAUGGUAUCUGCUAGCUGAGGCUCAAGAGACAAUGUUACCAAAUAUGUUUCAGAAUAAGAGUUUUUAAAGUAUGAUGAUAUUUCUGUUCCGUUUUCUGUAGAAAUUUUAUACUGGAAUCGUGGAAAUUAAAAAGGUACAUGACUAUUUGCCUGCAAAUGUUUUAUUAUUUCACUAUCUUGUGCAAGAGGUUAAUAGAGGGAUCAGGCAACUUGGUUAUUAAUGGUUACAGAGUAGCAACAAUGCCUUGCUAGCAUGGAUUUAAAUAGUAUCUAAUAAUUAUAGCCUAUAUUGUGGGAAAAGAUUAUGCUGUACCAUGAAUUGUUCCUAUUGUAUGUUCAACUGAAACUGUACAGGCUAUUAUAAGAUUUUGAUAACUUUAAUUCAUUUUAACAAGACUCGUGCAGUGACUGUUCAUAAUGACAUUGUGCAUAUUAUGCUAUGUUUGGAUAAACAAUUAGUAUAUGUCAAGUCUCAUUUCUAGUUACCCCAAUAAGGAGCUGGUGGUUCUGUUCACUCAUGCAUCAUGCUAGAGGCUACUUCAUUUACUUCAGUUUUCAGAAAUGCUCCACUCAGAUAGUAGUAGUAAUAAAAAUGGACCGUGUCCAAUCCUGGUAGUAUUCAAAGUAGACCCACUGAAAUUAAUGCACAUGACUAAUUUAGUUCCAUUCAUUUCACUGAAUUUACUCUGAGAAUGACUUUGUUGGCUACAGUCCAGGAAUAAUAACAAUAAUAAUGGCAUAAUUAAUUCAAAGUUAAGCAUUGAUUUUAAGUUCCCUUUAUUUCAUUGGAGAAUUAAGUAUAUGCUUAACUCCUAUCUACUGAAUUCUAUGGGGAUUAAAAGUGCAUUAGAAUUUAUAUUCUGUUUUUCAUGGGUGUUAAAAUCACAUCUGAGUGGUCUGUGUGACUGCCUUUAAUGGAUGCCAGUGUUAUUAGCCUCAGCUCCCCAUAAGUAAUAUGGAAAUGAGAGCUAGUGACUUGCCUUAAGGCUGAAGGCACUCAAAUUUCAUCUAUGACUUUCUGGCUCAAAGCACAUUCCCUACUUAAACGUGGCACAUUUCUGGGAUACUAAAAGUGUUCCCACUGAGCUCUGUGUUCACAUAUUCCACCAUACACAACAAUACUCUCACAGAGUUUUAAAGUGUAGUAACAGCAACAAUCAUAGCCAAGUCCUAUGUAUGUGUACUCAUACUAAGACAUACCAACUGACUUUAGUAAGCAUGCAUAGGAUUGCUGCAGGCUGAAUUUGCUAUCUGAUCAGAGGUUGGCACAGGGAUGACACUGUGACAGUUCAUGACACACUUUCGAAUGAAAUAUUCUGUUUCAAUGGGAGCCAUUAUUACUGCAGCUUUAAAUGAGUCCUUUUGAUUAGGUUAGGAGAAAUCCUCUCAUUUGGCAGCCAAAACUUUUAUUCAGUUGAGUGAAAUUUAAUUAUUGCCUGCCUGCUGGAUAAGCUGCUGACCUACACAUCAAAAUCCUGGAUGCUUGCACUGACCAAUGUGCUUAACCUGAUGCUGAAAAUGAAAAACUGUCCUCCCUUAAGUUCUGUGUAAUUUUUUUUUGGAAUCAGAACCUAUCCAAUCUACUUCUGUGUCGCUUUAACUAGAGCACCAGUUCCUUUACUGUGAUCACAUGUUGAAUCUUUCCACUUCAUUGAAGCUAAAAACACAUGUACUGCUGGUGUAAGUCUUGAAUAAAGGGAUGUAGCAUAGCAAAACCAGAGGGGGUGGGAACUUAUGCUGGAUCCUAAGCCCAUUCAACUUGGCCAUGUGACCUGGCAACCCAGAAGAAAUUAAGCUGGCAAAACGAGUGGUGUAACUCAAACACUAUUUUUUAAAGGCUUGUUCUGCCUUUGCCAGGCUUAGGUUGACUCAGCCAGUAGUAGCCAAGCUGCUGAAAAGUUUUUGGAUCUGGUGUUUCUGGUUUCUGUCAUGGUUUCCAAUUGCAACAGAAGUCAUGCAGACCUCAUGACCUGAAAAACGCUGGCCCCUUUGGACCGAAAGUGGAGAUGAGCGCUGCACCCCAUACUCUAAUUCAGGCAUAGGCAAACUCGGCCCUCUAGAUGUUUUGGGACUACAACUCCCAUCAUCCCUGACCACUGAAUUAGACUAUGGGCUGAGAGAGGGCCAAGUUUGCCUAUGCCUGGUCUAAUUGGACUGGACUUAACCGUCCAGGGGUCCUUUAACUUUACCUUUUCUCAUUCUCUUAUACGGAAAAAUGAGGGCAUAAUGACAAGCUAUUUUGUAUGGUCUGCGGUGUGCAAUAUAAAUUAUAGCAUGAAAACAGCACAAUAUGCCAGGUGUUUCUGGGCUACUAAUAUGGAAUUAUUCAACAUCACAUCGUGGGGGGGGGGGAAACACUGCUGUUUUGUAAUUGAAAUUGGCCCCUGCAGAACUUAUUGAAAAGUGAACUAUGAUCAAAUGUUUAGAUAUAGCACAAGCAGUGGCCCUAAUUUCACAUUAUGUGGUCAUAAUUACUCUUUUUCCAGUCUUGUAGCAGUAUUAAUUUGGACUUGCACCAAAUUGCAAGCAUCUGUAAAGCUAACAAAAUAUAUUUUGGUGCUUGUAAGUAAUCAAAGACGGUGACUGUGAAUUUGAUGUUUAGUUAUUCUUUAAACAAUGUGAAGCUAAAUUUCUAAGACUGGUGAAGUGCCACACUUUAGGCAACAAAAUAAAUUAUAAUUAAGUGUGGAUCUUAUAUACAUUAGUGUGCUAGGGAUGGUGUCAAGCUUUUCUGCACUGAGUUUUCCUAAUUCACACCUUAGUCCUUGAUUUUUUUCUGAUUCCACUAAAAAUAGGAGUAAUCAUUGUAUAUUUUCUGCAGUAUUCUAUUUAUUUGUUUGUUUAUUAAAAAUAUUUUUAUGCUGCUUUUCUGGGCAAAUGUCUGCACAUAUUGGCUUAUUGUCAGGCUUCCACCCCAAAACACAACUACAGCGACUUUCACUUGAAAGUAAGGAAAAGAUCUUUAUUCAGGCUGAUAGCAGUGUAGGCUCAGCAGCAAGCACAAGGUUCAGAAGUCAAGGAUCCAAGGUAUAUGGGCGAGACAACUGAACAGAAGCUACAAAGAUAUCCCAACUGUUGAUAUGUCCCUCCUACUUUUAAAUACAAGGUGGGGUGAGCUCACUUGUAGGACUUCCUUGCCCUCGGGAUCUGCCGUGUGCACACAUAUGCACACCGCCCAGGCAAAUUUGUCUUAUCCCAUUAGAAACACUAUUGCAUUCUUCCCUGUUGCCUCCAGCUCCAUUGCCACCUCCUCCCGUUUAGACCCUUCCUUUGACUAGUUGAAGUCCCCAAGCCUCCCUGAAGAUGUUCUGAAAUCCACAGAAGGGGCAAGAGAUAGAGCCCCUUCGACAUCCUCUCUGCUUCAUCCCUGGAUGCUCAUCUUCCACCCCAAUUCUACUCCUUCUUCUUGCUCCUCCUCCUCUUGCAUCUGGGAUGGACAAGUCAUGUCAGAUCUUGAUGGAGCCCAUUACAAGGGGCCCAUGACACAUAUGAUCAGGCCCAUGCAAGAGUGGGGAGUAGCUGGUACACUUGCCUCAGACUUUGGAGGAUUAAACUGGCUAGGGGCUGCUUCCAGGGACCAGCUGCAUUUUUGUUUGAGUUUGUAACUUUAUUCUAACAACACUCCUGUCCCAGGCUCAGACGAGCUCUGCAAAGGCCUGCGUAUGAUCAAAACAUACACAUUAUUACAUGAAGUGCUUUUUUUGGUUUAAAAAAAUAAGGUGCCAGUGUCCAUAUAUUGAUAUGUGCUGUGGAUGCCAGCACAAAACAGCUGCCAUGGGGUGCUGGUACUGCAUACUGCCUUGGUUUUAUGCAUAUUAUUUGCAUAUUGUGCACAUAUACAGUAGAGGUUUCCUAAAAUAACCAGCACAUAAAAAGAUGUGUUUUCUGUAUAAAAGGACUUAAUGUAUACUUUUACGAGCUCCUCAGACAUGAGCAGGUGCUCAAUGAAAGAGGCAGUCCAAUGCACAAUUGGGUUGGAACCACCAAACACAAUGUAUAAAUACAUUUAAAAUGUGUUUCUCAUCCAUCCUUACCCUUUUCAUUUCAGCUGGUGGACAUUAUAAGAACUUUGUAACUAAGAAUCAGUGCCUGAGUUUCUCUCCUCCUCCGCCCAUCCCCUUUCUUUUUGCUGCAUGUCUUUUGCAUUGUAAGCCUAAGGGCAAGGACAGUCUUAUUAUUAAUCUUUGUAAGCCACUUUGAGACCCUUUGGGGCUGAAGAGCAGUGUGAAAAUGCUUUUAAUAAAUGUGCACGUUGUUGUUCAAAUUUUACAAGGUUGCUUAAAGAAACUCCGAUAUAACGCUAGUGCACAUGCAGCCGUUGGAUUUACUGGUUCAUUGUGAAGUUGCCCUAACUCUCUGCAAGAAUAGAAGCAAAGCACAGAACUAUUUGACAACAAUUGGGAGAAAUGAAGAACACACAAGAAAAUGUAGGAAGCCUCUUGGUAGUACUUUCCUGGGGAAUUUGCCUACAGAUGAAGCUGAAUACAUUAGGUAAAAGCACAGCAUGCUCCUUUCAACGUAAAUUUUGCUUUCAAAUGGAAAACACUGAAGUUACUCAGCUGAUAUGAUAAAAUCUUCUGGGAGAUAGACCGGAGAAAAUUUGAAUCUCUACAGAGAAUAUUGCUCUGUUCCUUCACAGCUUCUUCUGAUAUACAUUAAGAUAAUAAUAUUUCUACAGGAUUUUGAUGUGGUUAGAGUAUGAACAGAUGGGUUUAUCUUUAGCCAAAAGAAUAUAGCUCUAAUUCACUUUUCAGGUAUAGGCACACAACUACCGUAUUUGGGCAAAAGACAAUAAGAAUACGGCAUUUUCUUCAUUUUUGCCUGGUGAAACCUGGUCUCCAAAGGAAAAAAAGCAAUAAUUUCACUGACCAGGCGACUGUGUGUGUGUGUGUGUGUGUUGUAUUGCUCUCUGUGUUUGCAUGUAAUGUGUUGCUUCAUCUGUUUGUGUGUGACUUGUCACUGUGCAUGUUCCUGUGUGAUAUAUUGGGACUCACAGUUGCAUGUGCCAGAUUGCUACACAUCUGCCAAAAAACGCACAUUAAACAUCAAUAAAAGCAGCCCAUAAAAAUGAAUUACUUCACAUUUACAUCUUACCUGAUGUGUCAGAUUGUGCCUCCAGAUCUCAUCCCAGCCACAUGUUUGUUUGCAUGUGAUUUUUUUCUGUAUGUUUUUGUGCAUGGCAUGCUGCACUCAGUUGCAUGUGAAAUGGUGAUAUAGUAUUGCAUGUUAUUCUACAUGUGUGUAGCUUGUUGUAAGUUACAGUACUUGUCUUAACUUCUGUACCAUAUAAACAGCAAACACAUCUUUUAGACUCUCACAUACAUGCUUUUUGGUGCAUGUAUGUGAUCUGAGCACUGAUUGACCUUUUAAUUCCAUGUUAAUUUUUCACUGAUUGCAAUAUAUAUUGCAGUGACAACUUAUCUAAUGUCUGUUAAACUGUCAAACUGCAUGAAGAUAUUUAUCAGGUACAGUCAUGCCUUGGGUUGAAGUAGCUUUGGGAUGAAUAUUUUCGCGUUGCGCUCCGGUGCGACCAGGAAGUAACGGAGCAUGUUACUUCUGGGUUUCGCCGCUUGCACAUGCAAAGAUGCUCAAAAUGACGUCACGCGCAUGAGCGGAAGCGACGAAACGCAACACGCACAUGCGCAGACACACAGUCACGUCUUAAGUUUACUUCAGGAUGCGAACGGGGCUCCGGAAUGGAUCCUGUUUGUAUCCAGAGGUACCAAUGUAUUAGGGAGCAAUCCUAUGGCAAGAUGCACUGGGUUCGGCAGAUCUCUGGCUGAGUUGGCAGGUUCCCAGCACAGCCAUGCUAUGCCAGAUUAACUCCAUCAAAAAUCUAUUAUAAAAACUUGAAACUAGGAAAAAUAAAAGUUAAGUGAAAAUUAGCUCCAGGACUAAGAUGCUGUCUUUUUUAAAAAAAAAAUCACCCUUGACAUUCCCGAUUUUGCGCAUUUUGAUUUGUCCCUUUCUCUUUCCCCACUUUCUCUUUCUACAAAAUCAGUUCUGUGCUGGAAACUAAUAAUUCAUGGGACAAAAACCUGCAAAAAGUUCUGCGCUGAAGACAGACAUUCAGGCCUCCUUCAGCCACGAGCCAGAGCUUCUUGAGCAAAGUUUUUCUUCCCUUCUACUCUAUAGCUUCUGGGGUGAUCAGCUCCACCAUGCAUGCAGGUUUGCCCCAAAACAGAGCUCACUAACAAUUUACAAGCAUCCACAAACUUAUUUUCCACCAUUCAUUCACUUACAAGCUUGUUCUUGCUGAGGCGUCAAAGCUUCCUAGGAAUAGUCUGCCAACCAGCAACCUGAAGGAGAAAGCUAGCUGUUGUCUGUUGUAAGGGGGACAGAAAUAUUUGCCUUGGACUGAAUGAACCAGCUGGAAAGAUGUGUGCCUGGCAGCAUCCUAGAGUCUUCCAGCCUCCUUCCUAAAGCCUAGUUAGUGCUUUCCCAACUUUGGGAAGAAGGUGGGAAGGCUCUAGGACUCUGCCAGAGCCUCACACCUCCUUCCCAAAGCCCAGGACCUCACUUAUACAGCUUUAGGAAGGUUAGGGGGCAUCACAUUUUGGCUUCAUGUGCCCCUUGCGUAACAUAGCAGUGUGUGGACUGCAGGUUCCAUGUUGAAGUACUCUUGCGGCCCACUUAGCAUGAAAAGUUGGACCUGAUUUAGUCCAUCAUCCUGUUCUCAAAGUGGACAACCCGUGACAAGCCUGCAAGCUGGAACUGAAGAGGAUUUGAGUGCAACAGCACUCUCCGCAUUCAGAGGUAUACUGCUGUGCACUGCAGAUAGUUUCAUAUGUGAAGGCUUUUUAUAUAGGCCAGCCAAGAAAGAUUUCUGUGUUUGUCAUGGUUAGCUGGUAGGUUACAUAUGCUUCAGGUUACAGAUGCUUCAGGUUACAGACUCCGCUAACCCAGAAAUAGUACCUCGGGUUAAGAGCUUUGCUUCAGGAUGAGAACAGAAAUCGUGUUCUGGCGGCGCAGCGGCAGUGGGAGGCCCCAUUAGCUAAAGUGGUGCUUCAGGUUAAGAAUGGACCUCCGAAACGAAUUAAGUACUUAACCCGAGGUACCACUGUGUAUUUAUUACAAUAUAUAAUAAAAUAUAAUAAGGUUAUGAAGUCACAUCAUGCUUAUUUAUUCCCCCUCUUUGCAAUUAACUAUACUCAAAGUGGGUUCACAUUAGUAUUACAUUACAGUUAAUAAAUUCCAUUAAAAAACUGACAAAAUCACUGUUCAAAUAACCUAAAUAAUCAAUUACAACAAUGCUCAAUUUCUAAGGACGGAAGACUUUUCAUUCAUUUAGAAGAGCAAAUGCUUCCUUUAUGACUGAAAUUAAAAACAAUGAUGUAUAGACAUAUGAAAAACCACCAUUAUACAGCAUAUGCUACUUCUCGAUAAUGAUUCCUCAUGAAUCUUUGUGUUAGUGUUUGAUGUGCUUGCAAACAUCUAGACAGAAAUAUGUGUGUGUGUGUUUUAGUAUUUUCAAUUACAUGGGCAUUUCUUCCUGGUGGAUCUUGUCAUGUCUUCCUGUCCUGUAACAUCAUCUUAGUGCUAUCUGUGACAAGCAUGCAGGCUGUUGGUUGAUUAGAUAACUAGCUGUCUCCAGAUUUUCUUCUGCUUCAAGAAAAAAAGUAUAUUUCUUGCUCAAGUAAGACUUCUGAUAGCCAGGCUAGACUGUUCUGACAGUUUGUGUGAUUAUGAUUUAUCAUUUUAAGGCCUGCAAUACAACCAACUGAGCACCUUCCUUCUCUCCUGUUGUUUGGCUUUGGACAUUUCAUCAUUGCUGAAGUGUUUCCAUCCCUUGAGAGACAGAGAAGAAUUUCUAAGAAGAUGUGCUGUGGAACUGUGAAAAAUGUGUUCUUUGACCCUCUAAAGUAAAUGCAUAUUGUACAUCUGUUACUGUAAUUCCCCUUAUUCUGUGCAUGGUAGAAAAUAAACAGAACAUAAGUGAUUUGAAGCCAAGCUUAAGUAGUUCUGAUCCUGCAAAGCCUGUCCCCUGCUCUAGCAUAUUUUUCACAGGAGAGUGGUAAGAAGGAUGUGGUUUUUAUGUGAACUGCAUUAGAUUGGCUAAUGUGAUGGACAGCAAACUCCAGAAGUGGGAAGGGAAAAAAUGUUUAUAAACAAUGGUAUCUUCCAUCAGGGUGGCACAUCAAGAGGGUAGCAUCCAAUCAGCUGAGACAACAAAAUAAUAAUUUGGUAAGUAAUGCAAAACAGAAUUUAUCUGAACACAUAGAAAAACCAUAACUUUUUUCAGUUAAUGGAAACAAGCCCUGUUAAAUUAAGCAAAUUUAAAUCAACCUAUAUAAAAUAUAGAUUUUGUAAGGCAGAAGUACAAAUAAGUUUCAAAUAAAUUCAAUUAAGAAGAUACACAGGAUCCUGAACACCAUGUUUCUCUUGCAACAUGCAUUUUAGGGGCAGUGUUUUCAUGGUGUUCUUAACCUAAGGCUACCAGAUGUCCCCGUUUCCCAAGGACAGUCCCCAGAUUGACAAAUCAGUCCCCAUACAAAAUCCUAUCAUUCCUGCUGAAGUUGAAAAGUGUCCCCGGAUUCAUUGAAAAAAAUCUGGUAACCUUAUCUUAACCCCCCCCCCACUGACUCUCCUCUGCAAUGCUGUUGUUACUCAUCUCCCCCAAGGUGAGAUCCAAUGAACUAGUCCAGCCAUGUGUCAAGGGAAACAUCUUGUGAAUUAUCGUAGCAAAUCACUGUUUGGGAGGAUGGAUUUGUCAAGGCAAUAUGUAGAUCUGCCCGUAAAUACCUUGCUCAAAGAUGUUAAGGAGUGCAAAUCUAUGCAUGCUUACUCAGAAGUAAGUUCUAUUGAGUUUAAUAAAGCUUAUUUAUUAUAGUAUUUAUUAAUAUAUAGGUAAAGCUUCCAUGAACUAAAAAAAAAGUCCCCAGGAACUUAUAUUAACAAUAGAUAAAUAUCAAUAAAGCAAUUAAUCUUUAAGUAGAGUUUGGUCACAAGCUCAUGAGUGUUAACUGUGCACCCUGAAACUCAUAGAUGUUCUGGUUUCUAAAGCAGAAGUACAGCCUGAUCCUAUUUAUAUAAACCUGAAAGUAAGCAACACUGAGAAUUUACAGAAAGUGUAUGUUGGAUUGAAUUCUUAGGCCUGUUAAUAGUAUUUUGAUUGAUAUGAAUUAUAAUCACAUUAAUAACAAAAAAAGAAACCUUUCAGGGACCUGAAAGGCAAUCUUAAAAGGAACCUGUCUCAUAGUUUUGUGAUAAUUAAAACAUUUUGUUGUGAUUUUUGUCUUAUUUGUUGAAACAGGAAUAGCAAUGCGUUAAUUCAGAUUGAUUUAUUCUUGAAAUUAUUUGCUCUUCUGACCCAAUAGCGCUCUUUUGGAACAGCUGAUUUUGAGAUAGCAGCUUCCAAGUCUGGUGCAGCCUGUUCAGUUGAAGGGCAUGGAUUUAAACUGAAUUUGAAAAGCCUAAUAUUGGCUAAUAUACUAGUACAUACUUCAGCUUAACUGUGGUGGAAUGAGAGUGUUAGAAGUCUAGUUUUUGUUUGUAUUUCAGCUGAAUUGACUCAAAAAUAGAUGUCUUUUGCACACAUGAGAAUGUGUGGUUUGGGUGUGCUUGGGUUCCAACCAUGAGUUGGCAUCUGACUAAGGAGGCAAUCCUACAGCAAGACCCACUGGGAUGGGCUGCUUAGGAUGCAGUGGAUCUCUACCUCAGCUGACUGAUUAAUGGCUCAGCUGGCGUUGUGUCCCCAUCCCCAUCUUAGCUAGUACACCAGUGUAAUUUGCUCAUCCUGGUUCAAAGCUGGGUGAGCAAGGCUGGUGUAGAUCUCCAAAAUGGAGUGUAGUGGGACAGAAAGGAAGGACUUCGGCUGGAUCCCAGCCAGUUCAGGUCAGUCAUGUAGUCUGGCGACCUGGCAUAGACCACUAUUUUAAAGGUUUGUGCCCACCCAGUAGCCAGGAUUAGGCAGAGCAGCAGUAGGAGUCUUACUACUGAACAGGGUUUGGAUCUGGUCUACUCUGAACUGAUACUGGUUUACUUUACAUCACAUUCUUGUGCAUAGGAUUGCUCCUUAAUCUACUAUUUUUCUGCCUCCUUAGCAUGCAGAAUUGGUGGUUUUGUUGGAAUAAAUGCCCAGUUCACCCUCUUUUUGCACCCACUUGCAUGCUCAUCUGUAUGUCAUACUUUGGAGUGGACACGAUUUGCUGCUCAUCAAUCCCUUCCACCCUUCCUUCAUUCUCAGGUUAACGUUCACUACCUCAAUCCUCAACACUGAAGUAAAGGAGAAAAGGAACAGAAUAGUCUGUCCUUGCCAGUUUAAAGAACUUCAUGUUCCUGCAGGAAAAUAAUUAUUAUAAUUAAUUCUCUAGUAACUUUUUUGAUGGGGUUUUAUCAAUAUCCAGCCUGGUCCACGAACCAAUUAAACUGGAUACUUGAAUUAGUUGAAUUCGUUCCACUGUAGCCUGUAGAAUCAGCUUAAAUCCAAAUAGGCCAGUUUAAUUGAUUUGUGGAAGGAGCUAACAGUGUAAUUGGAAAUUGGGAAAUUUGCUUUUAGUGAAAUCAGUAGGAACUUAAAACUUUGACAUACUACAACAACCACUGCUCUUCCUCACCCCUUCUUUCCCAGUAGAAUUGGGAUUGAUUUGCUUUGUUGCAGUUCUUCGUUAGACAACACAACUAAUAGAUAAUGUAUCUGAGCUGUGGGGAAGGACUGUAGUUCAAUGGCAGAGCAUCUUCCUUGUAUGUAGGUUCAAUCUCCGGAAUCUCCAGGUAGGGCUGGAAAAAACUUGCCUAACUUCCAGGUUGGCGCCAUCGGCAAUGGCGGAAUUCCUCUGACCGGGAGGAAUCUGCCCCGUGGGAAAUUGGGUCUGGCCGCCACAGCGAAGGCGGAGACCCAUAAAAAAUCACAGGCGGGAGAAGCCUGUGAACGUGGGAUUCGGCGGGCACCUUCUGCACCUCCCCUACUCGCGGGGAAACCCGAUUUCGGGGCUCCGGAGCGAUGUGGGGUGAGUGGCGCAGUGCUUUGAAUCGUCUACUUCUUCCACGGAGCGAAGCCGCACAGCCGUUGCCGGAGAGCGCUGACUUUUUCCUGUGGACAAUUUGACUCUAAAGUAAUUACCCGUGUGUAGAGUUUAAGCGGAAGAAUUGGAUUUCUAAAUGUUUAAUUUGGGAUCGCAAUGGGGAGGUUCAAAACAGGAAGUCCGCGUUCCCCUUUUGUAAAUAGACUGAGGCAAUGAAGUUGCAUGCUGGAGUCCUGGAAAGUCUUUUGUAAAAGAUUAAAUUUCCAUUGGUAAAGAACAAAAAAAACCCUUUGGAGGCAGGAGAAGAGGGGGACGGAGUUGUGGACUGAGUAUGCCUGCAGGAGAGAGCGAAGAGAUCUAAAACACCGCCGCUCUGAUCGUGGAAACGGGCUGCUAGUAGGACUGACGUAUUUUGGAAUGUUCAUUGACAGCGCUUAGAACGUUCAUUGACAGCUAGUUAAACAAGAGAAAUAUAUUGUUUCUACUUUUUCCGGCUGCUUUAAAAAGGAGUAAAAGUAACUGAAAAUUGAAACUAACUUGAAACUAAUUUUGGAUUGUUUAAAAGAGGAUACUAUUGACUAUUACAAACAGAAACUGUUUCCCCCUAGUGGAAGCCUUUGAAACCGGUUGCUUUACAAGAGUUGGGUUAGGGAAAUUUCCAGCUGCAAGUUAAAAACCGUGAGACUCUGGGACUGACCUUGAAUCUUUUAAGUGUUAUGGUUAAUGGAAGAGGAAAAACAGACCAGUCAACUGCUGACAAAACAUUAAGGUCUGGGAGGACUUGGCAACAAUCCAGGAGAGGUCCAUCAUCAGGCCCCCCUGCUGUUUCUGUUUGCAGCCUUUGUACCAGUAUAUGUAAAACCAAGAGAAAUGUUGACAGAAGAGGCUCUAGUGGCUGCAUUAUUUAAGAUAAAUGACUCAUUGGAUCAGCUUCACAGGAAAAUGGACACGAUAAAUGUGAAAGUGGAUGUUUCAAUCAUUAAAAUUAACUUAAAUAUAGAAAGCAUAAAUAAUACUAAUAUAGAAACCACCCAGAAAUUGACACAGGAACCUAUUUCGAUACGGCAAACUGCGGAGGAGGCCAGGGAAAAAGCUGUUGUUGCUGAAUGUAAAGAAACACAACUGGAGAGAAAGAGCAAGAGAGCCCCAGCCCUACAGAAGCAACUUGAUGAAUAUAAGUUGACGCUUGCUAUGACUGAACUUAAAGAAAAACAGACGAAUUUGAGGAUUAGAGUUCACCUUUGGUGGACAUGCCCAAGGAUUAAGACACUUUGGGAGAUGAUUUAUAAUGAAAUGAAAAAGGUAUUUAAAUAUACCUUUUUGAAGAAACCAGAGGCCUUUCUCCUGAGCAUGGUCGGCCAAUUGGUGUUAAAGAAGGAUAGAACUCUUUUCAUGUAUGCAACAAUAGCAGCAAUAAUACUCAUUGUGAAGCACUGGAAGACACAAGAUUUAUCUAUCCGGGAAGAAUGGCAGAUGAAGUUGAUGGACUAUAUGGAAUUGGCGGAAACGACUGGCAGAAAUCCGAGACCAGGGAGAAGAGUCGGUGGAAGAAGACUGGCAAAAUUUUAAGACUAUUUAUAGAAAUAUUGUAAAAAUAAUGAAUGUUAGAAAAAUGUUGGAAUGAAGUUAUAUGGCUUUAGUAGAAAUGCUAUAAGGAAUUAAGUAUAAAUUGACUAAUAGAAUAUGAAAGGGAAAAAUAAGAUUAGAACAUGUUAAGAUAAUUAUAGGAUAGAAAACAGAGGAAGAUGGAAAGGAAUUGCUGAAACAAUUAAUAGAAGUGGAAUACAAAAAGGGAGGUGUGAGGAGGUCGUGGAAAUAAGGGAAUGAAAGUUAAGAUAUUGAAAUUGUUUUGUGUUUUAAAUGGUAUGCGUCUUGUUUUGUUAAUCUUAUGUCCUUUCCCCCCCCUCUUUUUUCUUUUUCUUUUUUGUUUUUUUUCUGUUUUAUUGUGCUUAAAUGCAUGGAAAAUCAAUAAAUAUUAUUUUUUUUAAAAAAACUUGCCUAAAACUCUGAAGAGCCACUGCCAGUCAGUAUAAAGAAUGAGGAGAUAGAUGGACCACUGGUCUGAUUGGUAUAAGGCAGCUGCUUCCUAUGUUUUUAGACAUGUGCUAGGGCAGGGGUGGCCAAGCCCUGAUCUGGCACCCCAAGCAUUCUGCCCCACUAAGAUGCCAUGUAUUUUGUUGGUGGCAGCAAAGAAACAAAACAAAACAAAACACACACACACACACACAUUAUAAAUAAAAAUGGGGCAUGGGAGUAGAGCCCAGUGCCCUGAUCCAUCUGUUGCAUCUCAAUUUCUUUCAGUUUCUUAUUUUUCAAAUUAAGUUCAGUUCUCAACAUUUCCACAUCAGUUUUGCAUUUUUUAUAAACAAAAACAAAACACUCUUAUUAAACACAUUUUUGCAAAGCAAUAUCCCUUAAUAUUAAACAUGUUAUUCCCCCCACUGAUACGGGAUGUGCAUUUUUAUGCUCCACUGCUGAACAGGGUUGGGGUUGGGGGUUUCUUUACAACAGCUUAACUUACACCAGCAUGCUUUCUUAGUUGAAAUAUGUUUCUCUCCUCCUACUGCUGUUUUCUUUGUUAGGUGAUAUACAGAUAGCAUUUUCCUUGAUGCGUGACACACAGAUCACAUUUUUCUACAAGGAAAAUACUGAGGAAGGAAAAAGGUUAAAAUUUCCCACCUCGAUUGCUCUAGUAGCCCUGACCUUAAUCUUUUCUGCCCACAAUUUCCAUUCUUUAAAACUAUGGGAGAGCCAAGCUCAGUUGUCCCUACGGCUCUGAACCAGCCGUUGAUGCUGCUAAGUACUGUUGAAUGUAGGUCAGAAACAGCUACUUCUAACUAAAAUGGCUGUACUUUAAAUGUGUAACCUACCGCUCCCAUUGCAUCAAAAGCUUCAUGCCUUGAUACUUUUAAAAAUUCCAUGUUAGCAUUACUAAGCAGCCAUUCACAAAUGUUUUCUCUUUUUUCUGUACAGUUUUUAUUUGAUACUUAUGUGUCCCCUCCCACAUUUUGAAGUGUAAAGUGUCAGGUCUGAUUCUCAACCCAGCGGAAUUAGUAUAGUGCAACCUUACCCUACAAAACUGCAACCCAAAAGUUGGUUCUGAUCCCUUAUUAGUAAACUUCAAAUUAUCUUCUUUCUUUCCUUAAGAACCGGAGGAGGGGAUCAUUAUUUCUUUAAUGAAAUAAUGAAACUAGCUGUUGCAAGAAAGACUAAGCUGUGGCCACUACAUGUCUCACAUAUCUUUCUGCCUUGUAAAGUAUAAUACAAAAACAACAAUAAUAAAAAUCAAGUCCCACUCUGUGAGUCAGUCUGUGAAUGCUGGAGUAAACUGUAAGGGAAAUUAGAAGGUUCCCUUACUGAAGGUUAAUAACAAGAUAAAGAAUUCAAUGAUGUUUAUUGAUUGUAAGUGCAAAGUAGAACUCACUAUAAAGAAGUCUCUACAAUAGAAUUAAACUCAGUACGCACAUAGAUACAGCAGUGUAAAAUCAUCAAACCCUCCCUUCAUUAUGUUAGUUUAUUCAGCCAUAAAGCAUCAUUUAAGUGACACUAACCAAUUAGCAAUUUACACCUUUUGACAUGUGCAGUUAGUCCCUUUUGUUGCUACCAUAUUUUAUACCACCAGCUAUGCAAGAGUGCUUAAUCUGCAUUUCUCUUUGAAGCGUCUACAGCAUGAUUUGUUGCAUUUUCCAAAUCUCCUGAUGACUCUGAAUGUUUCCUUAUCUGUAACAUUAGCCUGCUUACUCCCUUCCAAUAACAUCAAACAUGGCUUUGCCCUCUUUCCACCUAGCAGUUUCUCUUCAAGACAACUUAACUAAAUGAUUUAACUAUUUUGGUCCCUACAGCAGCAUGACGGGAGUACAUCGCAUCAAUAUUAGUAAAUGGCAGCACUAUGUGUCCUAUUGGACUGGUUCACAAGGCACAGGAAGCCAAACAAUGGCUUCUGAAGGCUUUGAAAAGGUGAAGGCUCCUGGAAAGGAGAUCACAGCUGUUAUUCUUUUUAAUGCUGAGUUAAGCCAAUGUCCUCUGAGCUGGGAUUUUGGUUACUGAGAGUAGGCUAAAGUUCAUGGUUAGUGAGAAGGGAGUUUAAGCAUGGGUCCUAGUUCGGAAAAUAAGCUAAGCCAAAAACCAUCAGAGAUCUAACAAACUACAGUUCCCAGAAUUCUUCUUUUUUGGCAGGGGUGGGGGGAGAGAGAAGGUGCUUUAAAUGUGUACACAGCGUAAUUGCUUAUGCUUACAGUGUAUGAAGGCUGGACUUCAUACUCAUUUAAAGUCCAUUUAUUUGGAUGCAUAUGCUAUGAGUAUAACUUAUAGAAUCAUAGAAUUGUAGAGUUACGAGGAGCUCAAGGGUCAUCUAAUCCAACUCCCUGCAAUGCAGGAAUCUCAACUAAAGCUCCAAAAAAGGAGAGUCCACCACUACCCAAGGGAGUCUGUUCCAUUGUUGAACAGCUCUCAUUAUAGAAUUAGAAGGGACUUAAGAGGUCAUCUAGUUAAAGUCCCUGCCAAUGCAGCAUCCCUGAUAGGUGGCCAUUCAACUUCUGAUUAAUAACUGCUAAUCUAACAAAUAAGAGUCUACCACCUUCCAUGACAGCCUUUCCUACUGAUGAAGAUCUCCUACCAUCAGCAAGUUCUUCCUAAUGUUUAGUCUACAUCCCUUUUCUUGUUAGUUGAACCUAUUGGUUUGGGUUUCACUCUUGGAAGCAAUGUAAGACAAAUUACUUCCAUCAUCUAUGUGACAGCUCUUCAAACGUGUUAAGAUAGCUGCCACAUCACCUCUAACCAUCUCUUCUCCAGAAUAAACAUGUGCAAGUACAUCAACCAUUUCCCACCGGGCUUUGUCUUCAAGCUCCUCACCAUCUUUUUCACUUUCCUCUGAAAACACUUCAGGUUUUUUUUAAUGGGUGAGAUGCACUCAUGAACUCAUAAUGUAUCUAUGACUGCUAGUCAGGACAGCUGUUUGCCUCUGAAUACCAGCUCUGAGGAAAAACAGUGGGGGAGAAUUAUUGAGUAGGUAUGAUUUUGCUGGGAUAAAAGUGUGAUAUGUAUGUGGUUGCCUUAGGUCAGUUGAACAUGACACUUCUGCAUGCAACUGAGCGGUAGCUUGAUUUCAAAGGGCUUUACUGUGAUCUUAGGUACUUGUGGUAGGUAUUUUUGGCUGUAAAUAAAAACCCUGUGCUGUUAGAAAAUGAUCAAAAGGGGAGCAGUGGUAGAAAUUUCUGUCACAGCAUUUUAAAGUACUAUUCAGCAAUUAUGACAAACCACAUGUGGUUGUUUCUGCUUGUGUGUUGCUGUUGUUUUGGUUUUUUUUAGGGAAAUGCAGCAGAUGGGGGACUGUGAAGCUUUUUAAUGGUAGCAUUGGGAGUGGGUAAUAAUCGGCUCAUAAAAUCCCCCCAGUUCCAGGACCUGGACAAUUUAAUUCAAUACAGUCACUCUAAAUUAAUGCAGGAACUAAGAAAAGAUUUAUAUAACUGGGGAAGUUUAAAUCUCUCUUGGGUAGGAAGAAGCUCCAUCAUAGAAAUGAGCAUUAUGUAUUGCAUUUUGUUCUUUUUAUUAAAUACCAUGUUGAAAAUGAAUGAUUGUUUAAUUUAAAAAAAUGGCAGAAUCUUCUGUUAAAUGUUAUGUAGGUAGGCAGUAAACCCAGACUUAUGUCAGAAAUGUUCUAUCAGCAAAAUAAAAUAAAAUCAGAUGGCUUGGCAUUGUGAAGGACAGCAACACCACACUCCAGUGACAACCCAGUGGGGUAGCUGAUUAGCAAUGUGUAACCUGUACUACUUCUCUGUCCUCCCCACUGCUCACUGCACCUAGGUCAAGGAGUGCAGAAGUCCCAUUGACCCACAGUGGUCUACUUGGGAGUAGUGGAGACUGCCCCCCAAAUUCUAAGUGUACUACCUGGUCACUUCAGUCCCUCAGCCCUCCUGAUCCUCCAGGCAAUUUAUACCAUCAGUGUAGACAAGUUAAGCAGUCUGUGAUCAGGGAGAACCAAACCACCCUUGAGUGUGCCCAGAAAUAUAACUAAGCAAUUUAUUUAAGGGGGAGUAUAAAAAGAGGAGGAGAAGCAGCAGCUAUGUACACCUAUGCAGAAGCAGAAGCAAAACAAAACACCAAACCAGAAUAUUGGUCUGAUUAUAUAUUAGGCAUAACAUAGCAAAACACAUUCUUAUGGUCACCUCUGAUGAUGGUAGGUGGAUGAGGGACAAAAGAACACAGGAAGCGUAUUGAUACUUAUGAUCCUGUGUGCCCAGGAGGCCUUGAGGGACAAGUUGCUAGGCUGAACCAAUCACAAGGCAGGCACGUAUUUCAGGAGACUGAGCUUUGGAAAACUGGGAGAUGGGACUGUCAUUGUUCACUAUUGUCAAAGUUGUCCAACUACUCUAUUCCAAAAGUUAAAAAUGGAAAGCGUAAUGCUGGUGGUCAACAAAAGAGGUUUAAAGACUUUCUCACGGCAAAUUUUUAAAAAUGUAGUAUAAACACCAACAACUGGGAAAGACUUGCCUGCAAGUGCUCCAAUUGGAGAACAGUCUUUACCAAAGGUGUCAUGGGCUUUGAAGACACUCAAACUCAGGAUGCAAGGGAGAAAUGUGCUAAGAGGAAAAUCCACACCGUGAUCAACUCCUGCCCAGAAACCAAUGUCCCCACUGUGGAAGGACAUUGGCCUCAAAAGUCACUUACGGACUCAUUGCUAAAACCAUGUUUAUGAAAGACAAUCUUACUCAGUUACAAGUGAUCACCAAAGAAGAAGAAGAAGAUUGUUAAAGUUGUCCAACUUCCCUGCCAGUCUUUCCUCUGCAUCUGUAUAGGAGAGGAGACAUGACUUCUCCAUUUGGACAAGAUGCAGAACUAGAGAACUUGCUCUUCUUAAAAGGCCAGGCUAAGAGAGAGUUUGCCAACCCUCAUAGGUCCCUUGGCAAAUUUGGAUUUUUGAGUCAGUGCCGUGGACAUCACCCCCUCUGGUUACUUCUUUCCCCCAUUCCUUGGAACAGCCCUCCUCCAAUGAAAUACAGGAAAUACACAUGCACACCAACUUCGCUUUUCCAAGGGACAUGGGUAAACGUCAGAUCCAGUAGAAUUAAUCUGAGCCUUGAAAAUCACAGAGAGCUGAAAGAGAAAGGAAAAUGGCACCAUUCUUCCAACUUCCUCCUUCAGCUAUGUACUUUUCAAGGGAGUAAACUCUCACCACCUGAUAAGCAAAGGGGCAAUAAGUUGGGGUUGGGGGCUUAGAGACUUUGGGAAUGCUAGGGAAGACUUCAAGGUCACGACUGCAUCUACAGACACCAGUUUCCCUGGGUUGUUUACAUGCCUAGAGUAAUAACAGUGGUCUGGACUGCAGGGUUGACAUACAUUCACAAUAUCUGAAUACACACUAUACAUUUAAAGCACACACCCCAAUAGAUUUCCAGGAACUGUAUUUUGUGAAGGGUACUGGGAUUUAUAAUAAUAAUUUUAUUAUUUGUACCACACCCAUCUAACUAGGUUGCCCCAGCUACUUUGGGCAGCUUCCAACAGAUAUAAAAACAUAAUAAAACAUAAAACAUUAAUUAUAGUGCUAUGAGGGGAAAUUGCAGUUCCCAGAACUCUUUGGGGGGGAUAUUCUUUAUUUAAAUAUGCUAUAUGGUGUGUACGCAGCCAGUAAAUCUUCUUGCAUACCAAACAGACUAAAUAACAGUACUGGAUUAGUCUGCAGAGUUGUAUUCUCUCACCCUAUCAUAGUAACCGGACUCAAGUAACCCCUUAUCUGCCAGCCUUUUUAAACAACUUUUUAAAAACCACACAGCUAGCACUGCCCCCCUAAAUUUCAAUCAUAGCUGUGAUUUCACUAAUCAGCUAAAAAUGAUGCUUGGUGAGAGUAGGCUCAUUUCUCACAAAAUGAGUGAGCAGAAUAGGUUCUGUAUAUUUGGCGUUAUAUCUCUGAUUCUACAAGGGGUGAAGGCUUCCUUUUUUAAAAAAAAAGGACAAUGGGAAUUGGGACCUAUUAAUGGUACAACAGAAUGUAUCUACCAGGGUAAAUAGGUUUAUCUUCAGCAUAGACCAAAAACUCUAAUGAAGGUGCCAGACAUACCUCUGUGGGGAAGGAAUUCCACAAAUUAGAGGCUGCUGCAAAGAAUGCCCUCUCCUGGGUCACCACCACCCAAACUUCUGAGGGCAGUGGAACUACCAAGAGACCCUUUCCAUUGAUCUUAGCACAUUAAGGGGCCUAUAUAGAAAGAAGUGGUAUUUCAGAUAUUUGGGGCCUAUUUGGGUUCAACAGCUGGAAUUGAGCCUAGAAAUGAACUGUCAAUCAAAACUUGAUAAAACCCAGCUAAGCAAUCAGUAUGGCAACCCUAAGUGUACAUUAUUGUUGCUGUAGUGCUUAAAAACACCUGUUUUAAAAUACAGAUUUUAUAUGGCUUUAUACACUGGAAAGUUCUCAGUUGGCCAGGGCUCUUUGUGGUGUGUCCACAUCAAAUGACUUACGGUCAGUACUUAACUGAAUUGCACACAGCAAGUCAACCAAAAGUAAUUAGCUAUAUUGUAUGUAAUUUCUUGCCUAGUUUACCAGUCUAUGCUUACAGGCAUUGUUUUGGAUUUGAUUUUUAUAGGGUUUAAGGCAUCCUUGAUUUUAACAAAUAGCCUUUUGCAAUAACAUCAAGUCCUGAUACGGCAAAAAAAUAAAAAGUGUUCUGGGCAGCUAUGGUUUGUUUCCUCAAAAUAACGAACAUACUUCACAAAUGCCUUUGAAAAUCAGGCCAAGCAGCUUCCUUGCUUCCAGACGGAAGAUUUAAUUAAAGCCCUGCUGGGACAAAUGAGCCUUUGCUCUGACUUUGGUUGCUUUUGAUGAUGGGUGAACUCCUCAGGCAUGCAUUAUGCAGCAAGUCAGAUAAGUUCAUCAUCGUGGCCACUUCUUGACAUACUCAGUGGCAUUAUUAACUGGAAGUCAUUGUUGCAUAUGUUAGGUCAUUGGUGGCCCGUAAGUCAGAGCAGCAGACUUUUGCGAUGCACCAGGAUGGGACUAGAUGGCAUUGUGAGCCAAUCUAUAGUCAGGCCUUCAUUUCUGCCUAUCUCGUGCUAUGCUCACUGCUAAGCAGUUCAUUAGAUGAAGUAAAAUCCUGCUGUGGUGCUGAGGGCCAAUAUAUUCACAUGUGCUGCAGUGGUAUUUUCCUUUACUGUGUGGUUAAUGUGGAAAAGUUGACUUCUAUUGCACUCAGUGAUGUCUCCCUGUCUUUUUAUAUUUCACCAUUGAUACAGCAAUGCAGAUGUUCACAAACUGCAUGACUACUGUGCUGGUCUCUCGGGAGCUGUCAGGGCUUGAAAUAGUUACAAUUAUGCAGUGGAAACUUAGAGGAGGGAAAUGCAGUUCCUGUAGGCCAGGAUUCCCCGGCUUCAGCCGUAAUGUGUUCCUGUUGAUGGUCUGCAGGCAGGCAAAUUUCAUGGUGCAUUCCAGCACCAUGGACAGGAGUAUCCAACAUGAUGUCCUGCAGAAGUGGUUGUAGAUAUGUAUUCUUUUGUGCUGCUUAUGCAGGAACUCAUGGAAAACCGGGUGAAUGGUAAAUCAGACUUUAUUAUUAGUGAGGCCUAAGAGUCUGCCUGCAUAGAAUCUAAUUUUUCCCGCUAGGAUACACCAGUGACUCAGAUCUGGCCUCUUGGGUCAUAGCUGUUUCUCUUAAAGGGGCCAAAUGCCAGAUUAUUUUUUUGUUUGUGUGAAUACAGUGGUACCUCGGGUUAAGUACUUAAUUUGUUCCAGAGGUCCGUUCUUAACCUGAAACUGUUCUUAACCUGAAGCACCACUUUAGCUAAUGGGGCCUCCUGCUGCUGCUGCGCCGCUGGAGCACGAUUUCUGUUCUCAUCCUGAAGCAAAGUUCUUAACCUGAAGCACUAUUUCUGGGUUAGCAGAGUCUGUAACCUGAAGCGUAUGUAACCUGAAGCAUAUGUAACCUGAGGUACCACUGUAAUGCAUAUAUUACAUAAUGCAACUUAUCAUCCUUAAUCAUUGGACUUUCUGGCUUAGGCUGAUGGGAGUUGUCAUCCAAUAAUAGCUGGAGGGCAACACAUUGGCUACCCCCACCAUGGGAGUAUAUCAUAUUUCCUGCGAAAAUGUGAAAACAGCAGCAGAUUAGUCCCCUGAAAAUAGCAGCAUCAGCCAAUUUUUAUGUGCACUUGUUUUAGUGAAAACCCCAGAUACCAAAAUUAAUCAGUUCCCCUCUUAUUAAUGUUCCCAGUAAUAUUGAAAUCCCAAAUAUGGAAAGAAAUUCAGCAGAGGAGGAUUUCAUAAGUAGCUCUGCUGUUAAAUGUAUGGAAAAUAGACGAUCCAAUCUUACACAUAGCCACAUGCUCAUUGAAUGGGAUAUAGUAGUGUUCCCUCUAGUGGCAUUAAUGGCCUAGUUCUCACUUUAUUAGCACAGGAUGGGUGUAAUUGAAAAGUGCACUUUGGUGUUGCACCACCUAUCUUUAAGGAAGAUGUGUGGAAUGUCCCCUUUACUCUGGUAGCAGGGUCCAGAAAAUUGUCUAUUUGCUAGGAUGACAUGUCAGAUCAUCCUACAUGGACCCUGAUAUCUAAGACGGAGGCCCUAGUUAUGUAUCUACUUCCCAGGUCUGUGAGGUUGGUGACCACAAGACCUUUGGAAUUCCCUCCCAGCACAUUGACAGUAAACAGCUACACUUCAGAUUUUGGGAAGCCUUUAAAUGCUCCUUUGUUUCAAUUGGCCUUUUCUGGCUAGAUCUACACAGCUAUAAAAAUACUUCAUUGAAUAUUCUCUGCAAAAAACCAUUGUAAAGCUCACAAUUGAAAAUAUAAUUGAGUUGCUAUUUCAGCUCUACAACAUUCAUAACACUGUAUUUUGACUAAUGUAGCUGAGUCUCCUGAUUAAUUUUUGUUAUAAUAGAGGCUGGAAUACUAUAAUUAUAGUUUUUAUGAAUUCUGGUUUUAGUAAUGUUGGAUUGUAGUUUUUAUUGUUGUAAGCCACUUUGUGGGUUUCCCCCACAAAAGCCGCAUGUAAAUAUUUUUUAAAAAAACCUUUUUAAAAAUAUCAUAUGAUCUUUCCAAUAAAUGUGUUUGGCAAUUCCAGACAUUACCAGGUUUUUAUUUUCUUUCCUUAUUGUGGAAUUGCACUAUAGUGAUAAGAAUUAGGCUUUGGCUGCUGCACAGAGAACUGUGUCAGUUUAUUGGUCCAUCUAGCUCAGUAUCAAGUGAGUAGCAGGUGCACAGACACACAGCUGGGAGACGUAAACAGUGAGGUCAGAAGGAUAUGAAAUGCAGAAAAGUACAGAUGCCAUUCACAGUGGCCAUUCACAAAAAAAAAAACAACGCCAGACAUUCUGUCAGGCAUGUGCUAAGCCAAUUCACAUAUGUAGUGUGAUUCAAAACCCAUUGUGUUGUUUCAAUCCACAGUUGAUAGAACACAGCUAUCCCUCUGGAAACAGUUUUAAAAUUACUAAGCACUGCUUCUGGGAAAAGAGGAUUCAGUGGUACUUGUAGUGAUGGUGGUAUAGGAGACAGCGUGGCGUUUUUGGGCAGUUCUGGAUUCUAGUCCCUCUUUAGCUAUGAAUCUGACUGGAAAGGUUUGAGUUAAGACUUUUUUUUUAAAAAAAAAACAACUGCUUUGAGAUUCUUUUUUUGUUUUUACAAUCAACUGGUAUCUGGAUUGCAUGGAAUGAAUGAAUGAAUGAAUAAAUAAAUAAAUAAAUAAAGUCAGUUUCUUUCAACCUAACCUACACCAUAAGGUUGUUGUGCGGACAGAGGCGGCAUGGCCUCAUGUAUGGUACACUGAGCUGCUUGGAGGCAGAGUAAGCAUAAAAUGCAAUAAACACAUUGUACUGUAUGUUCCAGUAUCUAAUUUCUAUAAUUGCACAUGUGCAUUUUCUUUAUCUGCACAUUUUGAAACAUUAUUUCCAAGGCUGAGAUACUGCGGUAUAAUUCUGACGGGUGACAAACAAUGUAAAGUUAAUAAACUCAUUGAACCAAUUAAAAAGUAUUAAUCAUCAAUUUUAGUAGGCUGAAUCCCAGUAGAUUUCUGUCAAGUUUUCUAGGCCAGCAAUUUUUUGUGUGUGAUGGGGGUGGGGGGAGAGGAAUAGCUGCUUAUGAAGGUGAAAAAUCAGACAUGCCUGCAAAGAAGAAAGGUGAAUAAAUGUAUAUUUAUUUAUAAAUAUUUCAGAUUUGGUUUUUUUUCUCAUGCUGUAUCCUGAAACCUGGCUGCUGCUUAUAACAAUUUCAAAAUGCAAGCAUAAAAUUAGUUCUAAAUGGUAAAGCAUUCACAACAUUCUAAAAGCAUUCUGGAGGCUGCCCAGGCUUUUGCAAAUCAGUGGUUUUCUGUGUCUCUGAAGCAGUCAGUCAUUGAUGAGAAUGCCUUGCUACAUAACUUGAGCACCUGCUUUCUUGAAGUAAUGGGCAACAGAUUUCUCCACUAUGCACUAAAACCUCUUAACCCAUACCCUUGCUAGCAAAUCUCAGCACCAGCAUCACAUUAUCUCAUAUAUCACCAGAAAGCUCUAGAUCCAUUCCUGGCAUAAACUCUUUUUCUUGAGACCAAUUGGAGACCCAGCAGGCAUCAAUUAAACAUUUGAUCCCUAUCAGAAGACAAUUAAAUGGUUAGAGCUUUGUGGUCUCAAAAGACUUUUACAUAUCAUUGCUACCACUGUUCCAAAUGCUUCCUGUGGAAGCGUAAGUUCCAAGAAAUCCCACACUUGUAAUACUACAGAAUUGGUGAUCCCUUAUCUUGUACAUUUCAGUCCUGUGCCUGUUUUGAUCAUUGCAUUCAUCCUGUAUCAAGAUUAAACAUCUACUAUUUGUAACCUGUUCUCUGAAUAUAAACGAAAGCUGAAAGUAAGUUUUGCAACUCUUGUAAGUGAUAUGGUUGUCAUUUAAACAAAGCAUUGUCUACAAAGUGGGUAAAAUUCUGAAGGAACCUUUCUUGUCCCUGAAGCAUACUGUAUUUGUAUUGUUGGUAUUAAUAUAUAUUUAAAUGUCUAAUCUGUUAAUGGUGAAACUGGCCUUUAAUGCUAAGCCUUCUUUUAGCAAGUGUUAUUUUCAUGGGAGGGAAAACUUAUCAUCACAGCCAGUUGUUCAUAUAAAGGGGGGGGGGGAUCAAAUUCAGCUUGUUUGAGCAAUUUAUUGUGCUACAUUAUCCUUCAGUGGGUGACUUUGUUCUUUAAAAGCAAGUCACAUUCUUGAAUGCACAUUAGUAGCUCUUUUCUACAGGGGGCCCCCUAAAUAAAGACUAAGCUAGUUUGCAACUGAAUUUUUGAAGAAAAAAAUUAAUUGUUUCUUCCUUAAUUUUAUUUUAAGAUCCGGAUUUCAAGGACCUUGGGGUUUUGAAACCAUUGCCAGGUUGGUAUGUUCAGUGUUUUAUAACACUUGGAAGUCUACAAAUUUUAAUUGAGAUAUAUAUAUCUAUAUCUAUAUAUAGAUAUAUAUUUCCUUUCCCCUCCACCUUCUUUAUUGGGUUUGAUUUUGUUGUUGUUAUUGUUGUUACUCAGUUUGUGAGUUUGAGAUGGGAGGAUCUGAAGGAAUUGUGGAAUCUGUGCAAAUUGGGAAAGAAGGGAAAGCUUCGGACACUGAGGCAGUUGAUUGUAAAUGGUACAUCCGAGCACCACCAAGAUCCAAGGUCAGUCCUGUUCCAUUCUCUGAUUUGGGGACUUAAUUUAAAGAAGUGGCUUUACUAAUACAGCAUUUAUUACUUUGUACCGACAGGCUUUGCUUAAUAUGACUUGCACUAUUGAACCUGUAAACUGUUAUUUUCCUUUAUAAGACGGAAAAGCAAUUUGUCACCACACAGAAUAAUAACCGUCACGUGUUCUAAAUCAUGAUUUGGGCUGUAUAAUAAAUUGGCCAUUUUGAGCUAAAGGGAUGUUUUAGAUUUAGGUGGGUCCUUCUAGUUUGUUCACAGCACAGCAAAUGCACUUUUUCCUCCCCCGCCCAAUUUCUUGCAAGGAAUUCAUUCUUCUAUACCUCAUUUUUCCAGCACUUAAAGAGUAACAUUUUUAUCACUGGGACAAAGAUGGCUUAUUAUUAGAACAUAAUAAGAGCCUGCUGAAUCAAACCCAUGGUCCUUCUAGUCCUGUUCUCACAGUGCCCAACCAGAUGCCUAUGGGACCUGACCACAAGGGCAUUCUCCUCUCCUGUGGUUUCCAGAAGCUGAUAUCCAGUAGGAUACUUGCCUCUGAUGGUGGAGGCAGAGCAUAAUCAAUGGCUACUAGCCUUGAUGGCUAUCAUUUCUGUAACACUAGAAAAUAUUCAAAGCACUUCAUAAUCAGUUUCCUGUAACUCUUCCAACAGUCAUGCAAGGCAGAUCACUAAUGUUAUUCCCAAAGCAUACAUAGGAAGCUGAGGAUGAUAUACAGUGGUUUGCCCAAGAUCACCUGAUAAGUUAAAAGGAGAAAUGAGACUCAAACCAAGAACUUUCUGAUUUGUAGGUAGCUCAGUUAAUUGUGCUUGGUAGUGCUGUGCAGGGCUGGCCCAUCCAUGAGACCAGGGGGGACAAGUGCCUCAGGCGACAGGAUCCACAGGGGCAGCAGAUGCCAAUGAAGAUAUUUAUUCCUACCUUGUUCCUGAUGUAGAUCUUCACUCACUCCUUCUUCCCCAGCAUAGGGAGCUGCCAUUUAUUUGGUGGUUCACCUCAAGUAACAAUACGUCUUGGGUGGCCCUGGUGCUGCAAAAUUUGUCUGUGAGUGUGUUGUGGUAGAUAUGUAUGUGCUUCAGAGUAUCGAGCUAUGUUGCAGACCAGACCAUGUGUACCUCAUCCUUUUGUGAACUUUUAUUGUUAUUGUUUUACAGCCAGUGUGUACAGUUGCACAGCUAAAUGUACCACCACCUUAUUUUAACUAUUCAAAAGAUUUAGAUUGUCUAGCACUAAGGACAUGUGUCUACCAUUUUAAAAGAUUGUAGUAGAUACUAGUGUGCUUGCCCUUGCAACAAGUCUAAUCUCUGUAUCUCACUUUGUCUGUCUCUACCACUCAGAUCCAUUUCGUAUAAUGUAAUACUAAACACAAAACCCUCUUUUAAAAUACGCAGUUCCACUUUUAUCACAGGCUUUUCCACUUUCAAAUCUCAAAUCCGGAACAUGUCUAGUUUGAUAUAAAAGGCAAAAAGAAAAAGGAUUCUGGACUUUAUUGAUUUUUCAGUUCUGUCUCUGCCUUUAUUUAAUCAACUGGAACAAUGGUAAUAAUUUUAAAAAGGUUAACAAAAAAACUCUAUACAUAUCUACACAAAAGUAAAUUUCAUAUAUUUUAAUAGAGCUUACUCUGAGCUAAGGGGCAUGAGAUUGCAGUGUCAGUCAAGAGGACUUACUUUUAAGGAGACUUGUAUAUGAUUGCCCUGUAAGGCUGCAAUCCUAUGUAUGUGUAGUUAGGAAUAAGUCACAUUCUCCUUAAUGGGUUUACUUUUAAGUAGACAUGCAUAUGUCUGGUAAUGUGGAAGCUCAAAUCAGUAACAUUAUUUGCUGUCAGUCUUAUAUAUAUUUUAUCGUAAGUUAUAAUUCUUAUGUAGUCGUGUAAUGGCAUACUAUAUGGAAAAUGGAGAUCACCGGUAAUUAGUCAGGUGUUGUGUUUUUGUUUAUUUAUUGUGACAUUCGUAUACCACCACAUAUCACAAAGUUCUCUAGGUGGCGCAAAAUAAAUUAUUCUAUGGUAGGCUGAUUUUAAAUAUACUUUGGGGAUCUUUAUUUUGCCUGAUUCUAGUUAUUUUGAUUGGAAAUCUUCACCUGUAGAUUGCAAGGCAAGUAGUUUUAAUUGUGCUGGAAGAGCUGAAACACACACACACACACACACACACACACACAGGAAUUCAACAUCGAGCUAUUCCAAUCAGUCCAUCUGCAUUACAGCUUGUCAAAUGGAUCAAUACACCCUCCUUUCUCACAGUGUUCUGGGGCUUCUUCUCCCCCACCCAGCAUUAGGGAAUGCAGUGGAGAGGAGAGGAGGGGGGGAAGGCAACAAUGCACAAGUGGAAGUCCUUUCACAGGGCUUCUGCUGACAAGGCUGAAUAGGUAAACCCGCCCUGAAUAUCUAUAAUAAAAUUGAGGGUCUAGUAAACAGGAUGCACCAAGGCCUGGGGGCCUUCUUUUGUUUAUUUAUCUGGAAAUAAUGAAAACAGAGCUAAAGCUUUUGUUGGAACCAUGCCAUAGUACCAUGGGUCGUCCCCCCACAUCCCCCCCCACAUUGCUCAUAUAAAAAUAGCUCCCCUCUUCUCUGCCUUCACAUAGAAGUAAAAUUUUCUUUAUUUUUGUACUGAAUGCUUGUUAGUGUAGCCCAAGUUUCUCUGCCUGGCAGUCUGUACUUUAUUAAAUAAGCACUUGCUAGUGAAUCUUCCUCAGUUAACUCCUUUGGGGAUGAAGUGUAGGACUCUUUUUUUGUCUCCACAAUCAAGAGGAGAUAUUUCAGGGCAGAACUAUACAGUAUUCCUCCACCGUGUGUCUUCAAAGCCCUGUGGCAACGGCUGCUUCACAUAGGUGGCACUUUCCAUCAGGUGAACAACAGGCAGGAGGGAAAGCCCUCAUCCAGAGUUUUUCUCCUUCAACUCUCUCCCAGCCACUUUCUAGCCCUGUGCUCCCUACUGGUGGUGGAGAGCUGGAGAGAUAAACAGAGGAUGAACAAAGAGUUAAGCACACUGCUCCUGCCCACUGCAACUCCAAUAGAAUUGUGGGCUUCUAGUUCUUUUGCAAAGGAGAAGUUGCAUCUAAGCCAGGCAUAGGCAAACUCGGCCCUCCAGGUGUUUUGUGACUACAGCUCCCAUGAUCCCUAGCUAACAGGACCAGUGGUCAGGGAUGAUGGGAAUUGUAGUCCCAAAACAUCUGGAGAGCUGAGUUUGCCUAUGCCUGAUCUAAGCUUUGAAGAGAGACAUGUAGUUCUCCUCUCAGGCUCUGUCCUUGCUUUUUUAAUAUAUUGCUCAGAAUUAUUGGUAUGUAUAGCUGCACUUGCUCACAAAUGACACUUUUCUUUUAAAAAAACACACCACAUAAACAAGAGGAACAAGAGUGUACAUACAGCAAACAAAUGAAGAGAAUUUCAGGUGCAACAAGGGCGAUCCUUGCAGGCGAUCCUAACAAGAUAAAAUUGAACAAAAUGCAAGUGAGGAUUUCUGAUUUGGACACAUUCUCAGGAUUUCAUUGGUUGACACCUGAUUAAAGUAACCUUGGCUAUGUAUGUCAACACUGCCCUGAAAGGCACAUUAUGCCAUUAUGCUACUUUAAUUCGUCUUAACACUUGGGUUUUAUUGGUAAAGAGACUCCAGGAUCUACUGGCUGGCUUUUGUGGUCUGAAGCUUGCUGAUGAUGAUAAGUUAAUAUGGGUAGAUCUGAUGCAGCCGCUAUUUCCCCUAUCACCUCAUGGCAGAUGGCUCAUUCAUGGAAUGCACAUCACUAAGGUUUUGUAAUGAGAGACAACAUGUUGGCCAUAUCUAACCAGCAGUGCAGUUCACCUUCCUGCAAACUUAUCGGGGGAGCUGAAAUAACCUCCCUUAUAGGGGCAACUUCACUCUGGCUCCCAGUGUUAGAUCAGUAAAUUAAAUGAUCCAUAUCUUUUCCCACUUGCUCAUGUUAAAGGUGUGCUGAGGACGCACCUGACUGAUCCAUCUCAUCCUGGCUCGACAACCAUAGAUCUGUAGAUGUCAUAAAGCCCCCAGGGCCUGAGAAUAGCUCCUUUCUCAAUAUCUCUUCCAACCAGCUGGCAAUGAGAAUAAACCAGAUAAACAACCCUUCACCAUUAAGAUGCUUCAGAUACUCUGAUCAGGGCAGCUUAGCUUAAAAUCCCCACCUGGCCACACCAAUUCUGCUAGUUUUAAUUAGGGACAGGAGAGAAAAUUAUUUGUCCUUCCUGGAAUACUAUGCAAACUAAAAUGCAGCUUUUCCAUUGAAAAUCCCACUUCUAUGAGUUUUGUGAUGCGGUUCUUCUUCUUCUUCAACAACAACAACAUCAUUCUCAUAUAUAUAUAUCAGGGGAAAGUCUCUCUACAGAUAGUAAGUCUUCAGCAUUAAUCUCUGUUACUCGUUUCCCAUUCUUGCCCUCUCCUAGUCAAAUAUAGAUGGUCCAAAUUCAGACUAGAUUAGCAGACAAGACUUCCAAGCCAGAAAACAUGUGUCUGUUUGGCAUAUGUGAAUUUUACCAUCUCUCUUUUGGAAUUUAAACACUGAUUAUUCCAAUUAGACAUGAAGCUAUUUGUUUCUCAAAACAUACAACUAUUAAGUUCUUUGGGGGAAGAUUUAUAACCAUAUGAGUGGAUAUGUUUUUCUCAGCCCAAAUGUAGUUUUCUGCUUUGGAUGAAAGAAUGGAAAAAUUCAAUGAGCUUUUCUAGGAUAUUGGCUGAGUCUUCUGAUGGUUUCUUGACCUGCCCAAUCAAUCUUGUUGUCAGAACAAACCUUCAGUGACUGAUGAAGAAAGAGAAUUCAUCAAAAGUGAUUCGCUAUAAAGAAAUUAUGAUCUUACUGUUACAGAAGUUAUAUGUUAUUCACCCUUUGCAGUGAUUCUUUUCUCUUGAUGUAUGCAGUCAGGGCUUUUUAUUGUGUUCAUUUUUUUAUUUUUUAAAAAAAAUAAUAAACUCCAAUUCAGCCUACAUUGCUUUUUUCAUUAUUAUUAUGAGACUAUAUCAUAAACGUGACAAGACAAUAAUUUAAAGCAUAAUGUGAUCAGGGGCUAUAAAUUAUAUGUGCUGCAGCUGCAGUGAUGCUUUAUCACUUUUGUUGCUAAUGGCACUGGCAUUUAGCAGUGACAUACCAAAGCUCAAGCAGUACCAGCAUUCAGCUCCAGAACUUUUCAUUUAUUUUAGCCAAAGCAACAUGGAAUUGAUGGUUUGGAGAGAGGUUUUCAAUGAAAUUUUCAAGCAGAAGUAUGAAAACAUAAUAUGCGAUGCUUGUUUCUUUCCCUUCUGUCACACAAUUAUGUUUUAUAAGAUAGCACUUGCAAUGCUAAAUGCACAAAUGCAGGCUUAUAAAAUAGUAGUGAUCUUUUGGAAGCAGAAGCACAAAAUAUUUGCUGUUGCAGCAACAGACGAACACAGCUUCUUCUCUGAUUGUUUCAGCUUGGUUAACAGUAGAUAGUCUCAAGUGGCUGAAUCCUGCCAUGAAUUACACAGUUCUGAAUUAGGGCUUCUAUCAAAAGAAAAAGCCUAGUGAGGGUACAGAUUAAGGGAGGAACUUUAGGUGGAGGGGAGAGUACAUUUGCACUUUAACUUCUGGAAGUAAGAGGAAACAUCAUGUUUUGAUAUCCUGUUGCAAUAGGUUCUCUCUGUGAAAUUACCACUUGGAAUAAUCAAGCGUGCCUCCAGAAGACCUGUUUAUUGGGCUUUCACAAUCGUGCUUUGCUUGUGCAGAGGCUGUGUGACCCACUGAAAUGGAACAUAAAAAUAUAAUUUUAAUAAUAAUAAACCUGAGGUACUGAUUGAUUUAGAUUAUUCGCAUGCCACCUUUCCACAGUUGAGUCUCCAUUUUCAAUUCUUCCAAUCUUAAAUCCAGUUCUCCAUAUUUCUGAAGCUGUUUGCAAUGUAAAAAAAAAAUCCUGUGAAAAUUCUUCAGAAUUUUAGUGUGAAUACCUCCCAAUAAACAAUUUUUGUUUGCAAAUUAUCCAAAUACAGUGUAGUGUAGUGUGUUAUUUACACCAAUAUAUUCCUUUUAUGCACAUUCCUCCUAAUUUACACAUAUUUUAAAGCAUUGUUUAGUUGGAGACCCACAUCACAAAGUUUAGAUAAGUGUGAAUUUUGAAGAAUGGCUGUGUUUUAGUUCUCAUAUUGUUUCAGACAGUGCACAUUUGAUAGAUUCAGCUUCAAAUUUGAAUAAAAUCUCCCACCCAUUUUUAGUCCAAAGUGGGCUUAUUAUCAAAAAGAAAACAAAAAACCAGUGGGAAUUGUGGUGGAAGUUGCGGGGUGGGAGAGUAGUUCACAACAUACCAAUAAAUUCAAGUAAGACAAAAGACAAACAAACCAUAAUUUAACCAGCAGAAUAAAUUAAAUAUUGUGAAAGAAACAAUCUAAACAUAAUACAUGAGUACAAAUGUGUACAAUUCACACAUAGUUUUUUCAUGUGUUCUUUUGGAGAGAGGGAGCGAAAAGGGAGGGAGCAGGCCUAUGGUUGAGCAAAAGACAGUAAAUCUGACAUGAUACAUGGGCUAGUAUGUCCACCCCUUUCAAGUUCUACAUUUUUUUAAAAAAAAUCAUUAUACCUGGGUGGGUGGGUGCGCUCACACACAUAUGCUUAUGCACACCUAGUGGAAGAUAAGCAGUUGCUGUGGAUUCUAUGUGUUUGUCACAAAUGCAUGAAAAGGACAAAUGAUUAAAGUGGUUAGGAUUUUCUCUACUGCACAAGCUUUAUUAGAAAAUAAUCUAUUUUUUGAAAGAAAAUAUUUUCAAAUAAUACUGCUUGAAAUCUUGAGUCAAUUGCGCUUGAUUAGUAAUGUGUGAUAUGCAGAAUAAAUACUGCUCUAUCUAUUAUAAUGCUGUGGAGGCUAAAGAGCUUGUGGAUUAAAGCAAAGUGUUCCAUUUUUACAGAGCAACACAAGUAAGAGUUUGAUCAGCUUAUGCUGCUUUUCUAAAGCUAGCUAGAUUGUUCAGGAGUAGGAUUCCCUUAACACCAGUUUGUUUGCAACAUAAUCCUCUCUGUCAUGCUUACUAGUGUUAUCUCCAGCAGCCAUGGGGUAAAAGCUUAGUCUAGCGACUUGAGACUAAGGUUGCAAGUCAGGAACUUUGGGUAAUAAAACAUACCUCAUCUGUACAGCUGUGCUGUUGUCUAUCUAUUGGUGACUUAAUUUCCUACCCCCUAAGCUGAGAUGAAACACAUUUUGGGAAUUGUCAUUACAAAGCAAAGUUGGCCAAACAUUAAUGAAGAUUUCAGAUGAAUAUAGGAGGAAAAACAGGAUGUACAUCUGGGGUAGUGACAUGGCUAUCAAAUUAGGUACUAAACUGCUUUUAAAAAUUAGUAUAAAAGAAGUUGAAGACUGGUGAGCAAUGUAUCACUAGACCCCAAUUAAGUAACUAAAAGAAAAGUGUAAAUUAGGGGGAGAAAUUUAUCAUGAUAGCUCCUUUUAUGCAUAGGCCUUCUGGCUCCUUGAAGAAGGGACAUUGAGGGAGAGGCCUCCCUUUUUGGAAAAAGCUGUAGCAGACCCAAACAUCUCUAGGAAGAUUGGGAAAGAUUUUUGUCUGAACACCCUGGAAAACCUCUGCCAAUCAAUGCAGAUCAUACUGAGCUAGAUGGACCAAAGGCCUUACUCUGUCUAGGUCAACUCCCUAUGUUCCUAUAUUCCUAUUUGUUUACCUUUCUCUUUUCCUGCUUAUACACAGAUCAUCUCAGAGAUGCAUCAACAUAUAUGCAGUAGAUUCCCCCACCCCUAAAAUAGUUGCCACAGUUCAGUUACGGAUAGGCUGAAGGUCAAGUGUCUUAAAUUUUGCAUCUGAUAGUCACCAGUAGAAGACAAACUGGGUGUGGGCAUAGCUUAGUUUAGUUCAAAUGACUUCGUGAGAAGGCAGUCUUCAUCCUUUAGCUCUGUGCUACAUAACAUACUGCACUGAAGUCAGCUGGAAAGACUCCAGGUCACUCUGCAGGGCCCAGUGUAGUGCAGUACAGGGAGUGUGUCAAGCUUAGAAAACAGAAAGAAAGUUCUGAUUCUUGCAUAGCUAACUGCAGUGGGGCUCUUGGACAAAUCUCUACUCUGCUAGAUCUAAAUAGGUAACUGUGGAUGAAAUUCCUUAGAGGAUGCUGAGAGCAAAGGGAAAGACUUUUUGCCUUUGGAACUCCUCCUCUGUCCCCUUCUCUCUCUUUUUUUAAAAUAAUAUUUAUUAAUAAUUUCAAAAUUACAGAAAAGAAAGAAAAAAAUUAAAAACAACACUACAAUACAUAAGAAAGAAUAAAAAAACACCAUAAAAACCAAUGCAACAAUACAGCAAAAAGAAAAAAAGAAAGAAAAAAAAACACACAAAUCCCAUAUUACAUAGCUUUAACUUCCAUUUGCUUGUUUCAUUGACCUCCUCACACCUCCCUUUUUGUAUUCUAGUUUGAUUAGUUAUUUCAGCAAAUUCUUUCCAUCUUUCUCAAUUUUUAUUAAAUAAUUUAUCUUAACAAUUUAACCUAUUAAUUAACUCAACAAAUCCUUUCCAUCUUUUCCCCAUAUUCUGUUAUUCAAAUUACCUUAAUUUAUUUAACCUUAUCUUACCAAAAAUACUUUAGAGCUUAAAGCUUAAUACUCGAUUAUACAUAAUUCCUGAUAUCAUUUCUACUAGAGUCAUAUAGUUUCAUUCCAACAUUUUCCCUAAUAUUCAUUAAUUUUAGGCUAAUUCCCUAGAAAAUUCCUAUCUUCAUCCAACGUCUCUUCUUCCUGGUCUCGGGUCGUGUCAGUCCUUACUGUCCAUUCCAUCUAGUCCAUCAACCUGGUAAUCUUAUGUCCGAGGCCCUUAAGUCUCUUCCAUGUCCCUUCUGCAGAUCUUCUUCUUCUUGUUUAUACUUGCACUUUUCCUUGUCUUUUGUUGGUCUCUUUCUUAAUUUCUUUCCUUUCUCAUUGAGGAGUAGGUCUCUGGGGGAUUCCAACCCAAAAUUAUCUCCGUCUCCCUUCAUCAAACCAGCCCAUUCCCCACAGUCCCACUCCCCACAGUCAUCAAUGUAGUCCAAAAAAUAUUUAAAAGCAUAUUUCAAGGUCUCUCCAAAGUUAAGAACCUCCUCAGCUCCAGACUCCCCCUGGCCCACUCCAACUUCAAUCUUCAAAGACAGCGGCUUAUGCUCCUGUAGGGCCUCGGGUCUCUCCAUUUGUAUUGUUUGAGGUGCAACCGCAACCUCCUCCAUUAUCUUCUGCACUUGCCCAAUCAGUACAGGUUCCUGAGUUGGUCCCUGAAUGGUUUCUGUAUCAAUAUUCCCUGUUUGUCCACAGUUAUUAACCACAACAGUCAUCAAAUCCAUUUUCUCAUUCAUCAAAUCCAUCUUCUCAUGCAUCUGUUCCAACAAGGCACUUGUCUUGCAUAAAGCAAGCACCAAAACUUCCUCCCAGCUCAUAUUUAGUCAAGGUCAAAAAGGACUGGUCCCACGAUCUUAAUCUGACAGCUGUAGAGUUCUCAAGUAGACUGCAGCAACAAUUUAGCAAGCUCCCUCUAGAGAAGACAAUUUCUAUUUGUAUCCAUUUUUUUAAGGCAAGUCCAACAAAGGAAAAUUACUUUCAUUUUUCAGAUAUUUUGUUUCUUUGGAAUGCAAAAGGCAACAUUGGAAUCAGUUUAUUUCUCUUCUUUAGCUGUCUGUCAAAGUAUUCCAUUCACAGUCAAUGAACCUCUCCAACAAUUUCUGUCUCUGACACCCCGUUCCCAGGUUAGAGACAGUGGAAACUUAUCUUUCUUCACUCCCUCUCCUGCAGGCGUUAAACAAAGUCCCCCCCCCCUUUUCUCCUGCUUCCAAGGGGGUUUCAGUAGUUAUAAAUGAAGGAAAUUUAGACUUUUUUAACGACUUUCCAGGCUUUAGCUUACAAGGUUUUUGCUUCAGUCUAUAUACAAAAAGCGGAAGGCGGACUUCCUGUUUUGAACCUUCCUGCUUCGGUGCCAAAUUAAGAUAUUUCUUGAUCCAAUUUUCCGUUUCUACUCACGGGUACUUGUUUUAAAUCCAAUUGUCCACAGGAAAAAGUCAGCGCUCUCCGGCAAUGGCUGUGCGGCUUCACUCCGUGAAAGUAGCAAUCAGUUCGCAGCACCGCGCCGCUCACCCCACUUCACUCCGGAGCCCCAAAAUGGGGUUCCCGGUGAGUGGGGGGGGGGAGCUCCUGGUGCCCUGCCGAACCCCAUGUUCCCAGGCUUCCUCCGCCUGGGAUUUCUAGCGGGUCCCCACCUUCGCCACGGCGGGAAGACCCAGUUUCCACGGAGCCAGUUCCUCCGGUUGGAGGAACUCCGCCAUUCGCCGAUGGCGCUAACCCAGAAGUCUCUUGUCCCCUUGUCUCUCAACCCCCUCAUCUUUCUCUUUUGCCUAGCACCUGCUUCUACAUUUCCUUACACUGGUAUCCUCUCUCAAAUAUGUGGAAGUCUCAUACAUUUCAUUGGCACACCCCUCUAAAUAAUCAGAAUCAGACACAAGUUAUAAGACAGGCUUAGGCAAACUCAGCCCUCCAGAUGUUUUGAGACUACAACUCCCAUCAUCCCUAGCUAACAGGACCAGUGGUCAGGGAUGAUGGGAGUUGUAGUCCCAAAACAUCUGGAGGGUUGAGUUUGCCUAUGCGUGAUCUAUACUCCAUAGAAGCAAAUGGUCACAUUCUCUCCCCCCCCCCUUCUUUUCCUUUCUUUCGUUUUGGUCAUACAAUUUACUGAUUAUUCUGGGUUAAUUGGUUCCAUGUACAUUUACAUUUUUUUAUAUAAAAAAACACACUAUACAGAUGUGUGACAACUCUGAAUAACAGUUAAAACAAAUUUGCUAAAACAAUAUAUUGUUUUAAAACUAUAAUAUAUAGUUUAUUUUACUAUAAAAUGAUACAGUUGAAUGCAGGAAAUCUGAUAUUUAAUUUGUACAAAUUAUGUGCAUUGUAUGUAGGAUUGUUUUAUAAAUUUAUUUAUUUAUUUAUUUAAAGGUUGUUGUUUUUUUUUAAAAAAAGCUGGCUCUUCAACAACAACAAAAACACACCCAAAGCAGCAUGACACAAACAUAAAAUGGACUGGUAGGGAAGAGGAAAUAAGCAAACUCAGGUUCCAGUACUUUGUUACAAGUUCUUCUAAUGAGAUCUGGGAUGGAAACAGUUCAAGGAGAGUAGAUACAAAGUUUGCUUGUCUCUCAACUUCAUAAGUGUGGCAGCCCUGCAGCCCUUCUCAAUAGCCUUCUGCUUGACAGAUUGCUUUGAAACUUGGCUUUAAAAAUGGUAGAAGGCAGUAAAUUUUAUUCAGAUGCACCUGUUUGCAUAACUCCUGCACUGGUUGUCUAUUUUUGAAUACAACUCAAGAGUUUUGGUUUUUACCUUCAAGCCAUUUACAGCUUGGGCCUGUGUAUCUGGAAGAAUGUCUGUUCUUCCCACGUCAAACUGCUUGUGUCAGAUCAUCAAACAAGGUUGUACUCCACAUGCCCCGCCUUCUGAGGUGAGGUGGGAGGAAACUGGAGAGAAGACAUUUUUAUUGUAGUGCCCUGUUUAUGAAAUUUCUCUUCUCUUUGCUAUCUUUUGAUGCUAAUCUUUAAAAAAUAAUAAUCUUCCAACCAACACUUUUAAAGUUUUCAGUUUUGGAGCACAAUCAUAUCAAUAUCUAUUCUAAAGUAAGUCCCAUUGAAUUAAAUGGGAUUUACUUCCAGGUAAGUGUAUGUAAGAUUGCAGCUUUAAUUGUUUUCACCUGCUGCUUUUAAGUGCUCACCUGUUCAGUCUUAUGGUUGCUUACUUGUUAUUUCUGUUUUGAUUUGUAAUUACUUUCUUCUUCUUCUGUGAACUGAAUUGGAAACUGUUCAUAAUAUAUAAAAUGUACAAAAUAAUUAAGUUAUGUCAGUGGAACAGCUUUGAUGUUUUACUACAUCAGAAAUUACAGAGAUGUUAACAACAAGGUGCUUUUUAACCCUUUAGAAUCCACCCUGCUUGAGGAAAUAUGAAAGGAAAAUCAAUGUCUUAUUUCCAAAGGAUUCCUGGUUCUCAAACAUUAGAUCUUAUACUUUCCCCAUAAAUAAAGGAAUGAAAUUGCAAUUGUAUUCCUGGUUCUUUUUCUCAGAGUGCAAAACCACAAAUUUUUAAAAAGUACAGUAAAAAGCUUUUUAGCUUUCUGCUCCAGAUUCAGUAAUACAGAAAGCCUUCCGUUUUGAUUUUUGUUGUUGCCGUUAUGGCUGAUUCACACAUGCAAGUAAUUACUUGAUGUGACAGUCAGCAGGCGAUGAUCAUGCAUGUGCUGACUGUAUGCAUAUUUAGGGGGAGAAUAAAUAGUCAUCCCAAUGGAAAUUACUUUUUUAAAAAUAUUGCUCAGUUCCAUUAAUAAUACUGCACUUUCCCCAGAGCAUAAACACAACCAGUGUUCGAUUACACACCAGUGGAUUUUUUUUCUAAAGGGAAAUAAUGUUGCUGAAAUGCCUCUUGUUCCAAUGAUGGUUUACACUGUCAUAUUCACUGUUUUUUUUGUUUCGUAGAUAUAUUUACGGUUCUUGGACUAUGAAAUGCAGAAUUCUAAUGAAUGCAAAAGGAAUUUUGUGGCUGUCUAUGAUGGAAGUAGCUCAGUGGAGGAUUUAAAAGCUAAGUUUUGCAGCACUGUUGCUAAUGAUGUGAUGCUGCGCACAGGUCUUGGAGUAAUCCGCAUGUGGGCAGAUGAAGGCAGCCGAAGCAGCCGAUUCCAGAUGCUCUUCACAUCUUUCCAAGAACGUAAGGCUUUAUCAGGAUGUCAAAUGAUUCAAGUCUCUUUUUUAAAAAACAAACAAACUUAAUGGUGCUUCUUUCAUACAGAGUGAGCACCCAAACAUGAAAAAACCAAGUAGGAUUUUUUUAAAUAUCCAAUUCUCCACAGGUAUAGUACCUGAACAAGAAAGGAUCCCCCAUAUGGCAUCAAGGAACCUGGAUUUCUACCCUUGAUAUACACACUUGGUGAUACAUGCAUCAGGUCUUAUGGCAAAUGAGCAUAGCUGUCAACGUUUCCCUUUUUUUAAGGGAAAUUCCCUUAUUCCGAAUAGGAUUCCUCUCAAGAAAAGGGAAAAGUUGAAAGCUAUGCAGAUGAGGAGCCCAGGCAUACAUCCCAAAUCCCCAUCCAUAGCACAUGGGCUUUUCUCUGAGUUUGCAGAAUGGAAGGGGAAGACAGGAUGGGGAUAUGAGCAAUGGGUGCUAUCCUGCCAUGUCCAUGUUCAUGAGCCAUAGGGGAAAGACACUGUGGGGAUUACUCUGAAGUCACAUUCCUCUGAACUGCACCCACUGGAUGGGGUGGCCAAAAUGAAGUAUGGAUUUCUAAUGCUUAUGGUGACCUUUGUAAUUUUGAACAAGCUAUUAGGCCGCUCUCCUUAUUUCCCCAUAUUAUUUAUAUACUGAGGGUGGUAUACAGAGCUUGUGCAAGAAAAAACUUGCAAAUAUUGUAGAAUUAUAGUGAUGUUAAGCAUUAUUUGUUGAUAUCCACACUGAUACUGUUAUCUUUUCCAUAAACGAAUCAUGCUGCAGAUAAUUAAGUUAUAUUUUUGUUUUCAUUGUUUAAAGCAGACAGAUAUUGGCCACAGUAUAACACACACUUAAGUCCCCUGAAAUCAGUCAUCUUAAGUGCAGUUAACACUGUAAUGUCAUCUCUUUCUAAAAUCAGAAAUACAAACUUUGUAGACUAUUUCAGAAGUAGCUGCCAUGUUACAGAAGUAGGCCAUGUUUUGUGGUUUAUAGACAUGCAGUGUAAUCUGGUUCAUACCUAUUCAGGAGUAAGCCAUAUGGAGUUCAAUGGGACUUAUUCCCAGGUAAGUGUAUAUAGGAUUUCAGCCCUAAUGUUCCAUCUAUAGCUCAUAAUACUUAAAUUCAUAAAACUUAAAUUUCAUGUGCUUCAAGACUACUGAAGUCAGCUGGGCUGUGCCAAAUGUUAUAGUGCAAGCAUAUAUAUGUCUGCUAGGAAGUGAAUCUUAAUUUUCAGUUAUCUUACUCCUAGCCAGGUAAGUGUGUAAAGGAGUGUAGCCUUAUUGUGCAAUCCUAUAUGUUUACGCAGAAGUGUAUCCUACCGAGUUCAAAUGGGCUUACUUCCAGGUAAAUGAGCACAGAAUUGUACACAUUUACUGUGCAGGGAGCUCCACUGAACUCAAUGGGACUUACUUCAAAGUAAACAUGCACAGGAUUCAUUGUUAAUCAACUUCUUCAAGCUAACCUAAUUGUGGAUCAACUUAACAUAAAAUAAAAUCUCAUUUCCCCAACAUCCCUGGGUAACGUUUCAAAGAAUUUGAUAAUUAAAAUCUGGGAUGAAUGUAAGCUGCUCCCAGAGCAAAGCAGGAAGAGCGAUUGGAGGGGGGGAAAAUCCUUCUAUACCAUCUGAUUCACUUAAAGAGACUAUUUUAAGACUAGUGGGAUCUAAGGCGGAGUUAGGCUGUAAAAUUUCCAUAAUGCAUUGGUUCAUGCAAUAGCCCUGAAUAAGGAUGAAAUGCAUUUCAGUUUAUUUUAUUGAAUAAUUUCAAGUUAUGUUUGUAAUAGUUUAUAUUUGCGAUAUAAAAUAAUUUCACAGUGCCAGAUUUAUAUUCUUUAAAUUUGCAUUAGCUGGGUAUUUAGAUCCUAGUUGGUAAUUAGCUUGUCACUGUUGGGACUUAUUUACUUUUUGCUCAGGUUAGGCCAAGAGAAAGUGAGUGGCCUAAGGUCAUCCAGUGAGUUUUGUGCCAGUAGAGAUUCAGUGCUAGUGCAAUUUAUAUAGAUAGUUACAAUUAAAGCAAAAUAUUAUGCUUAAUAGAAUAGAAUACCUUUAUUGUCAAUGUACAACCUGUGUACAAUGAAAUUAACCGAGCCUCCCUCCCUCCCCAAACACUCAAUCUCAUUGCACUCUGUGUGCUUGUUGCACAACACACCAACCCCGAAAGUCAGUUGCACUGUAUUAUUUUCCGUUCAGCAGCCUAACAGCCCACGGAUAGCAACUGUUUUUUAGCCUGUUGGUACAACUGAUUAUACUUCUAUAUCUCCUGCCCGAAGGUAGAAGAUUAAAGAGGUGCUGGCCGGGGUGUGAAUUGUUCCUGAGAAUUUUUCUUGCUCUCCUAAGGCAACGAUCCCUUGCAAUGUCAUCUAGCGGGCUCAGGGGACAGCCCAUGAUAUCACCACCCGUUCACCACCCUCUGUAAAGACUUUCUGUCUGUGGCUGUGAAGCCAACGUACCACACUGUGAUACAAUAUGAGAGGACACUUUCUAUUGUGGACAGGUAGAAGGAGGUCAUCAAUUGUGGUUUAAUAUUGUUCUUUCGCAAGACUCUGAGGAAAUGGAGUCUCUGUUGGGCCUUCUAACCACCUGAGUUAUAUUGUUUUUCCAAGUGAGGUCCCAAGAAUUUAAAGGAAGAGACUCUUUCCACACAAGCCCCUCCUGAUAUACAACGGAGCUAGUUCCCCUCUCUUCCUUCAAAAGUCCAACACCAUAUCCUUUGUCUUGCUAAUAUUUAAGUGCAAGUUAUUCUUUAAGCACCAUGUAGAUACUUUUUGAACCUCCUCCUGUACGCUGAUUCAUCUCCACCUGUAAUUAGACCCAUUAUGGUAGUAUCAUCUGCAAACCUAAUAAUUACAGUGGAUGGAUCAGAUGAAAUACAGUCAUAUGUAUACAACAAGUACAGGUAGGGACUCAGCACACAUCCCUGUGGGGUGCCAGUGCUGUGCUUCAGGGAGGUAGAUGUAACAGGCCCAGUCCUAACUGUUUGUGUCCAAUCCCUCAGAAAGCCUUUAAUCCAUUCACAGAAAGGUCUAGUUCCAUCAGCUUUUUGAUAAGAAUGUCUGGAAGGAUGGUAUUAAAAGCCGAGCUAUAAUCAAUAAACAGCAUUCUAACAUAAUUCCCCGGUCUCUCUAGAUGACUCGCUGCAAGGUGAAAGGCUGUAGCUAUGGCAUCAUCUGUUGACCUAUUUCUCCUAUGGGCAAACUGAUGUUUAUCAAAAUCUGGAGGGAAACAUGUCCUAAGGUUUUGAAGGACCAAUCUCUUGAAGCAUUUCAUUACUACAGAUGUUAAUGCAAUAGGUCUGUGAUCCUCUAGGCAGUUAGUUGCUGUUUUCUUUGGCUGCUUUCAAACAUGAUGGAACACAAGCCGUUUGCAGAGAGAUGUUAAAAAUCCUUGUCAGGACCCCUGCUAGUUGAUCGGCACAGUUUUUUACCGCUAUCCCCAGCACCCCAUCUGGACCAGCAGCUUUACUGGGAUUCACUGCCCUCAAUGCAGCUUUCACUUGAUGGUCAUAUAGAAUAAGGGGCUGAGGGUUCUCUGAAUGAGAAGUGGUAGUCCCAAGGUGCAAAUACCAGCAAACUGACUAGCAUGAAGCCUACCUGUGUUUAAAUAAAUGCAUAAUCAUUUGACAUGAAAUCUCCUCUGGCAUUUUGUGUGUGACUGAGAGCAAGUCUCUGAAGAUACCUGUUUUAGAGCAUCAUAUUCACUAAAUUUGUACUGGAUAUUUAUUUAUUUUUGAAUCUGAUGCAUCCUGUUGCACAGGAAUUGUGUUUCUUCCUGUUCUUGUAUGGUGCAGAUUGAAAAGUAAUUUAAGCUGCUAUUCAUAAAUCAAGCUGGCUUCAGAAAUAAUACUCUGUAUUACUCUGACGCCAUUGCUGUUUGUUUAUUUCUGUGUUUGAAGCAAUCCUGAAUAUCCAGAAUCUGAUUCAUUUAAAUCAAAGGCAUCAUAUUCUGUUACCUUAGAAACAACCCUGACGGCAUUGGGGGAUUCAGUACUUAUGAAAAACUGAAGCGUAAGCACACGGUCACCAGUUCAUGCUUGGGAUGUAAGUGAGAAUAUUUUUACAGGGCUUUCAAUUUCAAAAAAAGAGCACAGGAAUCUUCUUGUUUUCUGCUCUUGAGAGAUCCUCUAAGGCAUUGCUCCCACCUCAGCUGUAUGUUUUGAAACAAAUAACAUUUUCUUUAUAUAAAUACUUGUCACCAGGUAUUAUGUAUUAUUUUGCUGGUUACUAUUCCAGUAGGCACAUGCUCUUUUCAGGGCAUAUGACCAUCUUAGCCAAAGUUUACAAGUCACUUGCAUUUUGGAGCCAUAUUGUUACCUGCUUGACUGUGCUUUGUGAUAAACCCACAGCAUUCAGUUUCCUCGGACCACAGCGAAAUCUGUAUGUGUAUUUUGGCAGAUCUGGUCUGAAGGAUUUAAUGACACCAUUAGUUGUUUCUGUGUCAGUUGUACUGAAUAUUAAUUACAAAUGAUGUGUGCUAGGAAAUAAAGCAGAUGACUGAUAUGCCGCCAGGGAGGCUUGCUGUAUUAAUGAGAGCAAAAGUGUGGGAAUUUCUGCUUCCGUAGGCACACACCAUUCUUCAGGGGACUUCAGGGGAGAGAGAGAGAGAGAGAGAGAGAGAGAGAGAGAAGGUUCGGACCAUUCAGAGCAACAGUAGUGACAGAUGGCAUUUCACUGUUCUAUCAAUUGUCUUCAUUAAAUGUUGCAGUUUGAUAGAGCUCAGAUAGACGCAGAGGGAACAGGAUGGCAGGGGAAGGCUGUCUUAGCUGCUAUUUCAAAACACAUUUAACACUCUUUCUUUUAGUAACACCCCAAAACUGUAGUUACAUCUGGAGAAAUAAGCCCCAGGUACUCUUUAACGCUCAGUGCAACAUUUGUUAUCCAAAUGGCCUGAAGAACUGUUUACCAAAAGUUGAAUCGGGACUCAAAAAUACUCACUAAAGUGUUCCUAGCAGCAGGGUUUGUUUGUGGGUGGGAUGCCAUGCGGGGAGAAGGGAUAAAAACGCUCCAGUCACAGUAGCUCCCUUAGGAGUAUGACUGGUGCUGAUAUUGUCAUUAUUUUGACACCAAGUUAAAAUCUGUUUUCCUGUGCAUUCAAAGGGCUUUUAAGUUGGUGAUAGUUUAGCUCAUGGUGCUGCUUUAACUGCCUUUAUUUGUCUUUGAUUAUUUGUUUAAUAGCUGGUCAUCAUAUGAUGCUUAUCUCAUGCUCUGAACUCCACUCUGGUGUCUGUAGAAAUGUAGGGUUGGCUAUAAAUAUUUCAAGGGAAAAAAAAAGGGGGGGGGAGCUUAAAACCUAAAGGAUACAUGUCAGCCCAGAUGGUUUUAGAAUUCAUAUCCUCCUUCCUUUUUGUUUCUCAGCAUUUCUGUUGAUCACUAAAUGGAGGAAGACAUCUUCAGUGCAUAGUGUAGGACUCUAGAACUUUCCCUUUUUCCAUGGACCAAGAAAAGCCUCUGUGGUCAUUUCCUCCUUCAACUUUCAUGGAAAUGAAGCAACACUGAAGCAGUAUGGAAGGACACAAGUAUUGAGGAAUGCAGGAUAUGAGACGUAGGCAGUGGCCAGGAAUAUAUUUACAGGUGUAGCCAUAUUGGGAAGGGUGCACACCUGUCUGAAUGGACAUCUGUGUCUGUGGAUGAAUGCCUGUAUUUUUGAACUGCUGUUGACAUAUGUGAAUGGUAAUGGUAAUAAGGAAUAUCUGCUUUGAUAUGUGUCUGCAAAUGAGUGUUAAAGGACAAAAUGGUUUUGUAAUUGGGCCAGAGCCCUAUCACCACUCCAUAUUUUCACAAGUAUAAUCGGCUAUAUCCAGUGUUUUUAAUGCAGGUACGCGGGGGUACGCAUACCCCUAAAUAUUUUGUGAUUCUAAGUUUGGCCUCAUUGAGGGUCAGUAUUUCAAUAUGAGUAGGAAAAUGAGAGUACCCCUAAACAUUUCUUUUUUUAGAAAAAAAAGAAGCACUGGCUAUAUCAAAUCUGGCUCCAACCAACAGUACCCUUUAACACAAUACGUAAAUGUCACACACAAAAAGUAAAGAUAGCUAUGAUGAGGCAUAAGAAACAUUCCAAAAUCCAAAGUAGGGCAGUAUCUUUAUUAGGCCAACCAGAAUGUCACAAAAUAGGGUGCAAUUUUACAGGUUCUCUUAAAUUCUCCAUCAGGCUGGGUGGUAAACAAAGCAAGAGGAGGAAGUGGGGUAUAUAGACUAUUGGUAAAAUCAUGGGUCUGCAUGUUGUGCAAAUAAUAACAGUCUGCAAACUGCAAAAUUGUUUAUCUUGUGGUGAAAUGCAUGGAUUCCAUGUGUUUUUGGAAAGAGACUUAGAAUUAUUGAAUCAUAGAAUUGUAGAGUUGGAAGGGGACCCAGAAGACCAUUUAGUUCAGUGUGAAUUCUCCCUUCAUACGUUAUAAAGGAAGCAUUGCCAGAGGAUGCACAGUUCACUCAUAUAGCUCCUGUUGAUGAUACUACGUAACAUCAGUUUCUGUCCCCAAUUUUAAUGUUCCAAGCGCUAUCUAAUCCAUUUAACUAAACUUACCAUUUCCAUGGACUUAGGACGUUCUACAUGUGAAAAACUUUGAUGAAUUAUUUGAAACAUUUGUUCCCACUACCUGAAAUCAAAACCUAUGGUAAAAGGUAAAAAGGUAAAGGACCCCUGGAUGGUUAAGUCCAGUCAAAGGCAACUAUGGGGUACGAUGCCCAUCUUGCUUCAGGCCAAGGGAGCUGACAUUUGGCCACAGACAGCUUUCCAGGUCAUGCGGCCAGCAUGACUAAACUGCUGCUGGUACAUGGAAACACCAUUUACCUUCCUGCCGCAGUGGUACCUAUUUAUCAACUUUCACUGGCAUGCUUUUGAACUGCUAUGUUGACAGAAGCUGGGACAGAGCAACGCGAGCUCACCCUGCCACAUGGAUUCGAACCACCGACCUUCUGAUCGGCAAGCCCAAGAGGCUCAGUGGUUUAGACCACAGUGCCACCCACAUCCCUGAUUGAAAUCUGAGAAGUAAAGAGAAGAGGAAUGAGGUGACAUGCCUCUUUAAAUUAUGACACUUCAAAAUUGUUCUCAAAAAUAUUAUAGUUGUUUCCACCACCCCCACUUUCUUCUUCCCUUUGUCUGUUUUUCAGUCUGAUUAAUGACAGACAUGCUACAUCCACAGCUCCCCCAAAGCGCUUAACUUCUGAGCACAAACACCUACACUUAAAUCUAAAGGAAAAUUAUUACAUUGGUGGCAUGGGGAUCAGAGGAAAUCCCUUUAUUAGCACCACAGAACAGACAUCCAUUCUAUUACCUUUGACAGCUGGUUAGCAGUAGUCAGUCUCUUGAUACCUAUCAUUUGAACAGUAUUUGACCUUCUUGCCACUUAGAAGAAUUGCCUUAAGCUCACUCUUAUCUGGAAGCCUAAUUUCUUCAGCCAUUUAUAUAUAUAUAUAAAAUUUGGCGUAACUCUUAAGUUCUCACAGUUUUGCUAUCACUAAGAAAAUCCAAUGCAUGCUGAACUUGGAACAUUGUUAGCUUCUGUGUCCUUUGUUUCCAGUGUACUAUUCAUUUUGGAAGAAGCAACUUUAUAAACAGAGGAUGCCGUUAAUUCUUGUUCUUGAUGUUAAUGGAAAAACAAAAUAAUGAUGAUCUUUUUUAAGCUGAGCGCAUCAAAAUGGGAUAAUUACCAGGAACCAAGAAUGUUUCAGAGCCUCUUCAGGUAUACUUUAUUUGCAUCCUUCUAUAAUAUCAUAGGAAGAGGAACUUGUUAAUCUCCUCCAUGGAGAAAGAUGCCUGAGCUUCCACUUCACACAGGGACCACAGAAGUGUGGAAGGAAAAUGCGUAGCACAACUCAUGUGCACAUCAUCUGCAUAAUGUGAAAUCCCAAGAAGGAAUUUGAUCAAGUUCCUACUAUGAACUAUUGAGGGUUCUUGUUUUAUAUGGCUCUAGAACUCUUUUAUACCCCUUUUAUUCUCUAGCAGCAUGAGUUCUUCAGUUAUGGUCAUAUUGUGGAAAGGAUCAUCCAAAGCAUUCAUUGCUAAAGCAGCAACUCCAUGAGUACAAUUAACACUAAUUUAUUUUAAGAAUCAAGGACAUCACCAUUUUCACACACAAUUUGUGAGAAAGAGAGAAAGGAAAUUUGAAGUCCAUUCAAAUUAUGAGGUCACAUUUGAAGUCAUUUAGUCCAACCAAUUGCUGAUGCAGGAAAUCCACCACUGCUGUAUCCCUGAUAGGUGGCUAUGUGCUUAAAAGCCUCUAACAAAACCACCACCUUCUGUGGCAGUCUGAUUUACUGCCAAUCUGUCUUGGUCCAGCAGUUUGGGAGGAAGUUCUUUGUUUGCUCAUGUAUUUGGUGAGUUGUCAGAAAUAAAGCCCUGCAAAUAUUUGAAGACUAUUACAUACUCAUAGGGCUGAAACCAGAAAUAGAAAGAGAGGGAAACUCCAGUGGACUUGUGCAGUGGACUUUCCUGGCUCCUCAUUUUCCUGCAUUGUCAAAAAACAUUCCCAAGGGUCAAGGGAACUGCUGGGAAAGUGAGUGAUGGGGCAUGGGGAGCUGCAUUGGAGCAGAGAAACUGGAGUAGAAGUUCCAUUCUGAUCUUGCAAGAUGUAUCUUGAUCCAAUUUUGGAUCAAAUACAACAAUGUAUUUUAUGCAUGCUAAUUGAAAAAUAUUUGGUAAUGAAUUAUUGUAGCGAGGGGGACAUACGUUAGAAACUCAGAAAUAAGUAUUUGGACACCCUUUCCCUGUAUAGUGCCCCUCCCAUAUAUUUUGGACUACAGCUUCCAUCGGCCUCAACCAACUAGGGCACCAGUUUGAGGAAAGUUGCAGUAGGGCAUGCUCUUCAAAGAGUGACUGUGCAGAUAUAAUGCUGAUUUUGAUUAGGCUUCGAUAUAACUUCUGAAAACAGAAUUACAGUUCAUUGUUUGCUGUAUUGUUCUAUAUGAAUUGAAUAGGUUCCAGGAAACACCUUUAUUAAAUUGGAAUUUCACUGCAUUAACUUACAUUUUAUAACAUUAUUCUGUUCUAUGAAAAGAUUUCUUCUGCACAGGGAACAAGAUUGAAAUUCAAAAGCACCUAGAUAAAAUAGAAGGCUGGGCAGAAAAUGAAAUAAUAAUUCAAGGAAGACAAGUAUAAAUGACUACAUACUAGGAAGGAAAUGUAUAAAAGUAUAAGCCCUAGCACCCCAUAAGGAUGACCUAAAUCUGAACCUUCCAUUACUCUGUUUGAUACUAUUGAUGAUGGUUAUUCUCUCCAAGUCAAAUUAUAAGAACAAACCAGAAUCUUUGUUAAAGAAUGUGGCAUAGAUAACAAUCAAGGGAGUAUAAAAGAUACAGGUAUUCAUGUUAUGGAGGAGAAACGAGACAUCUCCUCACCUGUAGCUGCUCUUUAUUUCCAUAAAUAGUCAACCACCUACAGAGGUGGAUUUAGGAGAGUGCAACUGGUUUGGUUGCACUUGGUGCAGAGCCCUGGGGAUGCUGCAGGGGGUGCUUCAACAAUAUACAAUGGAAGGUGUAUAUUGGCAUUGCACAAGACAUCACUGAAAUUUGAGACCCCAAGUUCUGCCACUGCUACCUACCACCAUUCCCCUACUCUUCUCCUACAUUUCCAGUGUUGGCUUCAUAACACCGUGUUACCUGAAAAAUUUGCCUUUCCCUUUCCACUGCAUUAAGUGAGGCCCACUUAGUUUUGCUGUGCCCUGAUAGUUAUCUGUUUGUGGCAACAUGGAGGCAGGCUGGUGGUGCCAGUGUUGUGAAAUGCCCUCUCUGCUGAGAUAUUAAAGGGUUCAUCCAUAUUAGCAUUCUGUUGGCUUUUGAAAGGCACAGCAUUCUCUUCAGCUUCUUGAUCCAACUCUUUUAAUUACUUUUUAAGUGUUUGCUUUUUAUGCUUUUUAAUGGGCUUGUUUCAUUGUACAUUUUAAAUGUGGGGUUUUUUUUAGAUCUGGUAUAAAUAUAAGGGCAGUUUCAGUACUGGUCAAAAAUGGUAGCAGCUUUGAAGCUGAAGUUUAUUAGUGUGAAACACUGAAGGACUUAGGCAGAAGCCUCAAGGGAAUCAGGAGAAAGAGUGGAGGUUGAUAGCUGAAGGGAAGCUGAAGAUCCAACAUAGGAUCUGAUAAAACUGGGGCAAAGAGCUGAACGACGUGUCAAGUAGUGAGCAAGGCUCUGUGCAGCUGGUUGUUGGGAACCUGAGGCAAUAGUUGUUGCUGGACCAGUUUGAAAAUCAUGGCUGCACCUUGAGAGAAGCCUGAAGGACUUCCGAGUGAAGUUGAAUAAUACAUACAAAGUCCUCCUAGCUUUGUGACUUGUAUGUUUCCUGGGGAAGGAGAGUGAUAGGGUGAUUAGCAAGGACUUGGUUAGGGGGUGAAAUUGAAAUUGUGCAUAGCUACCUUCUAACAAGGACAGUAACACUAUUAUGCAGUGCUGUUGUUCAGAGUAAUAGUAACUGAGUGAAAAUAUAAGGCUUUUGAAUUGUAUACUGUGGAGAAAAAAUGAGGAGGGAAAUAUAAAAAUUGAAAGGUAAAUGUUCUAUUUUUAAAAGUGGAAGUUAGCAGUAAUAAAAAUUGUGUGUGUGUGUGUGUGUGUGUGUGUGAAACUGAUAUCAACAGUGUAUUUGUGACUGAUGGGGAAAAACACAAAUAGGUCAUCAAGGUGGCUAUGCAGUGGUUAACAGGAUCCAGACCUGGAACACCACUCAUAUUUUUAAUCACUGUCCAUUGGGAGAGAUUUAAAAAGAAACAGCUGUGGGCAAAGGCUGCUGUUUUUCUUUCAACGGGAUGAUCAGAUUAAUUCGUAUCCUAAGGGCUAAAUUACAAUUUUGGAUCCUCUAGAGUAAGUUUGCCACCUUGUGUCUGAUGUUUGCAACAGAACAUAAUAAGAACUACUGUACUGGAUUAAACCACAGUAAUGUCUAAUUCUCUCUAGUAGUGUUGAGCAAGAAGCCCCUGGGAAACUCACAAACCAUCAUCUGUGGUUUGUAGCCAACAUCUGCUAAUCAAAGCUAUCCCGCCUCUGAACAUAACCCUCUAAUUCCCAUUUGCUUGCCUUUAUCACCUAAUUGAAAAGCUUCCACUAUUUAGCUUUUAUUUAGAAAAAAAGUUCAUUCUCUAUAAUAAUUCUCUUUACUCUCUUUGAAUUGAGAUGAGCAACAACUGUGAUACAAUAUUAGAAAUGUAGUUGUGUGGUAUAUAAUGAUACCUAAAUUCCUUUCCUAAUAACUCCUAGAGCUGAAUCAAAAUUCAGGAAUUGGGGAAAAAAGAAAAAAAGGAAUUGCCUUUUCAGCAUCCUUCCCAUUAUUUAUUUCUAUUUAGUUUGUUUAUUACAACUACAUAGAAGUUCCAUAAUGGAGGUUCUCUAGCCAUCUCACAAAGCAAAUAAGCAAACCACAUUAAAGUACACAAUUGAACAAUGUAAACUAUGGCAAAUUUAUUUUAUAAGUAGAUAAAAAAAAAUUGAAGCUACUUAUGUACAGGAACUGCAUGGUCAUGCCAUAAUUUAUUGCAGAGGCUUUCUCUGUCCAAUAAAAAAAUGAUUUGCCUGAACUAUACAUUAUCUACAAUCACAUGGUACAUAAAUUUAAUUGACAUUGAGGAAUCGUGCAAAAUGUGAGCAAUUUCACAAAACAUGAAAGCAUGAUACUGAUUAUGGUCCCAAUAUCUUUGUUGUACAUCAUCACAAGUAAAUUUAGUCCCAAAAGCAAAUAGGUGAAAGUAGGGGUUUGGUCUUAGUUGAGAAUGGAAAAACUUUAAAAAAAUUAUUUCAGUUUCUCAUUUUUCCAAUCUUAAAUUCAGUUCUUUUCUGCAGGAAUUUGUGAUGAUGGUGAUGAUGAUGAAUUUUUAAAUCUUCAUUAAUUUUCUGCAUUGUAGUGUGAAUUUCUUCUAAUAAACCCUUUCAGAUGCAGUUUUGACUAGUGUGCACAUAUUUGCAAACAAUUUCUCUUAAUAUAAUGCAUUUCCCCCCUAUUUCUGACAUGAAUAUAUUAAUCUUAUGCACAUUUCCCACCAGUAUAGGAAUUUUUGUAAACAUUGGUUGGUUGGAUAAUUGCAUCCCAAAUUUUGGAUAAAAGCAUUCAAUUAUAUAUUUUUUUAAAAAGAUUCUAAUUAUUUGUCCUUGUGCUGCCUGUGGAAAUGAUAGCCAGUAUUACUGUACAAUCUAACUCUGUGAAGAGAAAAAUGGAUUGUCAUUCUGAAGGUAUAACCUUAACUUAGAUCUGGGAACUUUCUAUUGCUGAACAAUCUCCACUGGGUUGUAAAAUUCUCAUUGAGGACAUUGGAUUUCCCUGUGAAGACUGAAAUGAAGUAUAUGGCCUCCAGUAACACUUUCAUCUUGGGGCUUUAGUAAUAUUAGCAACUUGAUUCUACCAGUUUGUGAGCCUUAGGCAACUAUGCUUUGCCUUCUGCUCAGGGACUGUGAAAAUCUUUGUUCCUGCAAUAUCAGAAGGGCAAACAUUUAUUGUAGCUGUACUUAUUAUAAAAUAUAUGUGCUUGAACAUGCCACUAAAGGACUCCUUAUGACGAGCUAUUCAACUCUGUUAGUUCAUUGACCCCAAUUUUUUCCUACAAGCAUUGCAUCCUACUGAGGUCAGUGGUGAAACUUACUGCUUUGAAUUCCAUAAAAGCCUUAUUAUUACCCCUUCUCUCCCAUACACACAUAUUCAUAAAGCCAGCUGGCCAUUAUAAGAACUACAGUUUAAGAACUGGGGCUGGAAUUUGAUUUUUCCCACCUCUUCCUUUCCUGUUCCUUCUCCCUUGUGCGUCAUGUUUUUUUAGAUUGUAAGCCUGAGGGCAGGAACUGUUUUAAACUCAUAGAAUUUCAGAGUUGGAAGGGACCCCAAGGGUCAUGUAGUCCAACCCCACUGGAGGUAUCACUUUUCACUUUGACCUAAACUCAUACCAGUAUAUAUUCUUUGUGCAUGUGAAGGUGGUCUUAGUCUGUUGCAGCAAAAAGAGAAUAGAUAAUGAUGAUUAAUUGAUUUAUUUAUACCCCGCAGCUUACAGUUAAAAAUAAGAGCAGCUGAAAACAUAGAAAAAUAAUAAUUAAAAAACAAUUAAACAUUGCUAAAAAAAUAAUAACACAGUGAUUCAAAUGUUUAGACUCUAUGCACAGGAAUACAGCACACAGGGCACAGAUCUCCUUCUCUGACUGUGAACUCCAUCGUAGGCUCAGGUUGUAUACAUCUAUAAAUAAACCAUAUAUCAUAAAGACACCACAGUCUCUACUGUGCCUCAUUCCAUAAGGAAACAUGAACCCUGGGUAAGUUUCUGGAACCUCAUACCGCUUGGAGAUUGGCGUGGUGUGCAGCCAUUUGAAUGGACAAAUAUUGAAACUAGUUAGACACUUGAAUGGAGUCUGAAAGCAGCCAGUGUUUCUACAUGUCCUUGUUUGAUCUGGGCAUUCACUCCUGCAUUCCAAGGUCCUGUACUCAUGAAGCCUGGCUGCUAUGUACCGAACUCAUGACUUCGAGUUCUGUAACUGUGAACCUUUGCAAUUCAUUUUGGCAUUUAAUGUGAGUUGUUAGGGCCAUGAAUUGUAUAUUAUGAAAUGGAUUUUGUGCUGAGAAAUUCUGAAGUCUAUAUAAAGGAUACAAAGUAAGUAAAUCUGCAUUACUUGUUCUUUCAUAUUUUCUGUUUCUGCUAAUCAUGGUAAAGAGUUUUUUAUGUAGAUGUUUUGCUUAUGCUGGUCUAUGACCGUAAUAAAGGACUUGACUUGUAAAGAGUUACAGAGGACAGAGUGAAGCCACUAUAUUUGAACUCUCUCUCUAUUUGGGACCCUUUAUGUUCUGUGGGAUUACACUAGAAUUAUCUACACACUUUCAAGCCUCUAUUUACAAUUACAUGGGCUAAACACCUUUAAAAAAAGAGUUGGAAAAUCCAGGUUCUGCUUUACGGUGUGUUGGAUUAUAUGACAUCUUUAUUGGUAUUGAAUGGGAGGCUGAAAAUACUCUAUGAGUCCUACUGAUGUGUCUUUUCUUCCUUUUUUUUAGCCCCCUGUGAAGCCAACACAUUCUUUUGCCAUAGUAACAUGUGUAUUAAUAAUACAUUGGUCUGCAAUGGACUCCAGAACUGUGUGUAUCCAUGGGAUGAAAACCACUGCAAAGGUAAUGCAUAAGUUUAGGGACAUGGAAUUAGGAAGAUGCUACUUUGUGCUCAUUAGUGCCAUGUUUUCUUUGCUAUCAAGUGGAAGUUGACUGUGAUGAAUGUAUGCCACUAUUAAAUGGGUCCUGCCAAUCAAACUCAUGAUAGUGAUGGGAUUCAGGUAAACAGUUGAUAGAUAAAGAUUGUAUAGCUAUAUAGAACAAAGCCAGAACAGGGAUUGAUAAAUGUAGAGCAACGGGGAAGCUUUAACACAGUAGUGACAGAAAAAGAUGCACAAUUAUUUGCUUCAUGCAUCUUCUUUCCAUUCUGUCUGAAUGAGCUCAUGUAUUUCAGAUACACAUUUCCUAUCACGGGCUGGACCUAGACACAUCAGAAAAGCAUGUUGUAAACAUCAAAGUGGGAAAUCAUGUUGGAGAAAGAUGGGACUUCACAGUGCCAUCUGGUGUCACAGUGUAAUAACGCAUAUAAAACGCUUUUUCUUCCUAAUGUAGCUGAGUCCAUAGUAUCUGUCCCUUUCAACACGUAGAACCCCUCCACACAAUUCACACGUGAUGCAGACUAAACAGACUUGUCGCAUAAAUUGCCUUCUCCUUUUGAAAAGUGGUGCUGAUGAUGUUACCAAGUCUUCAUGAAAUGGUUCUAAGACCUUGAAACUAAUCUGUAGCUGCAGCAAUAGCAGCAGCAGCCUACUGUGUCAUGGAGAUACAUUUUCAAAUAUCAUGCUGAUCACAAGUAAAGGUGCCUGCCAGCAAGUCAGCAGCUAUCAAUAUUUGCUCUAAAAAUGCAUUUCAUUUCAGAGCCGUGUCUCCUAGGGAUAUCAAGCUGAAUUAAAAGUUGAAACAUAUUCACAGCAUGCCAUGAAAUGCUGUGUAAAUGAAUGCCUUGUUCUUGAAAAGUGGCAAACAUCACCAGCUUAUUUCUUCUUUAAUUAGGAAGUAUAGUACGGAGGCGGGGAGGUUAACUACCCCAUUAGGGAAUGUAUGAAUUCUGUAUCCUGUUUUUAUUUCCCCUUCAGAUAUAUUCGCUCUGUAACUGGUAGCUCUUAGGACUGGGUUUAGGAGGCAUUAGCAGUCAGGUGUAAUUAGGAACUCAUUGUGUGCAGGUCCCAGACAUAUGAAAGCCUACGUCUUUUCAGACGUAGUGACACAUGCAUAGUUGUUAGAAUCAGGAACAUGAUAUUUUGGCAGGACCAGUAGGCAUGGCCCUCCCAUGGAAUGCCCUCCCAUCAGUUGUCAAAGAAAUAAACAACUAUGUGACGUUUAGAAGACAUCUGAAGGCAGCCCUGUUUAGAGAAGUUUUUAAUGACUGAUGUUUUAAUGUAUUUUUAAUCUUUUGUUGGAAGCCACCCAGAGUGGCUGGGGAAACCAUCUCCAAGCAUUUAUCCAUCUCCAAGCAUUUAGUCUGUACAUGGAGAUAAAUCUCUGUGUGAACCUUAUGUGCUGGCCUGAUAUUUUCACUGUGUGAGUAAGGAUAUAAAGGACAGAUCAAACAGGGAAUCACAUACCUGGCUGUUAAAAUGGCUUCCUUCAAUGAAAAGGGUUUCAUGGCAUACUGUCUGCUAAGCCAAAGUGUAUGUAUGUAAGUUUUUCAGUCCUGUCUUCAUAGUGCCUUUGCACGGUUCAGGACAUCUUACAACAAUUUAAAAUCACAAUAGGAUAUAAAAGUGCAUAGUCAAAUAAGUAAAAAAAUGCAACAGAGGCAGGGACCACAGAUAAACACACCAAUGCCUAUGUUCAAAUUAUCACAGAGCUCCUGAUAAACCUUUCGGUUUCGUUGUUUAAAGACCAUUCAGGAAUACUUCACAAUUUUUCUAAAGAGCUAGUUGUAAAGCUACUCUGCGCCCUCAUCUCCUAUCCUUCUGCAUCUCCUAUCAGUUUGCGCCUUAACUUUCCCCAAGGAAGUAAUUUAAUUUCCACAUACUUUUCUACUUAUUUCUGUGUGUUUUGUUUUCUAAUAUGCUAAGCACAUUAAGAGACUUGAUUUAUCUCUGUUCACAGAACUUAGGGUUGCAUUGACUCAUAUUCCUUAGGCAUUCUAGUAAUAAAUAAAUUAUAGUAAGGGCCAAAUAUUGAUUUUUUCCCUUCCUGCAGGGAGAAGAAAGCAUCCAGCCACUUUAAGCAUUGCUACUUAUUUUAAAUUGAAAACAUUUUUAAUGGUAUAUGAUAUCACUCUGAAUGAAUAGAAAUCCUUCACCAUUUUAGUUUGCUGUGCAAAGAAUUGAUCUUAAACAUAACAUUCAACCUUCUGGGCAAACCUUCUGGGCAAAAAAUAUAUUCCUUUGCUGGGCUUUUUUUAAAAAAAUAUAGAGCUGUUAUGUCAUUCAUGGGAUGUGACUUAUAUUUUUCACAUUUGAUUUAAAUCCAGUCAUUGAUUAAGAUUGGUCAAUACAUGACACUGAUUCAGGGAAGAAAUUUCGCUAUCAAUUGGAAACUGUAGCUUAGGGAGCACAAGAAGCUGGCAUAAAGCAAGCUGGCACAAGUUGAGCCAAUGUAAAGUUGGACCAGAUCCAAACCCUGUUCUGGAGCAAGGAUAUUGACAGCAGAGCCAGCCCAAGCUAGAAGGAAAACAAGCCUUUAAAAUAUACAGUAGUUUGACUUGCACUACCUUUUCAGCCAGGUCACGUGACUGAGCUGAACUGAGUUAGGCUCCUGCUCAAGUCCUCCCUAUAUGGUCCUGUCCCCCACCCUCCAAAAAUGCCCUUUUAAGGAGAACUUACACUAGUUAUAGUCUCUGGGUUCAACCUUUCACAUAGAGCUAUGAGGUAGACUUGAAAGUUCACUGCUUUUUCCUGGCCAGCAUUCCUCUUGGACUGCACUCCUAGUUCUCCCCAUAUCUUCACACCAGUGGUUCCUCCUCCCAUUGAGAGGCACCUGCAACGGUAGUUUCAACAGAAAUGUGUCAGUGAGUCAUUCAGUCUAGUAGACUUCUCAGUUUUGUGGGCAAAACCUCUGUUUUUCUUAUAAUAAAACUUGGCAGUAGUUUGAAGACAGUUCAGCAUAUAGUGAUAAUCACAUAGCCAGUGGAGCAGAGCAAGUGCAAUUUAUGCUACCAGAAUGAACAGGCUGAGACAAGAAGCCUGUGAAGAUUAUCCUUUGGGUCUAGAGCAGUGAUGCUAUGAAGAUCUAUAUUUAUGAAGCUUGGAAUGUAUGAUAUAACAAAAAGGUAUGCAACGGCUCAUAGUAAAAGAUUCCCCCCCCUUUACUUGAAAUCCUAUUUGUAAUAAUUCUUGCUUUUCCACCUGAGACAGGUGAGUGUUAACUAAUACCAGUGAUUUCAUAUAUAUCAAUGUUAGUAGCUGAGAUGGUUUUCAAGGAUAAGGAAGCAUUCCUAUUUAAAUUACCGCAAGCUGCUGCUAGUUCGCAUACUGAAGGUUGUCAUCAUGCACCCAAAAAUAUCGCUAAUAAGCAACUCACACUAGACAGCAAAAUUACAGCUAUAACCAGAUUAUAUUGUCAAACUUAGGGUGCUUCCAGACAGGGGCUUAAUAAUGUAAAUAGAUCACUGAGAUGGCUUUUUUUUUUAAACUUCUUAGAUUCUCAAUGGAAAGGGUAAAUCUGGAUUAAAUUGGGAGGAUACUUGCUGAAAUUUUGAUGACAACAUCAUUUGGAUGCUGCAAGAAAUUUCCAUGCUUGGAAAACACCAAAUCCACCAACACUCUCCAAAAAACCACUUGUCUGGAAGCACCCUUAGUUAUUUUUGUUAGGUCCUUUGAACAUUUUGGUAGAGAAAAGCAGGGCAGAAAUACUUGAGAUAGAAAAAUCGAAAGGUUCCUUCCUGUAACUGCACGGUUUCAUGUGAAUCCCACUAUAGAGGUAGAUCAAUUUUCCAACUGCAUGAAUUAAUUUGGCACUGUGAAUCACCUCACCAUCAAGAUAAAGGAUUGUCCUGCCUAUUCAACUUUCUGUUCCAGUUAGCCAUUCUUAUAUUAGCUUACAAAGAAUCAUGGUGAUAAUUGCCAAAAGCAAUGUGGCAACUAUUUGUUUACAAAGAAUAUUAAUUCUUUCUUUCUUUGUUUUUAUGUUUCCCCAUCAAACAGAAAAAAGAAAAGCCAACAUACUGGACCAGCUUACCAAUACCAGUGGGACAAUAAUUGGGGUGACCUCUUGUAUUGUGGUCCUCCUUAUCAUUAUCUCUGUUAUAGUACAGAUCAAGCAGCCUCGUAAAAAAUAUGUCCAGAGGAAAGCAGACUUUGAUCAAACAGUAUUCCAGGAGGUGUUUGAGCCUCCUCACUAUGAGUUAUGCACUCUUAGAGGGACAGGAGCUUCAGCGGACCUUGCAGACGUUGCAGAUGACUUUGAAAAUUAUCAUAAACUGCGGAGAUCAUCUUCAAAAUGCAUUCAUGACCACCACUGUGGAUCACAGUUAUCUAGCACUAAGGGCAGCCGUAGUAACCUCAGCACAAGAGAUACGCCUAUCUUGACAGAAAUUCAACCCCAGCCUGUAAAGCCUCUCAUACAGCCCAUGAACAGAAGAAAUAUCCUCGUAAUGAAGCAUAGCUACUCACAAGAUGCUGCAGAUGCGUGCGAGAUAGAUGAAAUCGAAGAGGUACCAACCACGAGUCACAGGCUAUCCAGACAUGAUAAAGCUGUCCAGCGGUCAGUAUCAAUAGAUUUUUGA